UGACGCCCGCUGUUGCUGCUGGUGGAGACCGGAAGUGAGCCGUUAUUGGAGCUCCUUUCAUUCUGUCCGAGCUGACACCAUGAGCCCAGAGAGACUGUCCCAGCCCUGCCCGGAGUACCUGGGUGAGCACACUAUGAAUAAUAUGUGUUAUUACAGACACAGUGUCUUAUAAAGGGGUAUUGUCUCCAUCAGUGAGUAGUUAUCUCUGGUACCCCAGCUCUUUGGGAGAUAUAUUUAUAUGUAUUUUAAUUUCUAAUAUAAGACUAUUUUCCCCUUUAUUCUAAAGGCAUUGGAUGCUAAAUGUUAAUGUUCUAUAUUUUGCUUUAUUAUAAAGUUUCCCUCCCAACUCCUAUUGCUGUGUUAUAUCUGUGUGUCUGACUGUGCGUGUCUUUUAGUGUGUGUCUGACUGUGCGUGUCUUUUAGUGUGUGUCUGACUGUGCGUGUCUUUUAGUGUGUGUCUGAUUGUGUGCAUGUCUGACUGUGUGCGUGCCUGACAGUGCGUGCCUGACUGUGUGUGUGUGUCUGACUGUGUGUGUGUGUCUGACUGUGUGUGUGUGUCUGACUGUGUGUGUGUGUCUGACUGUGUGUGUGUGUCUGACUGUGUGUGUGUGUCUGACUGUGUGUGUGUGUCUGACUGUGUGUGUGUGUCUGACUGUGUGUGUGUGCCUGACUGUGCGUGUGCCUGACUGUGCGGUGCCUGACUGUCGCGUGUGUCUGACUGUGCGUGUGUCUGACUGUGCGUGUGUCUGACUGUGUGUGUGUCUGACUGUGCGUGUCUUUUAGUGUGUGCCUGACUGUGUGCGUGUCUGACAGUGUGUGUGCUUGACUGUGUGUGUCUGACUGUGCGUGUGUCUGACAGAGUGUGUGUCUGACUGUGUGUUUGUGUGUGUCUGACUGUGCGUGUCUGUUAGUGUGUGCCUGACUGUGUGUGUCUGUUAGUGUGUGUCUGACUGUCUGUGUCUGACUGUGCGUGUCUGUUAGUGUGUGCCUGACUGUGCAUGUCUGUUAGUGUGUGCCUGACUGUGCAUGUCUGUUAGUGUGUGCCUGACUGUGCGUGUCUGUUAGUGUGUGUCUGGCUGUGUGUGUCUGUUAGUGUGUGUCUGGCUGUGUGUGUCUGUUAGUGUGUGUCUGACUGUGUGUGUGUUAGUGUGUGUCUGACUGUGCGUGUCUGUUAGUGUGUGCCUGACUGUUCGUGUCUGUUAGUGUGUGUCUGACUGUGCGUGUCUGUUAGUGUGUGCCUGACUGUUCGUGUCUGUUAGUGUGUGUCUGACUGUGUGUGUCUGUUAGUGUGUCUGACUGUGUGUGUCUGUUAGUGUGUGUCUGUUAGUGUGUGUCUGUUAGUGUGUGUCUGACAGUGUGUGUCUGACAGUGUGUGUCUGACUGUGUGUGCCUGACUGUGAGUGUGUGUGUGUCUGUUAGAGUGUGUGACUGUGUGUGUCUGACUGUGCGUGUCUGUUAGUGUGUGUCUGACUGUGCGUGUCUGACUGUGCGUGUCUGACUGUGCGUGUCUGUUAGUGUGUGUCUGACUGUGUGUGUCUGUUAGUGUGUGUCUGACUGUGCGUGUCUGUUAGUGUGUGUCUGGCAGUGUGUGUCUGGCAGUGUGUGCCUGACUGUGCGUGUCUGUUAGUGUGUGUCUGACUGUGUGUGUGUCUGUUAGUGCGUGUCUGACUGUGCAUGUCUGACUGUGCGUGUCUGACUGUGUGUGUGUAGGGAGUGUGUGUGUGUCUGUUAGUGAGUGUGUGUUUCUGUUAGCUAGUGUAUGCGUAUCUGUCAGUGAAUGUGUGUGUGUGUAUUUAGAAGGCGGGGAAGGGUUGGGUGGGGGUGGCGUGUGCGGGGGGAAGAGGGGUGUCUGAGUUUUGUCCUGCCUAGGGCAGCAAGAUACACCGCUGGUUAUAUGGUCCUAUAUCUGUGUUUUAUUUAAAUUCUGGGUUAUUCACUAAAAAUGGAAAUUUGAGUUUUUUUUUUUUUUUUUUUUUUAAUAAUUCCAAGUGAAUGUAAAAUUUUAGGCAGGGGGUAAUGCAGAGCUGACUUGGACCAUUUUUCCAUGUUGCUAUUCUGACCUGAAACAUUAAAUUCGUUAUGAAUACAUGAUAAUUCACACUUUAGUGAAUAAAUCUGUCAGCUUAUUUUAAAUGAUUAAUAUAUAUUGUUGUAUGUAUAAUGUAGAAUAAAUAUUGGCUAAUUGAAAAUCGCUUUUAUUCAUUUAUUUAUUUUAAUAAUAUUUUGGAUUAUGCACCGCAGCAGAGAUAUGGAAAAGAUUGAACUUGAUAGUUUUUUGAACAAAAAAAAUACUAUUGCUUUUCUACAUAUAUAUAUAUAUAUAUAUAUAUAUAUAUAUAUAUAUAUAUAUAUAUAUAUAUUAUUAUUUUUAUUUUUUUUGGGACAGCACAUUUAAUUAGCAGGCGUUUAUUGUGAAUGUUCUUAUUCACAUUUUAAAUGUAAUAAUAAACUGUGUUUGUACUUCUAAAAUACAUUUACAUACAUAUAUGGGCACUCCUUCUAAUUAGAAAAUAUGGAUCCUCAUUGCUGACUGCAAUAUAAAAGAAAACACUAAUGCAGUCUUUAUAGACAAACUUUGGAAGCAGAAUUGUCUGUAGUGUGGAACUUAAUGACUGUGAACAUGGACCGCCUACCAAAAAAAAUCCUUAAAUAGUAUUAUAUGUGUUGUUAAAGGGACACUCUACUCUAGGCAUCAAAAUAACUUCAUCUUGAUGAAGUGGUUUUAGUGCAUUGACAAAGUCUGUUUUUUUAGACAAUAUAAUACAUUACGAUUUCAGAGAAUCUGUAAUGUGUACAUUAGUCUGAUACUACACCUCUACUGGCUGCACGGCUCGCAACACUUAGAGACUCUUCCUCAUGAAUAAUUAAGGAAAUAUGAAGGUCUUUUCAUUUGGCAUCAUUUUGCACAGCAUGAUGACUCAAAACACUCUUAAUGCUCCUCUGUGCAAAUCGUCCAAUUGGCAGAGCACAGUGAUUGCUGCACAAGCAUUGUCAGUCCCUAAUUUGUCCUCUAUGAGGAGUUGUGAAUUGGGCAGAUGUCAUCAAUUCUGAAGAAUUUACAAUAGACGGUACAGCUGCUGUGAGGACAUCGACCAUGAGUUUUAUGGCAUUUUUAAAAUGUUCUCACUGGCAACACUCACUACUGAGUUCAAGUCUGACUCUGGAAUCAACAUCAGCACAAGGAUCAUUCAUGAGCUUGUUUAAAUGGAAUUCCAUCUCUGUGACACCACACAAAUACCUAGAAUCACCGUGAAAAUGUCAAGGAUUGGCUGAAAUGAAAGAACGCUUAUGUUCCAUUUGGACUCUAAAUCUAUGGAACCAGACCAUGCUACCUUCUUUACCAAACUUUGUGUUCUAAACUAAAUAUGCAGUGAAGCAGGAAGCGUUUUACGUGGUUCUGCCAAACACUGAACUGUAGUAAAAUGCAAAUCAAAUUACAAAAUUUAGGCAAAAAUGUCAGAAUUGGAGAAUUUCUCCACUAGACUCAACCAACAAGACAUAGCUGGACUUUUCUUUAUUUUAGCUUAUAUGUAACAAUGAACAUUCUCGUUUCCUUAUUAAGUUUUCACCUACAAUUCUGUGUUUAGUGAACAAAUACCAAAACAUUCCAGUUAGCAGACAAGGUGGUGAAGUGCAAUUCAUUACUCUAAAACACCAAAAAUAAAAUUUUCAUGUGCCGUUCCUCGAUAGGUGCAUGUUGAAGCGUAUGGGUGACAUAGACAAUUCUGAGUUUGGGGACUUCUUUCCUGUGUCAUGUUGACUGUGUGCAUGUGAAGAAAGCAUGAUCCUUAGAAAGAAGCGACUGGCUUUAGAGUGCCCUGACCUCAAAUUCAAGAGCACCUCUGACUGUGAACAAGGCUUAAUUGCCUGACAUCAAUGCCUCAUGUCACUGGUAGAAUUUCCUAACUAGUGGAAAGCCUUGCCAAGAUCAUCUCCAUUAAUGCCCAUGAUGUUGAAGUGAACAGGUGUAUAUUUGUAUGUAAUAUACACACCACUCUCAAAUGCUCUUCAGAUUCAAAUCUGACAACUGUUGAAUGAAACAGGGCUAGCUGAGGUCCCAAACACCGCCUGAAUCUGUUAAAGGUCACAAUCUUAGGGGACAGAAGGAAAUCCAGUGAGAUGUUUGGGUUUACUGAACCUUUCAAUACAGAACAAUCAUUUCAGUUUUUAUCCUUACAGUAAUGUCACCCCAUGACAAUGGUUAGCACACACUCCAAUCUCUUCUACUUUUUUUUUGAAGCAACAUUUCUUGUAUGAACUUUUGCAGAUGAACAAUGUACUUGUAAUUGCAAAGCAAGAUUUCUGUUGGGCUUCUCUUUAGCUGUCAGAGAAGUGACUCUUUUUAAAGCGUCACUGUCAUGCCAAACUUACCCUUUUCCUGUAUUUUCCUCUUCUCUUCCUCUCUCAGAAUCUGUUCUUCUUUUCCUCUCUCAGAAUCUGUUCUUCUUUUCUUCCUUUCUGAUUGUCUUGUGUUUUAAAGAAAACAAAGUGGAGACUAUGUUGUCUUGUAUAUUUUUCCUACGUGAGGAGGAGGAGCUUAAAGGGAUUCUUUAGUGCCAGGGAAACAAACCCGUUUUCCAGGCACUGUAGAAUCUUGGAUCGCCCCCCUCCUUCCCGCCCCCCAUCCCACGUCAUUGAGGGGGUUUAGAAUGCUUCAGACACCUGAAUUCAAUGUCCCUUGGUGCUGGGUCAGGCUCUGCCCACGCUCCUUCCAUGCCGACAUCUGUCGGAGGGGGAACCAUAAUACGCAUGUGUGGCAUUAGAGCAAAAAGUCAUCUAGUCAAGAUGCAGGAAGACCCUCUAGUGGCUGUCUGGUAUAAAAACUGCAAUAAUUACUCUUGCAGGGUUAAGGGUGAUGGCAGUUGGCACCCAGACAGCUUCAAUGGGCUGAAGAGGUCUGGGUGCCUACAGUAACCCUUUAAGUCAGCUCCAUUUCCUGUGUCAAAGAAAGUUAACCCUCCUCCUUGACACAAGAAAUAGAGCUGACUUAAGCUCCUCCUAUGGUCAAAGAAGGCCAACCGUAGGAAAAAAUACACAAGACAAAGUAGAAACUGUUUUAAACAAAUAUAAAUAUGAGAAAAUAGAUGAGAAAAAGAGCAGAUUCUGAGAGAGGAAGCUAUGAGGAACUAAUAGGAGAAAGGUAAGUUCGGUGUGACAGUUCCUAUAAGACCUGUGAUACGGGCAGGUUUUUGUAAACUGUUUUCUGCUUUCCAUACAAAAUACAGACUUGCUGUAAAACACUUGUUUGUGUUUUUAUUUAGGUCAACGUGAUAUAUGUGUGUGUGUGUGUAUAUAUAUAUGUUUGAAAGAACUGACACACAGUUGCAAUGACCUUAAUGUGCUGGCAGAAGCCUGGCCCUGCUUGUAAAAUUUGCAGCUCAUCUGGGCCAUGAAUGGCCAUUAAGGAAGCCAUUCAGGAAUGGUUUAAGGAACAUUGCAAAAAAGUUCAAGGUGUUUCCUUGUCCUCGAAAAUUCCACAGAUCUCAAUCCGGCUGAGCAUCUAUGGGAUGUGUUGGAACAACAAAUCCGAUCCAUGAAAGCCCCACCUUGCAACUUGCAGGACUUAAAGGAUCUACUGCUAAUGUCUUAGUGCCAGAUACCACAGGACAUGUUCAGAGGUCUUGUUGAGUCCAUGUUUUGAUGCAUCAGUGCUGUUUUGACAGCACAAGGCCUAUUUUCUUUCUUUGUAUUGGUUGCAGUUAGUUUUGUCUGUUAGUGAGCUCUUAAUCGUGGUUGAUGGUGGUUCUGAGUUACAUUAGCAUUAUAUUGUCUUUGUAUUUAGAAACAUUUGUUUUGAUAUUUAAUUUUUUUGUAUCAAUAGUUUCUAAAUAUUUUUUUUUUUAACUUUUGAUAUAUUUGAGAUCUUAGUUAAAUAUAAUCUUAUUGUAUUGUCAAUAUUGUUACAUCCAGCAUUUUUUUUUUACAAAGCUUUAAACUAAAAUAUAAAAUGAUUCCAUAUUUGGGUUUGUUAUUUAUUUUAGUAAUAUAUUUACCACUAUUCAAACCAUAAAUGUAUUUAUUUAUUUUUUAAAGAUUUUUUUUUGUUUUACUAAUAUUUUAAGUUUCUACAUGUAUAAUUGCAUCUCACUUUAACAAAUUGUUAUCGUUAUUACUUUAUUUUAUGUGCAUCAUUUGUUUUGUUUUUCUGCUGGGACGUCUUAUAGAUCUGGGGUUUGUAGGAAGCUCUAACUCCAGCAAGACUGAGCAUGUAAACUGAUGAAAUUGUGAAUGAUCACAAUUACCACAACUGUCAAUUUCUCAUCCUUCUUUAAUUUCUCUGUCAGUAUAAUAGCUUACGUUGUUAUAAUUAUUAAGAGAUUUGGGGAAAAUAGUUCUGUUUGUCAUCUACAAAUACUUAUUAUGUUGACUGGGAAAACCGCAGGUGGGUGGAGAGAAGCACAAGUUCUACCACCAGUAAAAUAACAAAGAAUAUAUAUUCUUGGACACAAAAUAAAUCCAAGCCUGUUAUCCCUGUGAGGUUUUAGAACAGGUAUCCCAUGGUAACCUUAAAGGAACACUCUAAGCACCGUAAUCACUAUAGCCCAUUGUAGUGGUUACGGUGCUAGAAGACUACUGACGCCAUCCAAUGUAAAGCAGUCAGACUGUUUUUCAAUGAAUGACACUUACCUGGUAACCUGCUUUUCUUUCGGUCUUCAUGGUGUUGCUAAACAGUUAAACUUUAACUGUAAGUUUUGGGCAAACGUUUCAAGUCAUUGAUUGGCUGAGAGCAUCGGUGACACUGAUAACAAUUUUGCAUAGCAAAUUCCUCCAUAGUCAGUUGAAUUAGUAUGGUGAUUGAAACUCACAAAGUUUACAGUCAUCCAAGCUAAACGUCUGGUUGAGUGGAGUGCCACCUAAAUGACUAUCUCUAAAUAGGGUCGUAUCACUCAAAUGAACCCAUCGCUUGAGCUGAAUAGUUCAGGAAUUACAUUUUACACGAUUCACAAACUUCUGUCCUCUUCAAAUGAAUACUGAAAUAACUGUGCAAAUAAAAGGAAAAGUAGUCAUUAAAACUUUGUAAAAAAAAAAAGCCCUGUUCUUGUUCCCAUUCCCAUCCUGCAUGUGGGAACGUGGCGAUCGUGACCCUUUUACGCCUUUCCCAACGUGAUAAGGAAAUGGCCAAAGUCCCCAUAAUGCCCUUAGAUGUUCCCUAGCAGCCUAUGCUGUUGGAGGGAAAUGAAUGGAGCAAAAACUAGCAAGCCAAUCACAUUGGCUUCUAGCCAUGCUGCAAGAGAUGAACAUUGCCAUUGUUAAAGGUAAAGAUCACAUUGUGCAGUGCUGGUUUCUUUAUUAGAACAAAUACUAAAUAAAACGAGAAUUAUCACAAAUUAUAGUGAUGCAGAGUAUAACCGUACAAAAGAAUAAUAAUACAUCUUAGAAAGUACAGGUGUCUAUUGUGGGUACACCUCGCAUACAUGGUAUUUCUCAGUGCGCUGAUAUUAAUAGCUGUUUUAGUUCUCUGAUUCUCUUGUAGAAUGUAAAAAUACCAGCUAAAAACCUGAAUGUUUAAAUGCAAAACGCGCAUGAAGUAAUGUUGCCAUGGUAAUCUGGGGCUUACUCAUGCACUCUUGUGCGUAAUCUCAGCUUCCAUGAGUUACAGAGAACUUAUUACAGUACACACAGAUAUAAAUAUAUAAAUACCAAGUCUUUCUGCCUUUUAAUUACCAUUAUUUUUAAAGGGACACUGGAGGUGUUUAUUUUUUUUUUUAUUUGACUGCAUUAACAAAUAUGCAAAAACAAAUAAAUUUGCAUUUGCUGCAAAUUCACAGACUGUACAGCUUCUGCAUUGAGUAGUCUCCAAACCAAGAAGUUAUUCAGUUAAUUUAAAGCGGCACUAUCACCCCCUACUGCAAAAUGAAUAUUUCAUACAAAUUAAAAAUCUUCAUGCAAUAUUCUUGUUGACAGUUUUAGAAUUUCACUGAAAUCCUUAACCCGGUCAAAAGAUAUACUGGGUUGGGAGAGUGCAGAAGAGGAUGGCAACACCCGCUAAGGACAGCUGCAGGUAAGUUAAACCCACCUUGCCUGCUCCUCCCAGACCCCCUGCGGCGAUGUCACCGUCAGGAGUUUUUGCAAAUUAUGUAAAGUCCCCAGACGGUGACAUUGCUGAUAGUAUACUAUAAGCAGCGCAUAUGGGUACAUAAAGGGGAUUUGGGCGUUGUGGUUUAAUUUCUGACUUUUUAUUGUAGAAACCUAGCAGCUGGACUGCUAAUUCCAGAAGUAAUGGCAUCAUAUAAAGCAGUAAUUUUUGAGAAAAGGGAAAACAUUGCCGGUUAAAAGGGAGGAUUUGAAAGCUGGGAUUACGGAACAACAUUUUUAUUUUUUUUAAAUGCACACCUAACUGUAAUUUACCAUAUACUACACACAUAAAUGCGUAUAUGUAGCAAAUUAAAAGUAGGCAACUACGCAAUAAAACGUCAAACUUUAAAAUUCAAUGACAGCGUCUCUUAAAGGGACAAUGUACGAUUCUACAAUUGUGUGGUUUUAGUGGAUGUGCCCAGGACACAAUGACCGGACAGUGCAGCAGCAAUGGCUCUAAAUCCAAACUUCCGAACCACAUAGAACAGUUAAAACAACCCGCUAUAUUGAUUAAUAGAGGUCAAAUCACAUUUUGCGAUGCAGUAGAAGGGGAGGCUGAAUGUGUUUCACUCUGCAAACAGCAUUUUAUCUGCAGCUCCCACCUGUUUCCAGAGUGAAAUAAUUCACUGCUGUGAUUUUAACCGGAUUUAUCAAUAAAGCUGAUUGUUUUAACGCUUUAAUUCCAGCUAGAAGUGUCUUUUUUUGAAAGAAUUUUACAUUUGGAGCGACUGGUGCUGCCGCUCGUGUCUAGUCUUUAGGUGUGGGGUGUAUCCACUAGACAUUAAUGUUCCCUGGGGAACAUAGCACAAACAUGGGCAUUUGAAAUAUAAUCUUGCUAUAAGCUUGAGGGCUAUUUGCUUUGCAAUUACAGUGCACAAUUCUGCAAUUCCCCUUACAUUACUUCACAAUCUAACAGGUUUUGCACUUAAAACUACCUGAUGCAUUCUCUUUUGUUCUUAUUAUAUCCUUUAGAUUGUAAGAUCACAAGCCAUCUUGCAGAGCACCAAGUAUAAAUGCUGGACUGUAGCAUCAUACACAGGGUCCUCUGUUCUGUUAAAGUAUACUAUCAGUGAAAGGAAUACAAAGCUGUAUUCCUGGCACUAUAGCUCCCUCUGCCUCCCCCUACCCUCGCACCUCUCACUGACUUGAAUAAAGGGUUAAAAACCCUUUAUUUACCUACCUUACUCUAGCGCGGAUGUCCCUCGGUGCUGGGUCACGGGUCUGCCUCCUCCGACAUCCCCCGAUGAGCGGGUGCAAGCGUGCAUUAGACCUCCCCAUGGGAAAGAUUUGAAUCAUUGCUUUCCUAUGUGGAAAAAUCUGACGCUGGAUGUCCUCAUGAAGAGUAGUUACCGGGUCCGUUUGGAUGCAGGAAGCACCUCCAGUGACUCUCUGGGAGACGGCCACUGGAGGCAGACUUAGUGCUGCAAAGUUCCAGAGAAACUGCAAUCUUUACAUUGCAGCACUAAGUCUACCUCCAGUACAAUAGGAACACUGAACCCAGACCACUUCAAUGAGCUAAAACGGUCUGGGUGCCUAUACUUUCAGGACUUAAAUACUGAUAGGUCUAAACUGCAAUACCGGUUUCCUACAUUUUGUAUUGAACUGUGCAAUAUGUCGUUUUUUUCUAAAUACCAACUAACAACAUCAAUGAACCUGGACCACGAACAAGAAAAUUAUUCCCAAAUGACUUGUUUUUAAAUAUCACAUUGCGCAUGUUUGGAUAUAAUUAAUGCAAUUAUAAGUGGAUUACCCUUGUAUAAAUACACAAUAUAUCGGUCAGUUAGAAAAGAAGAAACAAACAUACUGGGAAAUAAAUAGAAUAUCUUUUAAAAGAGAAAUGGUACACAAACCAAAACGGGUUAAAUAAAAUAUAUACGAUGAUUAAACCAUGUGGAUGAUUGCAGUGAAGAAGGAAAAAGGAAUAGUGUGCAUUUGUAAAUAACCAUUUCUAAAUGGAUUUAUGCCAAUAGCAUACCUCACCUGGCUGAUGCACAAGGUGAGUCUUAUCUGCUGUCAAAUUCCAUGUUCUCAAUGUUACUAAUGGUGGCUUAAAUGGGGUGUGAUAGGCAUUUACACUCAUCUAUGUGAUAGACCUAUACUCAGUCAUAGCCUCUCUGUAUUGCUAAUCUGACAAGUAGAAAGAGACUUAUAACUGACGUAUUUAGCAUUCCAGACCACACAGUAAUUUUCCAAAUACAGUAAUGCAUCUCUUCUAAGUAUUUGAGAUAAUACUUCGCCAUUUAGGACGUUGCCUCAAAAGCUUGCAUGUGCGUUGGGGCGGAAGUUAUGAAAUGUCUGUCUUUUUAAAAUAAUUAUGGAGAGAAUAUAUUGUGCACAUUUCACGUAACUUUCUAAAGAUAUUUUGAACCAAUUUCAGAAUACCAUUUUUUUUUUUUUGGUUGCAUAAAUUCUCAGAUUAAACCAGGUAGUUAUUUCUGGCUGAAAACUGGUCAAUCGAAAAAGGAAAACCGUGUGUUUGUCUAACGAGAACAGUACUAUGCAUUGACACUACGUAAAAAUACUCAUUCAUCCACUCUAUGUCUGCAGUUCAUUAUACCCUUAUACAUGUGCAUACAUACUGACCCUAUAUACAGAUUGCAUUUUAUGCAUGCACACACACUCAAAUUUACAAAUGCAUGCAUGCACACUAUACACGCAUAUAUUCACAAACGUACAUACACACACUCAGGAGGGAUGAGGAAAGUAUGGCGAAAUAAGGGAAGAGACUGUUUCCAUGACAGUGGUUGUUUAAUGCCCUCCCUGUAGGUUACCUUCAAACUAUUUGUGUUUCCUUAAAGUAGUUUUUCCCCCCAAACAUGGCAACCUGACUGAAGGGGUGUACCCCACAUCAUUAUUGGUGUACUGAAUUCCACAUUCUUGUUUGAUAUGGUUUAACUGCAUUACCAAUAAUGUUUAACCAACGUCUGCUUAAUUCAGAAUGGAAUUCUAGACGUCCAUGUCUUAUGUAAUAAAACACGUCACAUUUAUUCUACCCCAUAGAGUUAGAUAAAACCAUAUGAAAUCACACCAAACAGCACAAAUACAGCUUAGAGCCAAAAAACAGAUUAGGAUUUUAUCUAACCCUAUGUGGUAAUAUAAAUGUGACGUGUUUUAUUACAUACAACGUGGAUGUCUAUAUAUUCUGCUGUUUAUACCCUGGGGUCAGACGUCUAAAUCAUGAGAACCCUUAAAUGUAAAUCUUCAAUAAGCCGCUUUAAUGUCCGGAUGAAGCUAUUCGUUUAAUACGAGCGUGGUUUUUAUUUUGUCUUAAAGCAGCACUGUCCAUAUUUUUUUUUCUUUCUAUUUCCCUUUUCUUAUGUUCCUUGUGUCUUAAUAAUAAUCUGCAUAUCCUCCGUGUCCCUUCCGUUUUUUCUUUUUAUAAAUUACAUUGGAUCUCAGUACGAUGUGCCACCAUCUUGUUCUUCUCUUGAUGAUAUUUCUGCAGUUUUCCCUACUGUGCGCAUGUGUACAGAGAGAUCGGUGCAUUCCACCAAUUCUGUUUGGUGGACAGCCAGGACAGUGGUGAAUGAGAUCACAGUGAUUUGCCCUGCAAUAAAGCCAGCAUGGCCGCCAUCAGGUCAUGACAACUAUGACGGUAAGGGAAGUGAGAGUGUGCUGUGGGCCCCCUCUGCAACAAACAGGUAGCCAGGGGCCCGCAGCACACUCUCACUUCCCUUGCCAGCAGCUCCCCUGUCUAAAUCUCUCAAGCCCCACGGCCGUCCGAGCGUUGCCACUGGUUAUGUAGGCCGUUAGAGUCAGAGACAGUAUAUAUAUUUGUAUAUAUAUAUUACACAAAUGUACAAUCUGCAUCCACCAUACACAAUACAUCCAUUACACACACACCGCAUCCACUUUACACAUGCACUCUGCAUCCACUACACACAUUCUACACCCACUAUACACACACCACAAUCAGUACACACACUGCAUCCCUCUGGGUGGACUCGGAAGCAGGCCCCGGGGGGCCCAGACCUUGAGCUGUGUUAGGGGCCCCAAAAUUUCUGAUGGCGGCCCUGAGAGCCAGCAUGGGGCAAACAGAUGACGUUACUGCCCAGUGCACAUGCUGAAGCAGUGCAGACCACUGUGAUAUAUCAUCUAGAUAUAACAUUUUGGUCACUGACCAAAUGAGAUAAAAGGUGGAUAUGGGGAAAUAUCAGGUAGGCCGAAAUAUUUCACAAUUUAAGAAAAUGACACUUAAUGAUUGAAAUUCUUGAUUUUGUUUCCCCCUUCAUGACAACUGUACUUUAAACUGCUUCAAUUCGCAAAAAUUUACAAAGAUCAUUCUCUACAUAGGAAAUCAUUGUCUUACUUUUUUGUUAUGUUUUUAUUCAUUUUUCAAGGUUAGAAUAAUACUUAAAUGCAUAAUUGCGUUGACAUCAAAUGUUUUACAACAUAUUUGAACAUAAGCCAAAAGUGACAGUCAAAAAUACAGUGUGCUUAUCGUUAGUGAAGAGGAUACACUAGUACAAAUUAAAACUACUAUAGACAAGGCACCACUUAAUAUAAUGGCUGGCUGUCCCCAAUCAGGGUUCAGUAUGUAUAUUUAAUAAAGCACGAACAAACCGUAUAAGAUAUGAUAUAUAUACAUUUAUAGUCAUUGCGUCAAGUGUUUCAUCGUAGUUGCCUUUGCCAUUACACAACAGUAAGUGAAGCAAUGUGUGUGUGAAUUCUGUAAUUAAAUUAAACUAAAAAGAAACCGGGAGAGAAACAAAAAAAACGCCUGGGAUGAGGAAUGCGGGUGUGAGGAACUGACUCUGCUGGGUUUCGAACCCUGGUUUACAUGGUGCUAAACCUUUUCCUUACCAGUACACCAGCCUGCCUUUUGCAAAUUUACCUGAGAUCUGAUACUAUUGCUUGUAGAGUCAAGGUUAUCAGUGACAACUCACUUCAGCUGUGUCUGGUCAGGUGUCUGGUUCUUGGCCUAUAAAAGCCACUUCCUGUCUCUGUACCUUUGCCAGAUUAUUGUGGUUCCUGUACUCUCUAAUCAAGCGUGUUCCUGUUUCUCCUUCCUGUUGCUGAAUUUGGACUGUUUUGACUUUGCUGCUUCUCCUUCCCACUGACCUCGGCUUGCCUCACUACGAUUAUCAUCUUUCUGUUCCAGUCUCCCAUCUCUGCUUAAGACCAGAAGGCCACUCAAGGCUCAGGGGCUCAACCACCUGGGUAACGAGUGGCUACCUCUGGCAGAAAACAUUGCUGAUCUGGCUACUGGACUCCAAAACUUUGUAACAUCAAUAUCAUUACAGAAUAAUCUGGCCCAUUCAUGGAGACCGUCGGAUCAGAUUCUGCAUUGGCCCAGCAGGUUGCUUUUAAUGCAAGAACUAUGCAGACCCAGGCACAGACCAUUCAAGUGCUGCAGGAUCAGGUAGCUGAACUGCAAAAUGAAGUUCGAUCAAUGCAUAGUGAGCUUACCAGCUACAGGGCACAUGAUGUUGCGGCUGCUGCUACUACUACUGUUACACCUGCACAAGAUGCCCGCUUGCCUCUACCAGAAAAAUUUGGAGGAGACCGCAAAAAAUUCAGGGGUUUCCUAAAUCAAUGCCGUUUGCAUUUCAUGAUGUUACCUAACCGUUUUCCAUCUGAAAGAGAGAAGGUGGGAUUUAUUUUUUCCCUCUUCAAAGAUGAAGCCCUGGCCUGGGGCUCCCCUUUUCUGGAACAGGACAGUCCAAUCUUGGGAAAUUUAAAAGACUUUCUUGAGGCCAUGUGCCUAGUUUUUGAUGAUCCCAAUCGCUGUGCUACAGCAGAAGCCACUCUCCUUCAUUUACAUCAAGGGAGGCGCUCUGUGGCUGAAUAUGCUGCUGAAUUCAGACAGUGGGUUACUGAUACUACUUGGAACCAAUCAGCCCAGAGGUUCCACUUCAGAAGGGGUCUCUCAGAAGCUAUAAAAGAUGAGCUAGCUCGUGUUGAUCUUCCUGUUGAGUUUGAUGCAUUUGUGCGGUUGGCUAUCCGUAUUGAUCGGAGACUUUCAGAAAGAAGAUUGGAAAGACAGGGCUCUUUUAAACCAAGUGCUACUCCUACUUUCUAUUCAAGAAUUUCUACUCCGACCCCACAAACACCUACAGACUCUGAACCUGAGGCUAUGCAGGUAGAUCUAAUAAGAGGGCCAUUAUCCAAUGAAGAAAAACAGUGGCGACGCACUCACAACUUAUGCCUGUAUUGUGGUAGUGCAGGGCAUUAUGCCAUCAAUUGCCCUAACAAGUCUAAAAGAACAAUAGCUAUGACUGCUGAGGGUGCACAGAUUCAACACCAAUCCCAGAUUUCAGACCAACUGGAUUCUGUCACACAACCCUUGUUUUCUCUGGCUCAGGGUGAAGAAGGUAUGAUGACUCAACAUCCUCAUUUGGUGGUGCCUAUCACUUUGCAAUAUGGUGAUAAUAAAAUUUCAACUACAGCUAUGAUAGAUUCCGGAGCAGGCGGAAACUUUAUGGACAUUAAAUUUGCAGCAGGAAAUAAAAUUCAGUCUAUCCCUAAAUCUUCACCUGUGUUAAUGGAAACAGUAGACGGUUCUCCACUUACGUCAGGCCCGGUUACACAUGAGACUGUGCCCUUAAAAUUGAUUCUGGAAGUGAAUCACCAUGAGUCUAUAUCUUUCCACCUAAUUUCCUCAACACAGUUUCCAGUGAUUUUGGGUAUACCCUGGCUUGCUCUGCAUAACCCACAGAUUGAUUGGAAGACUAGAACUUUGUCCUUUCCUUCAGAACACUGCUUAAUGAAUUGUCAACCCUCUAAGGCGACACCUGUUACCACAACAAUUAAUGAAAUGGUUGCUACAAACUUAACUAAGCUUCCGCUACAAUAUCGGGAUUUUGCAGAUGUCUGUGAUAAGAAGAAUGCUGAUCAGCUUCCACCUCACAGGCCUUAUGAUUGCCCCAUAGAGCUGCUACCUGGAGCUGCUAUCCCAUUUGGCCGUAUAUACUCCCUUUCUGAGCCUGAAUUGAAAGCACUUCGUGAAUACAUACAAGAAAAUCUUGCCAAAGGCUUUAUUCGACCAUCCACUUCUCCAGCAGGAGCUCCUAUAUUCUUUGUAGAAAAGAAAGAUGGCAGUCUACGGCCAUGUGUCGAUUACAGGGACAUUAAUAAAAUCACUGUUAAAAACCGUUAUCCCUUGCCUCUCAUUCCUGAACUUCUGGAGAGACUUCGUUCAGCUAAAAUAUUUACGAAGCUUGAUCUACGGGGGGCAUAUAAUCUGGUUCGCAUAAGACCAAAUGAUGAAUGGAAAACAGCUUUCAGAACCAGGUACGGACAUUACGAAUAUCUAGUAAUGCCAUUUGGGCUUUGUAAUGCCCCUGCAACUUUUCAGCAUCUAAUCAAUGAUGUACUACGGGAUCUCCUGGAUCAGUUUGUUGUGGCAUAUUUGGAUGAUAUCCUGAUAUUUUCUGAUAAUCUUGAAAAUCACAGAAAACAGGUCUGCAUUGUUCUUGAGCGCCUUCGUACCCACCACCUAUACAUUAAACUGGAAAAAUGUGAGUUUGAACAAACAGAAAUUCAGUUCCUGGGGUAUGUAAUAACUCCUAAAGGUUUAAGUAUGGACGCAAGUAAAAUUAAAGCUGUGCUGGACUGGCCCAUCCCCAAGAAUGAAAAAGAUAUACAGAGAUUUGUGGGGUUUGCCAAUUUUUACAGGCGUUUCAUUAAGAAUUUCUCUGCCGUUAUUACACCGAUCACUGAACUUACACGUAAAGGGACUCCUUUUCAGUGGUCCAAUAAGGCUGACACUGCAUUUUCCAGAUUAAAGACUCUGUUUACAUCUGCCCCUAUCUUGGUACAUCCUCAGCCAGAAUUGCCAUUUACUGUAGAGGUAGAUGCUUCUGAUUCAGCUGUUGGGGCUAUACUGUCUCAAAGGACUGGACCUAAGAUGUUGUUACAUCCAUGUGCCUUCUAUUCCCGCCAGAUGUUACCAGCAGAAAGAAAUUAUGACAUAGGGAAUAAAGAACUUUUGGCUAUAAAAGCUGCCUUCACCGAAUGGAGACAUCUCUUGGAGGGAGCCACCCAUCCAAUUACUGUCCUCACAGAUCACAAAAAUCUGGAAUGUAUCCAAUCCGCUAAGAGACUGUCAGCCAGACAAGCACGCUGGUCCCUAUUUUUCUCAAGGUUUAAUUUUUUUAUUUCAUACCGCCCUGGUUCCAGAAAUGGCAAGGCGGAUGCCUUGUCUAGGAUAGCUGACCCCCUCCAUACUACAGUAACCAAGGCCACCAUCUUGCCGGAGAGCAGAUUUUUAGGAGUUACCUUUCCUUCUGAUCUAAUGUCUCGCAUUAAAAAGGGCUACUCUAAAGAUCCAGUUUUUCGUGAUCCUCCUCGUGAUCUUCAUAUGACCAUGCUUAAUGGGUUUUGGAUUUUUCAACAACGUCUGUUUGUUCCAGAAUCAGUGCGACUGGACGUUUUACGCCUCUACCAUGACUCUAAACCAGCAGGUCAUCCAGGAAUCCGAAAGACACAAGAACUACUUACCCGAUCCUUUUGGUGGCCUAAAUAUUAUGAGGAUGUUAAGAAGUAUGUGUCAUCUUGUGAUGUAUGUGCCAGACAUAAGACUCCUCGCUCAUCCCCUGUUGGCUUGCUUCAGCCUCUUCCGAUUCCUCAUCGUCCCUGGGGAUCUAUAUCCAUGGACUUUAUUGUGGAACUACCUCCCUCUAAGGAACACACUACUAUUCUUGUUGUUGUGGACCGGUUAACCAAGAUGAGUCAUUUCAUACCAGCUCGUGGUCUCCCUUCAGCUAAACAGACUGCUGACCUUGUUAUUCGGGAAAUAUUUCGCUUGCAUGGAGUGCCUGAUGAAGUAAUUUCUGACAGGGGAGUGCAGUUUACAUCUCAUUUUUGGAAAUAUUUUUGUUCUAUUCUAGGUAUUAAUGUAAAUCUGUCUUCAGCUUUUCAUCCACAAAGUAAUGGACAGACUGAGCGAACCAACCAGACUUUAGAACAAUAUUUGCGGUGCUAUAUUAGUUACCUGCAGGAUGACUGGCUGGAUUUUCUACCCACGGCGGAGUUUGCCUAUAACAAUGCCCAACACUGCUCCACUUCUCUGAGCCCAUUUUUUGCCAAUUAUGGUUACCAUCCAACCUUUCUAGUGAGUCUCCCAAUUACUACUCCCAUUCCUGCAGUCACUGACCGGCUAACCGCCUUACGAGAUUCCCAAGAACUGUUGAAGGAGACUCUUUCGGAGGCUCAGGAAUGUUACAAAAGAGCUGCUGAUAGGCACAGAAAGGAGGCCCCAGUUUAUCAUGUUGGUGACAAGGUUUGGCUGUCAACAAAGAAUCUUAAGCUUAGGAUUCCUUCUCAUAAAUUGGGUCAAAAGUUCAUGGGACCUUUUAAGAUAAUCGCUCAGAUCAAUGCAGUCACCUUCCGUCUGCAACUUCCGGAUUCCAUGAAAAUACAUCCGGUGUUUCACGUGGCACUGCUUAAACCUUUUCAUGAAAAUACUUUCCCUGGUCGAGCCUUGCCUGCCCCACCACCAGUCCUCGUGGAUGGUGAAGAUGAAUACGAGGUGGAAAAAAUUCUUGACUCCAGGAUCUUCCGCAACAAGCUUCAAUAUUUGGUUCAUUGGAAAGGCUAUGGUGAGGAGGAUAGAUCGUGGGAACCAGUGGACAAUAUUCAUGCUCCUGAUCUUCUUCAGUCUUUCCAUGCACAGUACCCUGCUAAACCAGGAAAUAGGGCAUCCAGAGGCUGCGCCUGUAGAGGUGGAGGUAAUGUGAGGAACUGACUCUGCUGGGUUUCGAACCCUGGUUUACAUGGUGCUAAACCUUUUCCUUACCAGUACACCAGCCUGCCUUUUGCAAAUUUACCUGAGAUCUGAUACUAUUGCUUGUAGAGUCAAGGUUAUCAGUGACAACUCACUUCAGCUGUGUCUGGUCAGGUGUCUGGUUCUUGGCCUAUAAAAGCCACUUCCUGUCUCUGUACCUUUGCCAGAUUAUUGUGGUUCCUGUACUCUCUAAUCCAGCGUGUUCCUGUUUCUCCUUCCUGUUGCUGAAUUUGGACUGUUUUGACUUUGCUGCUUCUCCUUCCCACUGACCUCGGCUUGCCUCACUACGAUUAUCAUCUUUCUGUUCCAGUCUCCCAUCUCUGCUUAAGACCAGAAGGCCACUCAAGGCUCAGGGGCUCAACCACCUGGGUAACGAGUGGCUACCUCUGGCAGAAAACAUUGCUGAUCUGGCUACUGGACUCCAAAACUUUGUAACAUCAAUAUCAUUACAGCGGGCUUGCUAAAGCAAGUGUUGUACAAACAACAUGGCAACAUGUGUUGGUCUUACUGGGUCUAGGCAGGACCCCCCUUUAACCCAGGGUGUUUGGUAGUAGGGUUGCGUCUGCCUUGAUGGCAAAAGUGGCCCAUGGGGUCCACACUUGGAAAAAUGUUGUGGAGUGGCACGUCAUAGAGUACAUUAUCUGAUUGUUCUCCAUUUAUCUGAUCCGUUCGACCCUGGCGAACCAUUCUCCAAGUGGAGGUGAGGUAGGCUAUUUCCAAUAUUUGGGUAUAAGUGCGUUCAGUAAAUAGUAUUCCAAGGUGGUCCUUAUUUUUCUUAUGUCAGAAAAAAUAAAUAAGGGACCCUAAGGUGAAUUUUUAUUUUUGAAAACAGAGAGGGAGGUGCAGAUGUCCUUGGAGUGUGUAUACAUAACCAUAAAAAAGAGGAGAAAUAGAAAAACUGAUAGUGAGGUUAAAUAAAAUUCUAUGCACUCACACUUUGUAGGAGCCUUAGGUGCAGCUCCAAUUUAGACGCUUGGGCGGAAUAAUCGCUGCCUAAGGAUAUGGUGGAGUACAGAUUCCAUAGGAGGUUCUUGUGGAUGCAGCUUCUCUUGUAGAUAUGUAGGAAAAAUCAGAGAUAUAUAUAUAGUACAAUAUGCCAGACUCAAUGUUAAAAUAUAUAACUAUAAAAGAUGUGCACUCACGUGUACUGGAGCCUAUAGAGUGGCUCCACAGGUAUGGCGUGAAGUGGUAUGAUCCCCACUCUAUGAUAUAGGUGCUGGUGGCAUGGGCGUAGGAACCCCCCAAAAUUUGGGGGGGGUAGCAUUUUUACUCGCCGGGUAUAUUUUUAUUCCGUAAACUAGGAGUUGUUUAUCCCAUUGUACAGCGCUACGGAAUUUGCAGUCGCUAUAUUAAAUGAUUAAAUAAUAAUAUUAAAGGGUAACUACAGGGAAGGGGUUUUACUUACCCGGAUACAGCGCCGGGAUCCUCCUGAUGCCGUGCCCCCUAUUUCGUCAAAAUGACGAAAUAGGAGGGUGCGAGCAGGGAGCAAUAAAACGCUUCUAUUCAGAAGCGUCAUUGCUCUCUGGUGCGCAUGCGCAGCUUUGCCGCACAUACGCAGAUACUUCAUAGGGCGGCAUUCAUGUCUCGACUAGGAAGCACCUCUAGUGGCCAUCUGAGUGUCCACUAGAGGUAUUCCUCAUCAGUAAUGUAAAUACUGCCUUUUACGAAAUGGCAGUGCUUACAUUAAAAAGCCUGCAAAGACAUGCUAUAGACACCAGAACUACUACGUUUAGCUAUUGUGGUUCUGGUGACUAUAGUGUCCCUUGAAUAUAGAGAGGAAAAAAGAAUCAUCACAAAUGUAAGAAAUAAAAUGUCUGUAUCAUUAUUCUAAAAAAUUAUUUAAAAAAAAAUAAAAAAAUAUGCACAUUCCUAGCUUAAUUUUUAGCACGACAUGACACAAACAUUUUGUACUUUGCAGAUUACUUUUUAUAUUUUUUUAUACAUAUACAGAUUGUGUAAUACUGCCCUUGACUUAGGGUGACCACAUUUCUCAACUGCCAUUCAGUGACACUGUCAGAAAUGCAUUCCAUACAUUUUACUACCCGUCUCUACCCCUUCCAUUUAUAUUAGAACCCCACCUACCCCUUCCAUGAAUAUUAGAACCACCCCUAUCCCUCCCAUGAAUAUUAGAACCACACCUAGCCCUUCCAUGCACAAAAGAACCUACCCCUUUCCCCCUAUCCUUAUUAGUAGCCCCCCUAACCCUUUCCAAUUAUUUUUCUACCUCCCCCUCCCCCCAUCCAUAUUAGUAGCCCCUCUAAACACUUCCAAUUAUUUUUCUACCUUUGUCCCCCCUUUUACCUGACAUAGCAGGGGGACGUCUGGCAGGCGCAGUGUCAGACUGAGCGCCAGGUAGUCAUGUGACACUUGGCCAGGGCCGGUGCAAGGAUUUUUGCCGAUUUCCCCCACCCUCCCCGGUUCCUACGCCCAUGGCUGGUGGUCUCUCUCCGAUUUAUAUAAGUAAAAGAGAAAUUAAAACCACAAUAGUGUAGAUUGUAAAAAGGGAUCAAUAGAAUGAAAUAGAUCAAAACUACUCACAUUUGAUAGAGCAAAUAGGGAUUGCUCUGUCCAACAGGGUUAGGUGGUAUUAUCCCCACCAAGGAUAUGGAGUACAGGAAUCCAGCAGCAAACAGGUCCAAUAAAAAAGUACUUUUAUUGAUAAAAAAACAAUAAAUGCUAAAAAGAAAAAUAGGGUAAAAGAACUAUAUAGAACAAUAUUUAAAUACACUUAACGUGUUUCACCAUACAAUGUCUUUCUCAAAAAUGUUUACGGAAGGAAGGACCCCAGAGCUACUUUAAAUAAGGGAGGUAAAUUUAAAAAUAAGGGCUGUGUGACGUCAUAAUUAAUUAAUGAAUUAACAUGAGAUUUUUAGAAAAAAGUAAAAGAGCAAAGUAUCUAUAUAUAUAUAUAUAUAUAUAUAUUUUUUUUUUAACCCCUUAAAGGGACACUGUAGUCACUAUAAGCAUUUCAUCUCUUUGAAUUGGUUAUAGUGCCUGGAGUGCCCUGGCAUUGUCCCUCCAUUCAGUGUUGCACCAUGUUCGUGCAGUAGGCCACAAAAUAAGAGUCCCUGGCCACCCACAGUCCGGCCCCUUCAGUAAGUGUAGCUAAGGCAGAGAUUACACACUUCCUUGUUGUCAUACCCAUUCAUACCGUCAGUUGGAACUCUGACAGGCUAAAAGCAGUCAGCUGACACUCUCAGCCAAUCACAGCUGCCCAUUGCUGCUCAGGCUAAUACUUCCUUAUUAGCCAAAGCAGCACAGAGGGGAUGGAUUGCCUGGGACUCUUGUUUAGCAUUAAAGCAUUAAAACUUUAAAAACUGUUUAAGGCUGAAAGAAAUGAUGGUACCAGAGGACUCCAGACACUAUAACCAGUUUAAUGAGAUGAAGCAGAUACUGUGCCUACGGUGUCCCCUUAAGGACACAUGACAUGUGUGACAUGUCAUGAUUCCCUUUUAUUCCAGAAAUUUGGUCCUUAAGGGGUUAAACUGCAUAUUUUUCUGGAACUACAUUACCUACUCUACAGUGGAACAUUUACAAGUGACACCAUAGUCAUUUAUGAGUUUGGGGUACUAUCCUGGAGAAAUUGUAUUUGGAUUUAUAGGACUUCCAUUUGAUUAUCUGUUUUCUGUAUACUAUUUGACGGACUAUAUUCUAGUCUCAUAGGAAUGUUGACAGGCUGUAUAUAUUUAGAUUUUAUAUUUUGUAGCACUUUAUGAUUUUCUUAUGCACUUGGAAUUUGCACUUUAAUAUAGGUCAGGGGGUCAGCAACCUACGGCAAGUGUGCCAUGCAUGACACUCUAGGUGCUUUUAAACGGCACUCCCCCACACACAAACACAUCCCCACAACACACUGACAAUCCACAUACGUGCACACAGCCCCACAAGCAGCCUGUCACAUACAGUACCCUAAGCAACCCCACACAUACACACAUUGUGACAAAUUACACAAGCAACCCCCAUACACAUGUAAAUAAAAAUUUCAGCGCUGAGUAGAUAAUCCCCUUAGAAAUAAAAAAGGUGCAUACAUAUGCAAAAAAUGAAAAAAUCAGGCAGAGAAAAGUGUCCAAAAUAUAUAGUUCUGUAACAAAGUCCUAUAGUGAGAAAGUCCAGAUAACGUUGUGAUAUGUAGAAACUCAAAAGCAUGUAGGAAUACCUUGAGAAAAAAGAAACAAAAAAAGAUACAUAGCGUGAUACUGUAUCAAAAUUUAUUGCCCAGAAUACAAAUGGAAAAAAUCCCCCCCAACUUCAAAACUCUUACAUUAGAUAAAUUUUAGUACUCAUCAUAAUAGAAGUAGCUGAAAAAGUUCUUUCAGAGCCGCUCGUAUUUUUCCCCGGGGCAGCUCCUCUCCGGUGCACUCAGGAGGGCUGCCUGUGAUGUCUUCUAUGGAGGAACGCUAACUGAAAGUCCGGCUUCUGUAGAUUACUAAAAAGUGUCUGCCGCAGAUAAAUCUUGCAGAUAGACAGUAGUGGCACCCUAUCAACGCGUUUCGCCCUGCUAACGAGGGCUUUUUCAAGAUAGGUGCUCGGAGCAUUAUUCGGCAGUUUUAUACUUGCUGGGUAAAACAAAUUCAAAUCUCUUAAGGGUAUAUACCCCUCUUAAAACACAUGUAAAAAGAAAAACAUAAAAAAAGCUGCAAUUUGUAUAAACAGGGACAAAAUACUUCCCAACAAUAGAUAUAAAAUACUGCACAUAAAACACAAUAUUGGCCUGAUACAGUCUAUAUAAAAACUAAACUACUAAAAAAAUAAUAAUGAAUUUAUACACAGAUCCAAAACAUAAAACAAUCACUAUAACAGUGAUUGCUAUAUACAUGUUUAUACAUCUCACUCCUGGAUAUCAAUCUCCUAACUCUUAUAAUAUCAUGGGUAUUACUUGAUCAUGAUAUGUAAAUAAUAAUAAUUACAUUCUUCACAGAUGACCACAGAAUAUAUAAAUGUAUUAGUAGUUUUCAUCAAGUUAGAAACCUAAUAGCAGAUAGUAUCUCUAGAACUGUAAAAAGAAGAAUGUACUAGCUGGUAUAGACUUAUAGCAUAAUAAACUAUGUCUAAUACAAUAAAAACAAGAUAAGGCAUCUCAUAAUAGUAUAUGUUUCUAUAUUAUAGGAACUCCUAACAUAUCAAUCAAAAAUUAUAUAAUUCUCUAUAAAAUAUAUAUAUAUAAAAUUCUUAGUAAUAUCAGUACUUACAGCAAUAGAACAAUAUAGAUCUAGGAUUCCCAACCAUUUGGGCAUAUAAAUUACUACCUUAAUCUGGACACUAAAAAAAUAGGGCAAUUAACUAAAUUUUGUAUAUAUGAUUUACAGCAUGGGCCGGUAUUAAUGCUAAUCCCAUGCUAUAGUAUAUUAGCUAGUUCCAGCUCUGCAUUAAGACCCGAGGGGAUCAGGGUCUUAAGUGUAUAGAUCCAAAACAUCUCCCGGUAUGUUAAGGUUUUACUCAACUCACCUCCUCUCCAUGGUACUUCUACCCUUUCUAUACCACAAUAUGAGAGAAGUGUAGGAUCUCCAUUAUGGUGUGUUCUGAAAUGAUUGGAGAGGGAAUGUUUCUCAAAGCCCCAUACACAGCCCACUUUAACAGGGAUCAUAUACAAUACCACAAACUACUCAUGAACGAAUACUUUACAGUAUAACAGCUCACACAUGCACAGUACAACUGUACAAAGCAACUGCAGCACCCAUGGAUAACACAGGCAAAAUACGGCAACAUAUUACACAUGUCCAUUUUAAAACAGAGGAUCGACACGCCGAGAGACUUCAAAAUCUUAUUUUGGCACAAUACUACUGAAAGGUUGCCUAUCCCUGAUAUAGGUUAUGCACUUUCACCCUUAGGGUACAUAGUUAUAUAUGUUUGAUUAUUCGCAUGAUCAGUUAUAUUUACUUGUAGACUUGACCGACGGUGGCAAUGUUAUGCGAAUAAAUUUAUAAACUUUUUCUUUUCAUAUCUUUAUUUUUUGGAGUGCAGUACAAUUUGGUUAUUUUUUUUUUAGUUAGUAAUUGUCCGUCUAGAAAAAGAGGAUUAAAACCUAGUUUAGAAUAAUGGCAAGAAAGAAAGAACAUCUGGGGGAGUUAGUAGAUUUGUGGUUAAAUAGUUUAAUAGUUUAUAAAGGAGAAUUGGUGCCAAACAUAUGUCAGGAAACGUGCUCACAAAUGGUGUCCACAAUUUGCCAGUCCCAAUAAAAUGUAAUGAGGUACUCACACCAGCCAAUACAUUACAUUUCUUGACAUAUAUCACUCUGUGAUUUAUUGCUGUCCUUUGAAAUCAUUUAACCUAUAAUAAAAAGUAAUCUUACCUUAAAUGUCUCCUAUAUACAUUCAAUACAUCAUACAUCACAAAGAUAUAUUGCGUAUUUAAUGUAAAAUAUGGAGCUUUACUCACCUCUCCUCUUCAUGUAACACCCACCCCCGGGCCGUCCGCCAUUCCACUCCACCUUCUGUAUACUUUGAUUUGCCCUGCUUGUGUCAGUUUCCUACCCGCUUACCUCCCGCCAAAGCUCCAAGUUCCGCGAUCCCCUCUUGCAUUCCAUCCGACCGAAAAAACUGCCGAUGUCGGUAGACUGAAUUCGGCACACAUAAAUGACGUCUGAGGUCAGAUUAGGAAGGUCGAGUUCCUUCCACGAAUAGUGGUCCAUUCCAAAUGACAAAGGACUAAUCAGGUGUAAGUGAUGCCUAUAUAUAUACCCAUUCCUUGUUGCCCUGUUGUGGUUUCUUGAUAGUCCAAUAGCAUGUUCCUCUUGUAUUUAUCCGUAUAUUGUUCUGGCUCUCGUCUACGUUUAUCCUGUCCUCUGUUAUCCAUUGACCUCGGCUUGUUUAAUUGUAUUCUCUGAUUUCUGUACUCUUUUGGCCCCGGCUUGCUAUACUGACUCUGUUUGUUAGUUUAACCAGGCCAUUAUAAGGACCGGUAUACAGACUUAUUCCUUUAGUGAUUCUGUCUGAGUUCAGGUUCCAGGAUUCCUGACAGCUUGACUUGGGGACAAAUCCCCAAACUUGGCAAACCCCCUCCGUGACGCCAGCACGCUGUCUUAGUUGCCACCAGGUGCGUGACUGAAGGACUGAUGCUAAAGUUUCCAUAACAACGGCAAUGCAUGCGUUGUGUUUGCAGUGCUCAGGAGAACAGAGGGACCUCAUGUGGGAGGUCUGUUCUACUCUUUCUUGUCAGUCAAUGCCUUUGACCGAGAGUUAGAAAAAUGUCCGUUAUUUCUUGUCAUUUCCGGAUCUGUCAUGUUCAGGACCCUCCAGAACUCUGGGAGGUCCCCAUUAGUUUGCAGCAUCGUCAUCUUCAAGCCCUUGAAAGCCAGUAGUUUAAAUGGAUGUCCCCAAGCAAAUUGAAUCCCCUUCAUGCGAAGAGCGUCCGCAAUAGGUUUCCACAUUUGCCGCUUUUGCAACGUAGGGGGGGCCAAAUCCAGGAACACUUGCAACUAGGUUCCGGCGUACGUGGCCUCCGAGCCGCGGCACUUACGAAUGGUGGCAUCAGCCGUGGAACAAUAAUAAAAAUGGGCAAUAACAUCCCGAGGAACGCUACCCUGGGCACCCCUUGUCCACAGUGCCCUAUGAGCACUCUCUAUGGCCCACUGGUCAUGGGUACAUCAGGUAAUAGGGGACGGAAGAUCGUGGUCAGCAGGCUGGAAAGGCUACCCUCACCAGACGCCUUGGGGAGGCCCCGCACCCUCACAUUAAAUCUUCGGAACCUGUUGGAUAGAUCCUCCAGCAGUCCCUCCACAGCUUGGCGCAGAGACCGGAGAUCUUCAGCGGAGUCUGCAACCGCGUUUUGGGCCUGCACCACUCGCUUUCCCCGGGAUUCCAGUUCCGCUGCACAAUUCCAGAUUGCAUGGAUCUCGGCUUUCAGGGCUUGUGUGCCCUUUGCUAUCUCCUCAGCUAAGAAGGUCUUGUUGGCCUGCAUCUGGAGCAGGAUGCGGGCAGUAUCGUCCGAACAGGCCAUCGAGGUGUCUGAGGCCUCCUCUCCGGGUCCUCCGCUCACAGACUUUUCCUGCCACCAGCUUGGGUCCGUUUGGGGCCCCUGCCCGUCUAUGUAAAGAUCGACGGUACCGUUGCGUCCCGUUGGGUUUGUUUCUUCCCACUAACUUUAAUGCUUCUGGGAGUCUUACCCAAUAAAAAGGUAAUAUAUCUCAGGGAGUCUUGCAGUUUUCCGUGCGGUUUAGCAGCCCUUUCCUCAGGAGCUCUCGAACUAUGCGACCAUCGCUGUCUACGUCCAAGCCACCCCCCGGGAUAACUAUUCUCUAAUUUACCAGGUGAAGGAGCAUAGUAGUGUUGUAUGCAUUAGCCAUCACUUCUUCUUUUAAACUUGUUUUUAUGGUGUUGUAGUUAUCCUCUUCUGGUCAAUGGAUGGGUCCAGGCAUAUGAUUUAUUGACAGCCCGGACACAUCACCUGUUAAGGAGGAGUUAAACUGUUAAGUUUCUCUUCCAGCUCUUUUUUUUAUAAAAUAUUUUAAUAUAUUGCUAUUUUGGAUCCUGCGUACAGCUGCUUCCAUUUUUGUCCGGUUCGUUAAUGAGCACAUUGCCAAGGCAGUGCAGCAGUUGCUAUAGCAAUGGCCUCAUCCAUAAAGCAUCAUUGUACUGUCAUUCCGAGCCGCUGAGUGAGCGAAACAUUGCUGCAGAGAAAGUUUGCCACUUACAGGCACCAUUAAACAAAUGUAUUCCUAUUUAAAAAACAACAAUCUGGCUGUAAUUUAUUUUUUUCCUACAUGAAUGAAAUGAUAAAGAAACAUGCUUUAUAUCUCAACUUUGUAAUGUAGUAGCUUUGUCAAAAUACAUUGUUGUGGAUAUUUAAAUAAGUUCACCUAAUUACAGCAAAAAUACCAGAUGCUCCAAAUAAGUUAACAUGAAAGUCCAUUGUGCUUCACUAAUUAGAGAAGUGAAGCUUAACCUCCAGUCAGCCUUUCUUAAUAUUGUGCAUGUCAGUCUAUGUUUACAAUGAAAAUAAAUGAAUCUAAUCUGUGGCUUGAUUUGAAAUUCAUCAGCUGCUGUAGAAGCUCUUGUUCCCUGUUGCAGAUUAACUCUUUGUACCCAUCUGGAACUAGAGUAAAAAUGUUAAUGGGAGCUGGAGGUCGCUAGCACUGAUUCGUUUGUUAAGUCUUCCUUACCAAAUGCCAUCCAAGGGUUAAAACGUGUGAAAAUGCGCAUUUCUUGUUUGUAAAUGAGUUUGGAUUGUUUUUUUCCGUUGUCUUUUCCUCUGUUAUAAUUGAAAGAGCUCUUUAAAAAUAUUUACAUUGCUUGCUGCAUCUUGGUAUGCAAACAGUAUUAAUACGUGUAAUCAAAUUUUUUUCAUUAAAUAUAUCUGUUUCUCUAUCAAUAUCUGUCUCUUCCAUUGUCUGUCUCCUUACUUCUGUGUUUCUGUCUACCAAUAUCUUUGUCUCCCCCUUCUAUUUCUCUGUCUCUCACUCAUUCCUGCUGUCUGUCUCUUUCUCCCUAUUUUUAGUAUUUCUGGAGUUCUCGCCUGAUGUAGACACAUGUUAUGUAACAUGUUAUGAGUCACAUUUUAAAAGGCUUAUUAAAGAGCCUCACGUUGUCUUUAUUCAUCCUCGGAGUUUAGAGUAACUCUGUUUUUAUUCUUCUAAAUGUGCUUUAUGUGUGUGGUUUAAUAGUUUGUCAUGUUCCACGUCUACCUUAGUGGCUGUAAAUAUUCUGCAGUGUUUCUGCACCUCUCGUUACUGGAAUACAAACAUGAUUUGGAUACUAAACACAACCUGUUUCUGAUCAGUCAUUACUGUGGCAGUGCAAUUGUUUUUUUUGCAGCCUGUAUUAGAAAUUACUCCAUCUACAUACACUAUCUGCAUUGUAUACAAAUACAUUAUUUCUGGAGAACAGAUAUUUAUAUCCUUAUAGCAGCACUCUAAACACCAUAUACAAUGCACAUUCUUGUAGUAGUUAUGGUGCUACAAGAUUUGUGUGCCGUUCUCUCCUUUUCUCUCUGUUACACAGUCCACUUUUUUAUGUUUUAUAUGCAUUAAAUUAUUCUACAUAAGUUUGUUUGAGGAGGGCUCUGAUCAACGUAUGUUCCACUAGGUCAAACUUGUUUUGUCCCAAUUUCUCGUGUAUUCUCUUUGCAUACUAUACAGCGCUGCCCAAUAUGUUGGUGCUUUUAUAAAUAAAAAUAAUUUUCAGAAUACUGAAACACAUCAGAGUCUGGAAAACCCCCAGUUGUUAGAUGAAUAUCCAGAAGGUAUAAUCGAGCCAAAAUUGAGCAUUUCAGAGAUGAGGGAUGAGAUCUCAUCUUUGUAGUAAAUUAGAUUAUAUUAAGGUUUUGUUGGCAGUCAGUGAAGCUUUCCUAAAUAGGAAAUCUCAAGUUCUAUGCCAGAUGGUGCAGGUAUGAGCUUGUAGUGGUUCAAAUACACAUUUAAGUAGAAUAUAAAAUUGUAAGGAAGGGACCUGAAGAAUAUGAUAAUCACUUAGUAAUGGAAAAGGGGGAGCAAUAGGAAAGAGGGUGUUAAAAGGAUAGGAACGCAUGGGUGGUGGGCGUAUGCAGUGGUUAGUUCAUGGUGCUAAGUGUCUGUUGUUUCUUCCCUAGGGUACCCAUAACAUUAUCAUAAGUUCAGUCCUCUCAUCUGAUAACCAGGGGUCUUUGAAGUCUUCUGUCCAUAUUUGUGAGAUUAAGCAGUAUAUUCUAUCCAGACAGCAAUAUCUUUAAUGGGACAGACAGAUGUGCAUUAGAUCUUUUCAUUAACUGAGACCCCCAUGAGACAAAAUCUAUCCUGAAGACCUGCAUUUAACUCUGAAGACCACUGACAUUCUAUUUUGCCAUUGCCAACCAGCCGAGGCUGACCCUGUACGAACAUGGAACAUUUUCUUUGUUUAAAACAGUCUGUGUGAAGCCUAACUCUCACACCAAAUCCGAAGGACUAUCGUUGGAAAUUGUAGUUUUGCAAAGAUCGGUGGUAUCAGGAUAAGCAAUCGCUAGAAUAGCGUACCAGUUCGUCAAGACAAAGUGAGCCCCCAGAGCUGAUUAACAAUAUUGCUUGCUUUAUGCAUUUUGAAAGAAAGAAAAAUGUUUUCUGUAAAUUUUCAUCAUACUUGUUGCAUGCUUUUUAUACACAUCGUACAACACAUUUUAGAUUCAUAUACGCAUUGCUGUCCCAAAAUCCAUAUCAAAGCCAAAUUCAACACCGAGGGAUUUCUUUAACUUCAGUAACUAUAAACACUCUUAUCUGUGUGCCUUCAUCAACUUUGUUCUUUGCUGAACAUGUCUGAGGCAGGCCUUCUCCUUUAGAAGUUUCCCCAGACUAGUCCACUAUCAUUGGAAUGGCUUUGAGCUUGAACCCUAUUUGUCAUCAUUAAAGAACUUUAUUAUGAUAACACACAGUUUAGUUCGAUCUCUGUCAUUCUCUUAUGAAAACCCACCAGUAAAAGUUUACUUUGCAUGAACACUGUACAAAAACACAUGUUUGCCAAAAGAUUUUUUUUUUCUUUUGAUUUUUUUUUUCUUCUAAGAUUUGUGGGUUUUUUGUUUUUUUUUCUUCUUCUUCAAAGCAUCUCUUCACAAGCAUAGAGAAGCCUGUCCCCAGCUGUCCUAUUGUAAGGACUGAGUUCUUGUUAACACCAUUAUCUGACAGAGAGAUUACAGGUAAUUGUGAUAAAGUAACAAUACGCUGUUUCUGUAAUCACAGUCUGAAGUCUGCGGGCUGCCCCAGGCGAUCCUAUCAAAUGUACAUUUAGUCUUGGAUCCAUGUCUGCUCACUCUGAUCUUAAAAGCUACUACACCUGGGGCUUGGGGUUUAGUAGUAACAGAAUGCAGGUACAUAAUGGCGAGGAAUCUGAUUGGCUGCCAGAAAUCUUGUGUAUGUAAUACCUGUUCUUCAGAUCUGUAUUAAGAAUGCUAAGCAAAUAAAAGGGGAACUCAUGUUCCCUUCAGGGCUACAGGCUACAUGUGCGUCUUUCCCUGAGUCAGUAAAGGACAAACUGCCGUGUUUGAUCUAAGACAAAAAAAAAGAAAGAUAAAGGAAUGACUAUUCUAUAUUUGUACAAUUUUCUUUUCCCCAGAUUUUGAGGAAUGCCUAUCAUGUUCUUGCUUUGUGUUUGGGAUCGAUGGUUUCUAUGACAUAAUCCAAAAUAAACACCAUUCAUCGAAUCUGUGAUAUCUCUUCUUCAUUCUGAAAGAUCCGUGAUGACCAUGACCAGAAUGUGUUUAUAUAUCUGUUUUGGAGACGUUCAUCCAGACUGGUCAUAUGUGGCUACCACCUCUCUUCCAUGUGGCCAUCAUGACUUUCCUUAUGGAUUCAAAAAACAGCCUUCACACACCUCCAUGAGGACCGUAAUGAAUUACUCCUAGAGGAGCAGUGUGGGAUGUCAGUGUGCAAUAUAGUGUGCGGUGCUGACGAUGUAGAACUGCUGACAGAUUAUAAUUUUUAAUUUAAUUUGGUUUUAUUCCACAAUUUUGCAAUGUCAUUACAUAGGUCACGUCAAGGAAUGUACAUAUUGUAAAAUCUGGUGUCAAUAUAGUUAUACAAUCAACAGUUGGUCUCGACACAGCGAGGUAUAUAACGUAGUGAGAGCGAGUGAAUGAGUGGUGUAUAACUAGAAGUGAUGGGUAGUACUGUCUGUUAUUAUCAUGUAAAUGUAUUCUCAUAUUUUCCCCCGUGCCAUAGCAUGCAACAACAAUGACAUAUUAAAUGUAUACAUUUAAGACACAUAAAAACCGUAACUUAAAGGCAUACAUGGGUUAACAUAAAGGGGGGGAUGGGGAAAAGCCUGUAUCUGUCUAGCGGUCAUGGCUAAAUUCAAUCAUUGCGGGAUUAACCCCGGUGUGACUGUUGCCUAUCGUGGGGUCUGAGACUGCACAUUCAUCAGGGCAGUCCACUAUCUCUGUAGAGGGUAUGUGUAGGGAACAAGGUGCAGAUAUAUUUAUGCUGGGUACCAGCACUACAGGAGCCUCUAGUACAGGGUUAGGCAACCUUCGGCGCCCCAGAUGUUUUGGGCUACACCUCCCAUGAUGCUUUGCCAGCAUUAUUGGUGUAAGAGCAUUAAGGGGGAUGUAGUCCACAACAUCUGGAGUGCCAAAGGUUGCCUAUCCCUGCUCUAGUGCAUCAGGUAAGUAAUCAUUUAUCAGGUAAUCGGAUUCUAUAAGGGGUUCAUCGAUGCUCUCUUACGGUGUCUUAGAGCCAAUGGUUGCAUGUGUAGCCCAAUACUGCAUCCACGGGAGCCAGGUGUCUAAGUAGGUAUGCUUCCUACCUCGGGUUUCCCAAUCCAGAUCUUCUAGGGUGCCUGUGUUUUCCACUCUCUCAAUCCAUUGGUUUAUGGUAGGGAUAUGUGGGGAUCUCCAGUGUACCGGUAUUAGGGCAUUUGCUUCCCCCAGAAGCAACCACAAGAGUGUUUGCCUAUGUCUGUCUGGGAACGUGGUAGGCCAGCCUAAUAAUACAUGGGAUAGGGUUAGUGCUGCUGGGAGUGGUAUGGACUUUGUCUAUAAUUGCUAUAACCUGGGUGCAGUAUGUCUGGAAAUGUGUUCUAUAUUACCCUCUGCCUCCCCACACCUCCAGCAUUCGUUACUGAGUGAGGGCUUAAUAGCAUGUAGGUGUACUGGGGUCCUAUACCAUCUGGCCACUCGUUUGUGCUGACAGAUUUAAUGUAAUCUGAGUAUACUAAUAUCUGAGUAUGCCAAACGUUGUACAGGAACUGUUGAAAUUUUAACUCCCAUGAUGCAAAGGUUUCAGUUAAAAUAACAAAAACAAAACAAAAUUUGUCUUAGAAACAUUAUUUAUUUAUACAAUAUUUUACCAGAAAUUAUACAAACAUGUCCACAAAACAUGAGGUUUGUAGUUCAACAACAAUUGUAGGAUUGUCACCUUCUCAUUUAGAUUUUAAUAUUCUAGAAUUUAAGAAAGAGAUUCUGUAUAAUAUAAACAUGGAACAAAUUUUUUUUUAAAUUGGUGUUGCUGUGUUAUGUUUUGCCAAGAAAGACAAGUUUGCAUUUAAAUUCCUUUUUUCCCCCUCUUUGUAUAUUAGUACAUGCAGUAUUUGGUAACCUUUUUAUUUUUUUUUACCAAGGGCUAAGUCACAUUGUCAUAUCAGUAUGCCUUUUGUUUGUCAAGUUUGCGGUAUGCUUUUGUUCUUUGUAAACAUCAGAUUUUUAAAAAGAAAGGUCUCCAUCCCUCCCCCCUGCUUCUUUGUCCUUCCAAAAAUUUGUCUCUCUCUGUGGGGCUACCUAAAACAAAAAAACUGAGCAAGUUAAUAAUAAAAAAAACUAUUCCUUAAAGCACGAAUCAAUAUUUUCCUGUCUGUCCAUUUUUUUUUUUCUUCUUGUGGCCAACAAAGAAUCCUGGGAAGAUGUAGCUUCACAACAGUGGAUAGCUACCUGUUGGAAUUGCUGUUUACUUGGGCAAUGUGCACCAACCCACGCAGGGUCUGCCACCACCUGAAUAAUGCUGCCGGUUUAAUCAGGUCAUGUUUGCAUAUUUCACUAGAAAUGAAGUAUUUCUUUUUGCAUUGUUUUGGUUGCUCAUUCCUCUUGCCCCCCAGACUAGGGCUGUACCCGUUUCCUGCCAGCUCUGCACAUGUGAACACGGAGCCUGAGAAUCAAAGCGCUUGCGAGCAAGACUUUUACACUUGUAAAGUCCGGGAAUAUACAGUGCCAGCCUAUUAAUGCCUUUGAAGGGAGCAGAGGGGGGAAAAAAGGUUCCCUUAGUGUGGAUUGUGAGGCGACAGAGCGUCUCAAUACUUGGCUAGAAGAAAAGCCCCUCAUUCUUCUGUGGCUGAAAUAAGAUGAACUCCUAUAGAGGAGGUGUACCAGUGAAAGGGGGGCUAGCUCAACCCUCGUGGAGAAAAUAACCCAUUGGCCGUGGUCCCUUUCCUAAUCAAACAUGCUUCACACGGAUGCAUCUUGAAGAGCUCCUCUGACACUUAUUUAUUCUGGAAAUGAAGGGCAGCAAUUAGUCUUUACCAACCUUCAGUGGCACUGCCCCCAGGCCUAUUGAGCAUUGCUUGUAUCACACUGCAGUUCUUUGGGAAGAACACUAUGUCCAAAGAUUUCUUUUUUUCCAGUUUCUAGAAUCAUUGCGGCUGCUUUUUAUUGGAUAAACUUUGUAACCAUUUGACUCCCUAUUUCCCACUCAGAUCUGUCCAAUACUUCCAAAAUAGUGUUUUUAUUAACGAACUGUCGCAUUCUAUUGAUACAGAGCAUUUCUGAAACUUGCUGAAAUGUAUUUACUUUUAUUUUGUUUAUUUUUUUGUGGUUGCGUUUUGUGCUUUUAUUAGCCAUUUUUAUUCUCUUUUCUGUUUAUUUUGGUCUAAACAAAAUUCACCAUGGUUUCAUGAUUGCCUUAUGAGGCACAGAAAGGCAUUUGGUAAAGAUCUUUGCAUAAUGCCUUUGACCUUUUACACAUUCUUGAGUUUCUAAAUUAUGAUAAGUAUAUGGAUUUAUGUUUAUGAUGUACCCAAAAUAGCAGAUCUCACUAACUGCUUCAGGAAGAGGAGAUUUAUUAUUCAGGGUGGGUUUGAUUUAAUGAAGUCAAUUUAAAUCCUGAUUUAAAUCUCUAGCCAGUAAGACUUGAUUUAAAAUCAUGCUUAUUUAUUUUUAUUAUUUUAAACGUAAAGACUCAAUCUAAUUAUAAUUUUAAUAUUUUAAACCAGAUGAAGAUUUCAUAUUUAGAAUGAUAACGUUUCAGAUUAGUUAAACCGUUAAAUCAGAACUGACCUUUUUUUAAAUUUUUUUUAUAACCCAUUAGAAAUACAUAGCUAAUGAAAUUAAAGAGAGAAAAUCUGUUUCAUUUUCUUUCUCAUCUGUAGUGUGAACUUGGUUCUCUCAUAAUAUAAUCGGUUAAAGGAACACUAUAGUCACCUAAAUUACUUUAGCUAAAUAAAGCAGUUUUAGUGUAUAGAUCAUUCCACUGCAAUUUCACUGCUCAAUUCACUGUCAUUUAGAAGUUAAAUCACUUUGUUUCUGUUUAUGCAGCCCUAGCCACACCUCCCCUGGCUAUAAUUGACAGAGCCUGCAUGAAAACAAAAACUGGUUUCGCUUUCAAACAGAUGUAAUUUACCUUAAAUAAUUGUAUCUCAAUCUCUAAAUUGAACUUUAAUCACAUACAUGAGGCUCUUGCAUGGUCUAGCAAGCUAUUAACAUAGCAGGGGAUAAGAAAAUCUUAAUUAAACAGAACUUGCAAUAAAGAAAGCCUAAAUAGGGCUCUCUUUACAGGAAGUGUUUAUGGAAGGCUGUGCAAGUCACAUGCAGGGAGGUGUGACUAGGGUUCAUAAACAAAGGGAUUUAACUCCUAAAUGGCAGAGGAUUGAGCAGUGAGGCUGCAGGGGCUUGUUCUAUACACCAAAACUGCUUCAUUAAGCUAACGUUGUUCAGGUGACUAUAGUGUCCCUUUAAUGCAAUAGAAGAGAUUUUUAACCAAGUAUUAUUUACCGAUUUUAUUGUAUGGCCUAUAUAUGUAAACUAUAUGAAAUGUAUUAACAAUAGAGUGGAAAGUUGAGAGAGCCCUUGCGCAUAAUUUGGGGAGCAUAGGGGCAUACCACUGUAACAAACUUAACUACCAGUAAACUUAUAAACAUUUUUCUAACUAGGUUGGCCAGCAUUAAUGGUAAAGAUAGCAUUUCUUACUGAUCAUUGGCGCUCUCCCAAGUAAAAAAAAAAAAAAAGUAUCUUAUUUCAACAAUUAAAAGGAAAUUGUCCCAAAUUUUUUGUAUUUUUUUUAUUUUAUUAUUAUUUAAAGGAAUGCUCCAGGCACCAUCAUAAUGUUGAAUGGAAUGCCUGAGCCCUCAAAGCUUUCUCCAGAUUUGCUAGCUAGCUACAGUUACAAAUCUUACAUUUACAAACCUUUUGGAAGUUAAAACAUAUUGCCAUUGAUCUGUCAUGAUAGAUUAACAGUGUGAGAAUAUGUCCUUACUCAAAGGCAGUACACAUGAUGUUAUUCUUAAAAAACUUCAGCUAUUAUCUGAACCAGGUUCCAAUUUCAAACAAUCACAGGUGUGUGUGUGAUAUCAAGCCCUUGCACUGUUUUUGAGAUUUUUCUCAGUUCCCUGUGUGGUUAGCCUCUUAUCUUUUAAACCAGAGUCUGAUAGCUCUCUCUAUUGAUGCUGGCUCCCGGUUCUCUGUUUCAGAGACCAAAUGGUAGAACUGCAAAGAUUGUGGAAGACAGAGAUGCAUUGUGGCUCUAUUUCUAAGAGUAAUUAGCACGUUCACGUGAGGAGCACUGGCCAUUUACUUUUGUAAUAAAUCAUGUUUUAAACAGAUUAUUCAUAUGCUGGCCGAUCUUAGGCACUUACCUAACGUAUUUUUUUAGAAGUUAGUAGAGAGAAAGAUUUCAACCCACCAUCUUUCAUGUUUUGAUUGUGCUUUCUGAUCAAACCAGAGCUUCUUAAUGCUAGAAAUUCUUGGGUGGCAGGCAGUGUUAAUUUUGGCAGCAAAUUUCAAUUUCGUUUUAGUCAUAGUCUUUUGACUAAAAAGCCGUUUUAGUUGUAUUUUGGUCAUUCAAAUUGUUUUAGUUUCAUUUUAGUCGACUAAAUCUCCAGUAUAUUUUAGUCGACUAAAUCUCUAGUAGAUUUUAGUCAACACGACUAAAAUCUAAAUAAAGCCUCUAGCUGUCUCUUCCGCCCCUUCCCCAGCCCCUCUGUGUCUCUUUGUGUCCUCCCAGCCCCUCUAGGUGUCUCUCUUCCAAGCCUCUAUCUGUCUCUUCCGCCCCAUCCCCAGCCCCUCUGUGUCUCUUUGUGUCCUCCCAGCCCCUCUAGGUGUCUCUCUCCCAAGCACUGGUCUGUCUCUUUUGCCCCUCUGUGCAGUGUUAAUUUUGGUGGACUAUUACUAAAACUACAUUUCCAUUUACUGUUAGUCAGUCUUUUUUAUUUGUUUUGAAUUUUUUAUUUUUGUAGUGCAUAGAUGUGACACAAACAGGUGAGAGGUGCCCCAAAGGCAGUCCUCCAGCUUUUCCCACGCGGAACAUGUGGGGCACAAGAGUAACAUGCACAAUUUUACAUUUUAAACAGGUUUAAGCACACGAAUACCAUAGUAGAUUGUAAAUAUGGUCUAAGAGUAUAAGCAGUUUCAGGAUUGUAGUUUCGACUGAACGUAUACACCUAUACCACAUACAUGCUUGGUCAGAGCUUGAGUUAGGUUAGUUUCUCACGAUUAAUACGGGCAUACAUCUACAGGUAUACAUCGUUAGUCAGGUAGACAGGCUAUUGCUAUUGAUCUAACGGUAUGGUCUUAAGUAGCUUAGCAGACUAUUAUGUUAGUGUAGCUAUGUCUGUAGAAUGAUAUUGCACCACACUCAACAUGCAUUAUAUGUUAUAUGUUUUCCAUGGCCUAUUGGCUCUUUGUUAUGCUAUCUGCAUCUAUCAAGGGUUAAGCAGACAUAUAUAGCACUGUGCAUGAAAUUAAGACAUAAGGAUACUAUCUGAGCCUGGUGGGAUCAGUGUUAUGAGAGGUGUGUUUUGAGAAGCAGAGAGGAGCUUAACCGGGGCAGCAGAAAACAUGGAAAUGCUUCAUUUUCAACAUUCAGGAGUACGUUGAUACUUGUACAUUUUUAUAAUUAGUCUGCAUUUUAACUAGCUUAGCCACACUUUAGCAUUGGUAAGUAUAAAACGAAGUUAUGUUGAUCAGGCAAAAUAGAGCGUAUAACGCUAUACCUAAGACUGCAUGGGCAUUAUAGUGGGUUAGGGUUAGUUACGUAGGUAGGUGUGGUUGUGUCUCUGAGUGUCCAGCUAAUUAAGUCCUGUACGGAAGACAGACUGAGUGUUGGGGCUGGAAUGGCUGCUGAUCUCAGCUGAUGCCUCUGGUAUAUCUCUCUGGGUAGAUUGUGCUGUAGCACGGCACUGGAUUUCCCCAGUUGGUGUACCUCCAUGCUCGGACCAUGAGGGUCUGUGUCUGUACUGAUGUGGUAUACCACAUGGUGCCCUUCUUCAUUAUGCGUCGGGAAAACUGUGUCAUAGCUGCUUGUCUGUCGUUCAUUGGGAGUCGGGUGCUUGCUCUGUUUGUAUCUCAUGCCCUGCUUCGGUCGCCCUUGAGCAGAGACUCAACGUUUUGGGGGUGGGAAUCCUCCCCUGCCCCGGAGCUGUGGGAGAGCUGGUGCUUGUAGGCCACGAGCCUGGGAGCCUACAAGGCCCAGGGUCGCCCCUUGCGGGGUGGUGCGGUGAGUAUCAUUCAGUCGCUGGCAUGGUCGCUGUGCUGCUCUCCGCCAGUGUGGCCGGGACCUCCGGGUCAUACCCUUCGUUGCUCUCAGCCCGGGAGGGCUCCGGACGUGUGGAGCUGGAGUGUGGUUCAUAGAGUUGCCCUGGUGGGUGUCCCCGUUCCUCCGCCUCUCUUCGGCUCCCAUCCUCAUGGCCUUUUGGGCGUGUGAGGUUGCUGGCUGCAUGCAGGCCUCUAGUUUUGCCCAAAAGCAAUUGAAGAUUCUGUCGAUAGAGUUUCUCGUGCAAUCUUUAGUUGCUGCUGUAGCAGUUUGGUGCCAUCGCUUGUCCGACACUUGCGUGUCAGGAUGCUUCACCAUCUUGGGGGCCCCCCACCUCCAUUUUGUGUAGGGAGAUCAGUGCGCCUGUCUCUCGGUGCAGAGGCCGGAACACCUCGCCCAGUGGAAACCGAGAUAUCCCCCGUCGGUCCAUGGGGGGGUGAGUUUGUUCCUCACUCUUAAUGCGGUUGGCAUCUGGCGGGAUGGCGGCCGUUCCGAACCCCGUGCCUCCGCUAGGCCUCACGUUGCCGCUGCGGUUCCUGGUCAAGUACGGCGCCAAGGAUGGUACCGACAGGUCCGUGGGAACUUCCUCCAUGUACUGAGCCCAAUUGUGGUUAGUUUCCAUCAGUUAGAUUUGUGUUAUACGCAGUUUUCGGGCUCUCUCCGCAGGAGCUCACACAACGUGCGACUUGUCAGUUAGCUGGUUCGGCUCUGCCCCCCUUAUUUGCUCGUUAGUCAGUCUUUUGACUAAAAUGCCAUAUUGGUUUUAGUUGUAUUUUAGUCAUCUGAAGUGUUUUGGUUUAAUCAACUAAAAUUGUUAGUUGACAACAUAACGACAACAUGGUGGCAGUGCUAUGGGCUCAGUGAGUUUGGACAUGUAAACAUGCAGUGGUGCUAAUGGUGUGUAACUCAGUGGUGGAUGAAACUUGCCUCUUCCAAAACACGCUAUACACCAGGAACAACAUAACUAACCAUUCCUCAAAACUAGUAGUAUUGCAAGUUUCCUCCCUUUCUGCACUGUUGAGGUCCAAAAUGGCGCCAAUAAGCCGCCAUCUCCAACCGCGUGCUCGGAGGCCAGUGACAUCACCUCUUUAUUGGUGGGAUCACUUGCACCAGCUACUGAUAUCUCAAUGAAAAACAUCUUUCGUUAAGAUAGCCAUAGAUAUAAGAACAGAUAUUCGGGCCAUCAAAGAUAGCACAGCUCAUCUGGAAGAAAAGGCAUUGGAGCUAAUAGAGGCCCACAAUUCCCUCAUAGGCGCCUUUACUGCCAUGGAAAAUAAAAUACACUAGAAGAGAAGAUAGAGGACCAUAAAGGCUGGGACUGGUGCAAUUAUAAUUGCACAUAUUAAUUAUAUGCGAAUACGUGUUAUAAAGCUGCAAGAUCUCGCUGACUUUGGCAAGCAAAUGUUUCACAGUUUGGUUCCGGACCUGCCAGAACGAGCCUUAUUGUUGCUGGACCCCACUCCCUAAUGGCCCAAGCCUAAAACGCUUACAGACACAGUCCCAUGGGACAUCAUUACAAAGGUACAUUAAUUUACUGCCAAAGAAAAGUGAUGCUGGUCUCUAGGGCCUGAGUACCACAAGAACACCAUGCUGAUAUUCAACUGUUCGUUGACCUUUCCUCCCUUAUCAUGCUAAAACGAAAGGCAUUCACUCCAAUAAAUGGGGAUUCCCUGUCAAGCUUAUUGAAAAGAGCGACUCCAAUAAAAACAUUAUGUCCCUAGAGAAACACCUAAAACGGUUUCUCCACUGGAACUUUGCUGUCAGUGAGGCCCCUCCAUUAGCUUCCUCUCCACGAGUCCCAAGUGACUGGCAGAAAGUUGCGUCUUCCAAGUGAACUUGGCCUGAUUGAAAGCAGGGUACGGAUGUAUGGAAGUGCAGUACAUAUUUUAACGGUUCGUGGGUAGGCCCUGGCCGGAUGGAGGUUCAUAUUAACAGGUUUUUAGUUUUUACGGCCUGCUUGGGCCUUAUUUGGUAAGCUUAAAACUGGCCUACAGUUUCAAAUAAGGUACAGUCACCAUAGUGCCUAAAGGCUGUGGCUCCACAAGGCACGUUUUUCCACCUGUCACCUUAAAGGAAGUUCCCAUUUAAACCACCAAUCCGUUACUAUGUGCACCAUGGUCUAAUGAUCCUAAAUGCUUUAAUGUAUAUAGUUGGUUAGUUUUAGAGGGGUUCGGGGGUGGAGGAGGGGAGACAAAGAGACACAGAGGGGCGAAAGUGACAGAGGCUUUAACUAAACCCAUUCGAUUUUAGUCAUGUUGACUUAAAUCUACUGGAGGUUUAGUAGACUAAAACUAAACCAAUUCAGAUGUCUAAAAUACGACUAAAACUGCCUUUUUAGUCAAAAGAUUGACGAAAACUAAAUUGUAAUUUACCGCCAACAUUAACACGGGUUGUGUUUUAGUUUUCUUCCUUUUUUUCCCCUUUCCUUUGUUAUGUAUUAUGUACACCUAACAUGGCUCCGUCUGUGCAGAAUACAUAAUACGUUGUAUCCUCUGUAUGUUAUAUCAUAAAAAUCAAUAUACAGAUAAUAAAAAAUAAUAAAAACUUAGAAAUUCUUCCAGUGACAUUUGAUGUGUGGGGGGAGAAGUGACCUUUUGUGUACACUUUUGGAAUUUGUGAGUGUGAAAGACAACACCUCUCUCAUAUAUUCAGCCUCCAUUUACAAUCUAACGUUUCGAGUGCGAUGGAAAAUAUUUUCUACAUGCAUCAUAUGUUCUCCUUUUUUCAAAGAUAUUACAGAGAUCAUGUUCUAGGUAAUGUUACACAUUUAUUUUUGGACAUAUACAGAAAAAGUAAACCUUGACAGGGCAGUGUAAGUACCAUAACCACUUCAGAAGCAUUACGUGUAAUGUUGCCAUCCCAUGGUUUUGUCAAAUCAUUUCGUAUAUGCUGUUAGUGGGUUACCAUUGCCUUCCAGGUUGGAGAUAAUCAAACUUUAUAAGGUGGAAUUGUAGUUUCUGUGUUAUCAAUAUGGCUUAUGGGUGCUGAGAAUAGCUUCUUCUUUUGCCACACUUUUCCCUAUAUGGUUUGCCAAACAUUUCUAAGACAGCACCAAUGCACUGUAAAAAUGACAUUGAGCAGUACUGGUGCUUAGAGUGCCCUUUAAGCAGUAGUUGCAAUUGUUUAUUUAACUAUGUAGACCUUUUUAGGAACUUAUCUCAGAUUAGGCAUUUUCUGGGAGGCUUGCAGAGUAGUUUAGGAUAGGAAUUAAAAUUUCCACUAGCCACUGGUGAGUGAAAAUUUAGCCAGGUUGAGUAGAAUUUUACCCUUGGUCAGUAUGCCAUGGACCCCUCAGGCUUGCAGAGGUGAGUAAGUUUAAGACUUGACUAGUGGCGACAGACUUUAAUUUUAAGCCCAUCUGUAGGUGAUGGUUGCUUGCUUCAGUUCCACAUUAAGACCUAAGAUGUUCAGUUAUGGUCACAAUUGAAGAAAAUGUGGAGCUUUGGUAGUGCGUGAGGCUUUCCGGUGAGUUCCCCACCCUCCCAAGCCCUGUGAUAAACAUGAAGCAUGGUUUUCUGGGUAACCAACAUCUGACCAACUCCCGGUGAAGAUCUCUCACUUUCCCUUGGAAGUGAAUAGCCGGAGGAGAGGAUUUCUGUUUUUUUUUUUUUUUGUAUGUGUGAUGAAUUCUUGUUCCUUCCUUGCCUGGAGUGUCUCUUUAACUCUUUAAGUAAUGUAAAGACUCCCUAAAAGAGAAUCGUGAGAACAAGAGGUCAUGCUGUGAACUAAAAGGGUGGGUAACCUAAGGUGAACAUUAGGCAAUCCACUGUCAGAGAAAAGAUGAUGAUGUAUGAUGUGAGCUUACAAUGCAUAAGGUAGACCCAUGGCAGGUCCUGAUCUGUAAAUUCAAAUCUGCAUUACUCCUUUCAGAUAUACCUUGGUAUACUGAACCUGGCUGUCUCCAUAGCCUUUCGCAAGAUUAAUGCUAUUAUAAUCCUUGUACUUUUUAUUUGUUCCAUUAUUGACUGGUACAAAGGAAUCAUACAGUUAAGCCCUAUUAGUUUCGGAAUCUAAAGCAUUUUAGCAAGCCGAAGUACUUUAGGGGUUUGAAGUGUAUGUUUCGUCACCUCUUUUUGAUGCAUAUUGUACACAAUUUUUACCAGAGCUAUUAUUCUUAUGCCCUUGUUCAAGAAUACUUGUAAGUACAUACUUAAGCUCCACACUCACCGUUCUGUUUGUAUUCUGUUUUGCAACUUACUUUCAAUAAACUCUUAUUGACAACAAACCGGUAUUAUUAACCCUGGGAUUUUAUGAAAAUGGAAGCCGUGGCUAGAGGACUAGCCGUGUCACAAGCCAUAUGGUUUCACUUCUAUAACAUUUUAAUUUGUUCCUCAUUUUUUUUUUUUCCUGAACAAGUUAAGGGCCAUCUGUCCAGUAAGGGCAGGUCAGGCAUGUCCCAAGGCGGUGCUUUUAACAUCUCUGCAGUGUUUUGUAUUCUUAAUUUAGUCUGUUUAUUUCCAGGUCGUGUGUGUUCUAAAAUAGGCCUGUGUCAGGCAGGGUUCCGGGCAGCAUGUGUGCGACAGCCGUGCAUUCCACAGAUCACAGGUCAGCAGUCGCAGUCCGGCCUCCAGUGGGCCAGCAUGCAGGGCAGUGCAGUGUAGGGACAAGCAGGACUGGAGGGCUGUUCCAUUGGAGACCUAUAGCUGGGGGGGGUCACGUCCUAUUACAUGAAACCCCCUAUAAGAGAGGAUUUGUUCUUAACUUUCAAAAGAUCAGUUUUCCCAUAGAUGAAAGCAUUGGUAGCACUUUGAAGUUUAUUAUGUUAUCUAAGUAGGGAAAUAUUCCGAGUAUAGAUGCAUUUUCCAUUUAUGGUAAUUUUUGUACCGGAAUGGACAACUUGCAGUGAGCCUGUCAGCGUUCAAACUAAUACCAAGAAAAUUCUAAGCCAGUGAUGGCUAAACUUUUCACUGUAGGUAUUUGUGGACACAGUAUAAGGAACAAGGUGACCCAUUAAAUCUCUCCGCUUUACAGGUUCAUAUAGACCGUAGUGUAAUUUGAACUCGGAAUAAACAAGUCUUGGAUCAGGCGUGGGUAGGUUUAUCUGUUGUUUAAACUACAACUCCCAUAAUGCUUUGCUGGACUAAACGCUGGGGAUCCCUGUCUUGCUUGGGUGGCUAUUAUUAUUAUUAUUAUAAUAUUUAUAGAGCGCCGUCAAAUUCCGCAGCGCUUUACAAUGGGUGGACGAACAGACAUGUAGUUGUAACCAGACAAGUUGGACACACAGGAACAGAGAGGUUGAGGGCCCUGCUCAAUGAGCUUACAUGCUAGAGGGAGUGGGGUAAAAUGACACAAAAAGGUAAGGAUAGUAUUCGACUAGUGACAGAGGAAUCAGUCAGGAGCUAUUAACAGUUUAAUUGAUACGCUUUCAUGAAGAAGUGGGUCUUUAACGAUUUUUUGAAGGAGUGGAAACUGGGUGAGCAUCUAACGGAAGAGGGAAGCGAGUUUCACAGGAACGGUGCAGCCCUCGAGAAAUCUUUAAGGCGAGCAUCAGAGGUGGGAGUACGGACAGAAGAUAGACGUAAGUCUUCAGCAGAUCGUAAGGGCCUAGACGGGACAUAGUGAGAGUAUAAGGGAGGAUAGAUAGGUGGGAGCAGCAUUAUGUAGAGAUCUGAAAGCAAGAACCAGAAUUUUAAAUUGAGCUCUAUAUUUUAAAGGAAGCCAAUGUAGGGACUGACAGAAGGGUGAGGCAUGGUAUGUGCGGAGGACAGGAAGAUAAGCCUCAUCGCUGCAUUCAUUAUGGACUGUAACGGUGCAAGUUGGGAGCACGUAAGACCACUGAGAAGCGGAUUACAGUAGUCAAGGCGAGAAAGGACAGUGGAAUGGACCAACAUCUUAGUCGCAUCUGGUGGAAAUGACAGUAUUUGGCGAUAGAUUGAACAUGAGGCUUGAAGGCGAGGUCGGAGUCAAAGAGAACAUCUAGGCAGUGAGCCUGCACCGUUGACUUGGAGGGAGACAGACACAGGAGUAACAACACUUUAGGGAGGAAAGACCAGAAUUUCAGUUUUGGUCAAGUUUAGUUUAAGGAAGUGGGUAGCCAUCCAGUUAGAAACAGCAGAUAGGCAGUCAGAGACACUAGUCAAGAGGGACGGGGAGAGAUCAGAAGAGGACAGGUAGAUUUGCGUGUCAUCUGCAUAGAAAUGAUAUUGGAAGCCAAAGGAGCUAAUGAGUUUACCAAGAGAGGCAGUAUAGAUGGAGAACAGUAGGGGACCAAGGACUGAACCUUGGGGGACACCAACAGAGAGGAGUUGGGGAGAAGAAGCAGAGCCAGAGAAAGAAACACUGAAAGAGCGCUGGGAGAAGUAGGAGGAGCACCAGGAGAGAGCAAUAUCUUGUAGACUGAAAUUGCGGAGGAUAAGAAGAAGCUGUUGAUGAGCAACAGUGUCAAAAGCCGCAGACAGGUCAAGGAGAAUUAGGAUAGAGUAGUGACCACGAGAUUUUGCAGCGGUUAGAUCAUUGGAUACUUUGGUCAGUGCCGUUUCCACGGAGUGCUUAGCGUGGAAACCAGACUGAAGCGGGUCUAGCAGAGAGUUGGACUCGAGGAAGUCUGUCAAUCUCGCAUACACAAUUCUUUCAAGGAUGCAAAAGGCAGUAGUGAGAUAGGACGAUAGUUGGAUGGGGAGUUAGGGUCAAGAUUGGGCUUCUUUAGAAUUGGAGUUACAGUUGCAUGUUUGAAGGGCAAUGGAAAUAUACCAGAGGAAAGAGAGAGAUUGAGAAUUUUAGUGAGAGGUGGAGAAAGAGAAGAAGACAGAGUACGGAUGAGAUAUGAGGGAAUUGGAUCUAGGGAGCAGGUGGUAGGGCUGGAGGACUGGAGCAGAGCAGAAACCUCUUCCAAUGUAGCGGGUGCGAAUGAACAUAGAGCAGCAGAGGGAGUGAAGUUAGGGGAAGUAUUGUAAGGGGAAGAAGAAAGAUGAGAGAUCUCUUCUCUGAUUGUAGAGAUCUUGUCAGUGAAGUGAGUUGCAAAGUCUGAGGCGGUCAAGUUAGUAGGUGGAGGAGGAACAGCAGGGCGAAGAAGAGAGUUAAAUGUGUGAAAUAGUCGUUUGGGUUCGCGGGAGAGUGUGGUUAUGAGGGUAUUGAAGUAAUUAACUUUUGCAGAGGAAAGAGCCAAGCUGUAUGAGCUCAGCAUAAAUUUAUAGUUGAGAAAGUCAGAUGCACAAUGUGACUUUCUCCAACAGCGUUCAGCAGUUCUGGAGCAUUUUUGGAGGUAUCGAGUGAGCUUGGUGUGCCAGGGUUAUUAUGACCCAGCUCCUACACAAGCAGAAUAACAAAUAAAAAUCCUCUUUUACUAGAUAUAAAAACACAGGCAAUCUGAAAGCACCUUCGUAAUACAUGCCACAAAAUCUCACAUGAUCAAUAAAGCAAUAACAGUAUUACUGGGAAACUUGCUACAAAAACAAAAAAGACAGGGAUAAGAGCAAACACAAUAUAAUGCACAAUCCAGAUACUAGGACAAUCCUGGUACGAUCCACCUUACCAUGAAGUGAAAACCAAUGAUAGCGCAUAGAAUCACUAGUACCUUUUAUGAUUUCUACAACAUUCAUUGUCCAGUAUGCAGAAAGCAGGGGAUAUAACCCCUUACGGAGUGCAAACAGUAGGACCCUCCUUGCUUCUAAUAGUGAAAGCAACCUGGUGUUAUAGGCCCAAACCCGACCACGUAUCUAGUCUGUCCACUAUACAGUUGAUCCUCAACAACAGAAGUUCAAAAUGAUUGUCACGUGAGAUCAGCGUGUCUGCGUGCUGAUACUCCUUUGCUCAAUACAUAUUUUCAUUCCAAAACUACCUUGGUUGCAAGCUGAUUUAAAAAGAAAAAAAAGAAGCUAAAUAUAAUAUGCUAAAUGAGAUUGGAUUUAUUAGCAGUCCACAGCAUCACUUAUUAAGGUUAACUGUUGUCUGCGCCAACAAGGAAUGGUCAUUGGGUAGAAUAUGGCAGAAGGCCCUAUGUGUCUAAAAUGGUUGUGAGAUGGAUGUCCGCCUUUGUGAUCAUGGACUAAAAAGAUCUUUGAGAAACGUGCAUGUUUCUUUAUUUAAUUAUUUGUCCCUUUAGUGACACUUUGCAGUAACGGAAUGCAUUGAAAGACCAAUAGAAUAAUCCUGUUUUCAAUGCUAUAGCCUUGAUAUUGUUAGGAAUGGUUGUUUUUAGACGGACACUUAAAGAGAGUUGUUAAAGAAAUGGAAAUGAAGAAUUAUGUCUUGGACCAGUCUCAAGGGGCGUAUUGCAGGAAGUCAUUUUACAAUAAUAGUUGUCUAGUAAUAGAUUUCUUGGAUUAGAAAACCUGGCUUCAAUUUUGCAACUUAGUUGACUGCACGCUGCAACUUGAUGUCUAGUAAAUACACUUUUUUUUUUUUCUGUGUUUAUAGCAUAGUCAUGCCAAUUGGAUCAUAUAGGUCCUCCUGGAACGUUUCCCUUUUACAACCGUGGUCAUAUAGAAAUCUCCAACUACACUGGCAGUGCUGGCCAUGUCCAUAUGCUUAAAAAUAUGUUUCAGGAGGUUUUAAAUAGAACUUUGAAGACUCCAGUGUGAUGUCCAUCAUUUGUGAAAUAAAGCCUGUCUCCUAAGAUAACACUUACUUUAAUAAAAGGACAGUUUGUAUGUGCACUGUGCCGUAGAACCGUGCAGGAAAUGUAUUGUUCAUUCAGAAUUAUGCCGGGCUUGGUAUGCCAGUCCCGACACUGUGCAGCUGGAAACACCUGUUCCAGAUCUAUUACCAGCAGUAAAAUCACCAGAGCGUGUACGACACAGCAAGGGAGGUUACUGAAGUCAACAGUAAUUUUAAAAAAUAAGGAUACUUCCUUGUCAUCCCAGCUGUCAAAAUGUGACAUUGUAAGCUUUAAUUACUUUUUUUUGUGUGUGUUUCUAAACUUGUAUUUGUAAAUAUAUCAAUUUUUAAAUCUUUUUGACAAUCUUUAUUAAAGGGGCUUUAUAGUUGUAUUCCUGACACCAUUGGUCUAAAUAGCAGUUAGACCUUUCCCGUAGGAAAGCAUUGGGAAGCUAUCGCGCAUGUGCAGCAAAAUACCGUGCUGCACCAGCCUCCUUGGAUCGGAUUUGUUGUUCCUGGACAUACCACAGAUACUCAAUCAGAUUGAGAUCUGUAAAAUUUGGAGGCCAAGGCCACAUGAACUCUUUGCCAUGUUCCUCAAUCCAUUCCAGAAUAAUUUUUGCAGGGUGGCACAGUGCAUUAUCCUGAUGAAAGAGACCACUGCCAUCAUGGAACACAAUUGCCAUGAGUGUGGUGUGCAUGGUUUGCAACAAUCUCUAGGUAUGUGGUACAUGUCAAAGUAACAUCCACCUGAAUGCCAGGACCCAUAGCUAAGAUAAUAGAACUGCCUCCACCAGCCUGCCUUCUUUCCAUAGUGUAUCUUGCUGCCAUCUCUUCCCCAGGUAAACGCCACACUUGCACCUGACCAUCCAUCUGUUAUAAAAGAAAACAUGAUUGAUCAGACCAGGUAACCAGGUAAGUUUUGACACUCUCCUCCCCAUAGACGGUGUACUGUGUGUACUGACAUCUUUCUAUCAUGGCCAGCAUUAAAGGACCACUAUAGGCACCCAGUGGUCUGGGUGCCAGGUCCAUCUAGGGUUAACCAUUUGUUCUAUAAACAUAGCAGUUUCUGAGAAACUGCUAUGUUUACCUAUGGGUUAAUCCAGCCUCUAGUGGCUGUCUCAUUGACAGCCGCUACAGGUGCUUCCGCGCUUCUCACUGUGAUUUUCACAGUGAGACGACGCCAGCAUCCAUAGGAAAGCACGGCUCCUUCCACGCAUGCGCAUUCAGUCGAUGACGGCGAUAUGGAGGAAGAGGGGGCACCCUCUCGGCACUAUAGUUAUAGUGGUCCUUUAAGUGUCUCAGUAAUUUGAGCUACAGUAGCUCAUCCGUGAUUGGACCUUACGGGCUAGCCUUCGCACUGCAAAUGCAUCAGUGAGUUUUGAGCGCCCAUGACCCUGAGGCCAAUUCACAGGUUGUUCUUCCUCGCACCACUUUUAGUAGGUACUAGCCACUGCAUCCCAGGAACACCCCACAAGACUUGCCAUUUUGGAAAUGCUCUGAACUAGUCGUCAAGGCAUCACCAUUUGGCCCUUGUCAAAGUCACUCGGAUCUUUUUGCUUGCCCCUUUUUUCUCCUUCCAACACAUGAAAUUUAAGAACUGACUGUUCAAUUGCAGCCUUGACAGGUGCCAUUGUAACGAUCUAAUCAAUGUUGUUCACUUCACCUGUCAGUGGUUUUAAUGUUGCGGCUGAUCAGUUUAUGAUGAUUAGAAAAUACUUUUUAUAGCCAUAUUUAAGUUAAUACUGGUUCUCCUUGUACAUGCUUUGUUCUUUAACACCGUUUAAGACUUUUGGCUGUCAAUAGGGGGGAGCCCUAUCUAACAGGAUAUCUUAUAGAGAAAAUAAAGAGAUGUAUUGAAGGGAAAUGUGAGGAGGUAAAAUCAUUGCCCCGAGGCAUUACUUCCUUUGCCCUGUGCAUGGAACUAUGUGUAGGCAAAGGAUUGAGUUUCACAGGAAGGUCACAGUGGAAUCAGUCUUCUGGCCGAGCCGCUGAGAUUGAAAUCUCUAUGCUUUGUGAGCAGGCAAUCACUGCUACCAUUCCCAUAUUAUAAUGAUGAGCACAUCUUAAGGACUUAUUUACUAAAUUGGGAGGGAAUUGCAAAAUUUAUGGGAUAAAAUAACUUACCUGGAGAAUUAUUCAAAUACACUCAUUGUGGCCUAAAUUCCGCAACUCCGCAAAUCCCUCGUUUGUGAAAAAAGAGAUCACUUUAUAUCAAGUUAUAAUUUAGCCUAAACUAGCUGUAUGGAAGAUAUCUUUCUAGCUCUAUUCCGGCAAGUAGUAGAUGUUGUUAUUAUUAAAAUUAUUUAUAAAGCGCCAACAAGUUCCCGUAGCGCUGUACAAUGGGUGGACUAACAGACAAGUAUUUGUAACCAGACAAAUGGACGCACAGGAACAGAGGGAUUGAGGGCCCUGCUCAAUGAUCUUACAUACUAGAGGGAGUGGGGUAAUGUGACACAAAAGGUAAGAGUAGGGUAGAAAAGUAGGUAAUUUGUAGGUAUGUUGUUAAAGGGACACUAUAGUCACCCACACCACUUCAGCUCAAUGAAAUGGUCUGGAUGCCAGGUCCCUCAGGUUUUAACCCUUCAGAUGCAAACAUAGCAUAGCACUAGAGGCGCAUCUGCGACGCUGGAGGCAUAUGAUGCCUCCAUCACGCAGAGCGUCCAUAGGAAAGCAUUGAGAAAUGCUUUCCUAUAGACACUUUGAAUGCGCGUGCGGCACUGUCGCGCAUGCGCAUUCGGCUCCGCUGACGGCGGGGGAGGAGAUGUCACCAGCGGUGAGGGAGCCCUGCGCUGGAAUAAGGUAAGCUGCUGAAUGGGUUUUAACCCACGGGAGGGGGACCCUGUGGGUGGUGGCACCCCCAGGAAACUAUAGUGUCAGGAAAACCGCUAUGUUUUCCUGACACUAUAGUGAUCCUUUAACCUCUUAAGGACACACGACAUGUGUGACAUGUCAUGAUUCCCUUUUAUUCCAGAAGUUUGGUCCUUAAGGGGUUAACAAGGUGCUAGUCUGCAGUGUGUCUUUUGCCUGCAAUGGAGAGUUAAAGAAACAUGUAUUCCUUACCCUAUAGUGUUAAAACCACCAUCUAGCCCCUUUGCCCCCCCUAAAUAUAGAAAAAUCUUGCCUUUAUUGCAAUCUGCUGCUGGCUCUGCCACUAAUCUGCCUCCUUGGCUGACAUCAUCAGAAGUUGUGUUCUGAGUCAAUCAUAAUGCUUUCACAUUGGAUUGGCUGGGACUGUCAAGGAGGCAAAGAGCUAGCAUAAGCCAAACACAGCCCUGGCCAAUCAACAUCUCCUCAUAGAGAUACUUUGAAUCAAGGCAUCUCUGUGAGGAAAGUUCAGUAUCACCAUGCAGAGGGUUGAGACACUGAAUGUCAGUCACAUUGUGCAGCACUGCCCCAGGAAGCACCUCUAGCAGCUAUCUGAGGAGUGGCCAGUGGAGUUAUCCCUAUACUGUAAUGUAAACACUGCAUUUCCUCUGAGAAGACAGUGUUUACAGCAAGAAUCCUGAAGGAAAUGAUUAUACUCACCAGAACAAAUACAGUAAGCUGUAGUUGUUCUCGUGGUUAUAGUGUCCCUUUAAAGAUAUGUCAGUUUUUAAGUGAAUUCACACAUAUUUGCUUACACAUAAGGUGCUAGCAGGGCUGGUGCAAGGAUUUUUGCCGCCCUAGGCAAAAGUAAAGUUUGCCGCCCCACCCUCAUGUGACAUCACAAUGCUCCACCCAUAUGAUCUGCCAUGUUAACUUACGCCAGUGCAGCAGUGACGCCGUGUUUACAUUAUAAGGCAUGCAGGGACAGGCUAUAGACACCAGAACAACUACAUUAAGCUGCAGUGGUUCUGGGGACUAUAGUGUUUCUUUGUGAGGUAAAUUAGAGCUUAGUGCCACGAAUAAUAUGCUAGAUUGCCUACUUACAACCAGAUGAGGAUGAUGAUGGGCUCUAGCUGCAGUCUGGCUCCACUGGUCUGGUGUAGAACAGGCUCUCUGGAGGCUGUUUGUAACUGUGGUCACAAAAAUCAAUGUUCUGGGAGAACGGGAAGCAGCUCCAUUUUUUGGGGGGCCCUUUACACAGCUCAAGGUCUGGGUCCCAGGGUCCACCUUCAUGUUCCACCAAUGAGUUUGUUCACAGGGGGUGGAGUGUGUAGGGGAUGUCCUGAUAUGUGUGUAAGGAAUGCAUUGUGUGAAUCUGUGUUUGUAUGUGUAAGGGCUGCAAGGUGUGUUUCUGUGUAUGUACAGGAUGCAGUGUGUGCGUGUGUAAGGGGUGCAUUAAGUGUGUGUAAGGAAUGCAUUGUGUGUAAGGGUUGCAUUGUUUGUGUGUGUGUGUGUGUGUCUGUGUGUGUAAUGCAUUGUGUGUUUUUCUGUGUGCAAGGGGUGCAUUGCAUGUGUGUGUGAUGGAUGUCAAUCUCUCCCCCCAUCCCUUGUCACUCUCUCUCCCCCCCCACUCUCCCCCUCCCCUGUCACUCUCACCCCCCGUCAAUUUCUUCUCCCCCCCACAAUUUCUUCUCCCCCCGUCAAUUUCUUCUCUCCCCCACCAAUUUCUUUCCUCCCCCUCUCUCUUCUCCCCCCUACCAUUCUCUUCUCCCUCCCCUACCAAUUUUUUCUCCCUCCCCUGCCAUUCUUCUCCACCCCCCUCCCCUGCCAAUUUCUUUUCUCCUCCCUCCCCCUGCCAAUUCUUUCUCCCUCCCUCCCCCCAGCAUUUCUCCUCCCCCCUCCCCUCUGCCAUUUCUUUCUCCUCCCCCUCCCCUACCAAUUUCUCUUCUCCCUUCUCUUCUCUCACCUCCUACCAAUUUCUUUCUUUCUCCCCCUCCCCUACCAAUUUCUUCUUCUCCCCCCUCCCCUACCAAUUUCUCCCCCUCCCCCACCUUUGUUGUAGCGUGGCUGAGGCAAGCUCUGUAUCAUGGUCCUCAGUGUGUACUUCCUGUUAGUCCGGCCAGGUACAGGAGACAGAUGCUUCCUGUACCCGCGGACCAUAGAGGGCUCGGCCACGCUACAGUGAGGGAGUGACAGGAGGGAGCGCUGAGCGCUUCCCUCCUGUCAGCCCCUCUCCUCAUGCUGCGCCCGGGUGGUGCGGUCCGCACUCAUGGACGCACCAGCCCGGGCAAAGCUGCAGCCGUCUGAGGCUGUCUACAGAGCGCUUGGGCGGCUGCAGCAUGAGGGGGGCCGGCGCUCCUGGCGGCGCCCCUUCCCAAGGGGCAACCUAGGUGGCUGCCUAGUCCGCCUAACAGGUAGCGCCGGCCCUGGGUGCUAGCCCUCAGGGAUCUUCAUGCACGUUUAGUUUGGAAUCUUUAUAUUAACUUGCUAUUUCUCCAGCACAAUGUGUAAAAUAGAUUAACUAAAGUGAAAUUUUGCACCUGCUCACAUCUAUUGGUACACUGUUGCUACUUGAUUAUGUCAGAGGCUGAUGCAGAAUAGUUUUCUUUUUGUUUAUAAGCAUAACAGAUAUCCUAUUCUUUCGAUCUUAUCACCCCUGAGUGAUUGUAUUUAUUUAUUAAGCACCUCUAUGCUCUGUGGCUGAACAGUCAGGCAUGAAAUGCUGAUGGAAUUGGGACUGUACACAUUCAAACAAAAGUCUACAAAGGGGAUGAGGGCUCUUCUCAUAAGAGCUUACAGUAAAGGGAUUUUGAAGGUGUUGAUACAGGUGUGAGUGCCUUAUGAUGUGGCAAUGCUAACAAAGUGAAACCUUGAGUGUUUUUGGAUGGAGCCUUAAAUAUCGUUAGGAAUACAUAUCUACAUUCCUAAUGCUAUAGUCUUUAUUCCCCUAGUUGGUUUUAGGUCCCCUGUAAGCACUUUAAAAAGGAAAAUAAAUAAUUGUAUUCACCUUCUUGCCUGUGCCCCUCGGCGUUGUGGCAGACUCGUCCUCACAUGAUGUCAUUCUGGAGCCGUGCCUACAGGAUGACAGUCCAAUCUAGUGCUCGUUAUAGUCUCUUGAUUCUUCAGAGCCCAAACUUUAUGUUACUGCCCAAUCACAGACUGCCCAAUGCAAUGUGGCUGUCCAAUCACAGACUUCCCAAUGCAGCUCAAUGAGAAGUCUUUGCAAGGCAGGUGCUCUGGGCAAUUGUUUGCCUCUGAGCUAAUCAACCAGGAAGUAACAGGACCGGUUGUUGACUGACAGCCAGGGGGGUGUGACAAGGUUAAUUUAUAACAAGGCUUGGCAAAUUUGCUUUGCGUGUAAGAGCCAGCUAAAAAAGUUAGGAGCCAGAUUUUUCUAAAACUUACAUAGCUUUAUAUUCAACAACAAAAAUACAAUUAUUAAAGAGACAGCUUAAUGUAGUGGUUCUGAGGUCUAUAGCCUGUCCCUGCAGGCUUUUCAAUGUAAACACUGACUUUUCAGAGAAAAAGCCGUGUUUACAUUGCUUCCUAGUGACACCUCUAGUGACCGUCACUCAGAUGGUCAGUAGAGGAGCUUCCUGUGUCAGUGCUGCACAGUGUGCAGCACCUACAUUCAGUGUCUCCAGGCUCUGCAUGGAGGCGCUGGAUGUUCUCCAUAGAGAUGCAUUGAUUCAAUGCAUCUCUAUGAGGUGAUGUUGAUUGGUGCAGCAUUUUGCAGCCAAUUCUAUGGGAAAACACUGGAUUGGCUGAGAUCAUCAAGCCCGGGGGAGACCUGCAUGGCAUGGGAAAAAAAGGUGAGUGAAAAAAAACAUUCCCUUGCGAAUAGAAAGGGUUUGGUAACCUAAACACACAGACCAUGACAGACAGACAUACCACGACAAACACACACGUAUAUACCAUGAGAGAUACAUACACACACACGCAUACCAUGAGACACAGACACACACACACUAUGACAGACACACACACACACGUAUACCAUGACAGACAGACACACAUGGGGCAGGGGAGCAGUGCAGCGAGUACCAGAAGGGGUUUUUAACCCCUUAUGCACCAAGGGAGAGUCUAUAGGGAGCUAUAGUGUUCCUUUAAUGAAAAUGGACAGAAGACUUUAAAUUUCACUUUCUUUGUAGAGGUGGCGGGCAACAAGGAUAUAAUUUUGUCCAUAUUGUCCUCAUUGUUGCCUAGAAAAACCAUGAAUUGAUACAGUAAGAAUGGAAUUUUGGUCAGAUUUAAUGCUGUUGAAGCCCUCCCUGCAUGGUCCUAGUGCCUGCUGCACAGUGCAAGCACAUCUAAUGUGAUCAUGCUGUGCUGCCCAUUGGAGGACACUACACAAUUAGUUGGAACCUUAUAAAUAAUAGUAAUAACACACACAUAGAUAGCCAUAACCAGUUGGUUCACUGCUGAUUAAUCUCUUUUCAGUGAUUAAAGAAUAUUGAAAGAUUUGAUGUUUUCUGUGAGGUUCUUUUAUAGUUGUGGUUAAAAGUACGUGCUUAUUUAUUUAUUUUCCUACUUACUUUUAGGGAAUGACUUCGCUGGGCGCUAGAAAUAAAACGCUAAUACAUGUUUUCCCCUCUUCCAGUGACUGCAUUUGAUUAAGUAGCAACGCUUGCAUUACAUACUUGGUUGGCUUCAGUAAUCAAAAACAUGCAAAACAAGCAUCGGAGCUCAAGAAAAUCUGUAGGUCACUUAGCUCGGUAAUUGAUGCUUGACUUUGCCUCUCAGCACAGGUGGUUGUGAAUUACUGGGAGGUGUGCUUGUGUGCAAGUGGCUCUGGAGGGCAAGAACAGGCAACCUCUGACAGUUUCACCCCUGUGGUUCAUGAUCUCAUGGUGCAUUGCCGUCCACUUCAAUUUAUGAAGUUAGUUCCCUCACUUCCUCCUGUCUUCUAACUUUUCUGCUAUGGGACUUAAAUUUACUGUAAUUCAUUCUGUGAUUGUGUUAUGUUAAUAAUAGUUUUGACUACUUCUAAUACAGCACUAACAUGCCAUUUAAAGAAACAGUGGGACCCCAUAUCCCCUAGCUUGUACGCUCAUUUGAGCAGGUCCCUCAACCUCCUCUAUUCCUGUGUGUCCAGCUAGUCUGAUUACAAAUACUUGUCUGUUAGUCAACCUAUUGUACAGCGCUGCAGAAUUUGUUGGCGCUUUAUAAAUAAUAAUAAAAACAACUUUACCUCUAUGAAUUCAACAUAGGGCCACUGUCACACUUAUAGGGGUUGAACCAUUUUCAAAAAAUAGACCAUGGCAAUACGUGACAUGAUAAAAUAAACAUUCUGGCCUGACUACAACCCCAAUAACUUCUUUAUCUUUAUGAAAUUGUUAUGGUGGCUGGAGUUAUAGGUGAUUAUCAGUGUUUUUAUUCAGUGGUGUAAUUUCUUGAGAUGUUGGUUAUCCUUGAAAGAAAAAUUCCAAGUACCAUAACCACUAAAGCGGUUUCAAUGAUUUGACGUCUUACCUUUGAUCCAUGUGUCCCCUCUCCCCACCUCCACUGCAAUCUUCAGCUCUCUGUCUGAGCUAAGCGUAGCAAUGUCAGGUUUGGCUCAUUGAUUAAAAGUGGUCAGCUGAUGCUCUUAGCCAGUGAGCUAGCCCUCCACUGCAAAGUUUAGUUAUUAAAGCUGCUAAGCAUGAGCUGACGGCUGUAGUGUAUGAAAUGAGCGGCGCCCUGCAGACCUUAGGUAAGAAAUGAAAUCAUUGAUGGGGGGAAACAGUGGCUAUAGUGCGUGGAGUGUUAUUUUAAAGCAUCGUUUGCUCUGUUUACGGAUCACAUAUAUAGAUGGAAUAUAAAGACUGAGUAGAUAGAUAAUUUUAUGAAGAAAGUACUUGUAUUGGGGUUUUCUGAUGGGAAGAACAAUGACGAUUGGACUUUGAGUAGUGGAAUACAUCAAUGCUAUAAUGACCUGUAAGUAAGGCACGUGAAACCAUUAAAAAGUACCAAAAUGUGACAAUUUAAUUUAACUGUCAUGUAUGGGAAUUUUAAAAAAAGUUUGCUAAAACUGGGCUUUAAAGUAGCUCCACCUACAAGCCCUGUCAGUCAGAGGGCGGUGAAUUACACUUUCAUACAAACCACUGAAAUUAUUGCUGACGUGGAGGGACCUGCAGGCGCUGCUUCCCGGGAGAAUGCCCCAGUCUCUUUUUAAUAAUUGGUGCUGAUCAUCACAUAGACAGAGAAGAAUACCAUAUUUCGAAAAAUACUUGCAACGUGUAUUAUAAUUAUUAUUUGUAUACCAUACUUAAUUUUAUAGGGUUAGCAUUAAUAGUAAUUCUGAGUUACUUUGCUACAGACCACCUUGCAAUAACGUGAUUGUACCUUAUUUACUUGUUUAUUGGCCUCACGUUGUACGUUAUUCUCUUAUUCCACAGCCCAGAGACAUGUCUUAACCUACAUUGAGGAUGCCCUGGCUCAACUUUUGGAGAACAAAGACGACUUGGAGCAGGGAAGCAUCCCAAGGUUCUUCUCAGAGUAGUGAGUAUCUACACGCUAGGGGAGCCAAAGCCAAUUUUUAAGUGUGAGCAUUUUAAUUAAGAUUGCUUAUUAACUACUUUCUUCCUUAGAACAAAUUUCACAGGCCGUUUUUGAAACAAAUCGAGAAGAAUUAUGUAAAAUUCAUUACUCAUUACAGGUUCUCAUGACUCUGUAUGAUUACUCAGAUCAUUCAUGUAAUAAUUUUUGUACUACUCAUUUUCUCCUUGUAUUCACCUCUUCUACCCCACUGCACCCAGUUAAUUUCCAUUCCCAUCCUGUCUGCUGCUCCAUUACCUCCUUCCAUAAUGGUAGUCCUUGUAUUCUUUCUUUCCCAUUGCUGUUUGCUCAGCUUCCUAUGCCUCCCAGGGUCUACUCUCCCCCUUCUGAAGAGCCCAUUUCUUUGACAGCAGGAUUCCAGGUCACUUGUUUGAUGUCCCCGCUUACAUGAAUUUCACCUUGAGGGCAUUGGAAGCAUUUAAUGAUGUGUUGUUUGUUACACGAAUUGAAAAAGCUCCCUUUUGUUCUACUAUGAUUUUAAAUAUUAAGAGGAGGAGUCAAAGUUCUCUUUUUAGAACUUUGGAUCCUAGGCUACAAUUUAGACUGUGAUGUGUUUUGAAUAUGAAGGACUUUGUCUUGUAGUCAAGGCUGAUGUGUUGAGGCGCUAACAGGUUUCGUUGAAGGAAACAGAAUGCAUGGAUUGCAAAGCAUGGCUCCUGAUAGCUUAGAUGGAGAAAGAUACCCGAAACAAAACAGAAUUGAUCAGAAAGUUAAUAAACAUAGAAUGAAACACCGAAAGAACAGGACAAAUUAAGAACUCAACCUGGCAGAUGUACUUGUAACUAGAGGUUCACAAACAUGGCAAUAUCAAAGACAUGGCAGGAACAAAGGCUAGUUAAGCACUCCACCUGGUCUAGCCAAGAGGAUGAUUAAAUCUGACCUCAAUUUAGUCUGGAACAUGUAGAUGCUAAAGUUGAGUAGAGUGUCUUCAAGAAAAAAUAAUGGAGCUAUCAUGUAGCUUUGGAUCAUACAAAACGAAUUGUGCAAAGGUGGAGGAGGCAAGGUGGAAUGGAAAUGAGCAAUUGUUGGGGCAAACUAAAGCAAUAAUCUAGAAUGGGCUGCAGCUUAAUGACUUAUUACUGAAUAAAGGCCAGCUGUCGGAGAGGAAGUCUCCAUGCCACAGCCAAACUAGUGGUUCAAGGAGAUACUGCAAGGGUGGACUGUGGAGGCUAAAGUGAUGUUGUUGGAUAGAAUCUCAGAAACAAACAGGAAAAAAUAACAAAAUACAGAAUAUUACAUUGGUAGUGAAUAAAGGCCAGCUGUCGGAGAGGAAGUCUCCAUGCCACAGCCAAACUAGUGGUUCAAGGAGAUACUGCAAGGGUGGACUGUGGAGGCUCAAGUGAUGUUGUUGGAUAGAAUCUCAGAAACAAACAGGAAAAAAUAAUAAAUACAGAAUAUUACAUUGGUAGUGGAGAAAGGCAAAUUAUUUGCAGAUGGUAAAAUAUCAGAAUUGUUAUAUGUGUACACAGUAUGUGCAUCUGUGAGGUUGCAUGCAAAGCAUUGUGGGUUCCUACGCAUGUUGUUUAGGGGACGUUACCACCAGUGCCAUGUUUUGCUCUUUUGCUGCUAUGUUGUUGUCAGAGUGGUAAUGGCUGAAGUGAUUCAUUUUAAGGUUAUGCACUAAUUAGAAUUUGGCGACUGACGUUUUUAAAUCCGAUAUGAUAAAGUGGCACUGUCUAAUAUUGUUCAUAACUGAUGCAUUAUAAUGUUUGUACGGAAAUUUCAUUGCCCUUCAGGCUCAUUUUUUGGGGGUUUAAAACCAAGGAAUUCUAUCCGCAGAGUUCCCGCCGUGCUGGUUAUUGGCAGUCUAUGCUACAACUUAACAUUGUACUUGGUGGUAUCUCGUGGGAGUAUGGUUUACUGAGAUCAAUGCUAAAUGUGUGUGGGAGAUGUUGUUUGAAACUGAACUCUAGAACCUCCUGAUGAUCGUUUUUUUUAAUUUUUAAAUGUAGAAUUUUCCAUCCCAGCAGCGUUUGCUUUUCUGAAAGUCUUCAGAUUGCAGCAGUUUGUCCACCCAAGAAGAUUGACACUUCACGAUCAAGAGAAUGUUCUCCACAAUUCACGCAAAGCUGCUUCCUGUCUGAGUCCAGCCUCACAUGGGCAAGGUUAGCCAAGCCAUAUUCCUCAGUCAGCAUGAGAUGCAGAAAGAUACUUGAGUAUCUUGCUGAAGACUAGAAUUUACACAUUCAAAAAGGUCUCCCAAUGUGACCUGUACUUGCUGUGCUACAGUGAAGAACACUUUCCCUAUGCUUGUUUUCACAGAGAUUAGAAAGGAAUAAUUAUUCACGAGAAUUUAUUGCACAUGAUGGAACCUUUUGAAAUACCCUCACUAUUAGUGUGCAUUCUGUACAUUAGGUUCUGUAGGUAAAUGGCACACAGUCCACCAAGACAUAUCCCUUGUAUAUACGUUUUUUGCUUUCAUUGGAUUUGCAAAAUAAAAUUUAGUCCAUAAUGCUUGACUUACCUUCAUUUCUACUCUAGGAAUGAUUAGCAGCUUGUAGAGGCGUGCACCAAUUUAAUGCCUGCAAUGUGCUAUGUUUCGUCGUUUAAAAGAUCUUACCAUUCUUCUAGUCAGUGAAAUUACAUCUCUCAUAACGCUAUUCACAUUACAGGAGUUGAAGCAGAUUGCUGUAAUACGUUUUUAAAUACUUUUUUUUAGAUGUGAUUUAACUGUAUUUACUGUAUGUGGGCCUUAUGUUUAAAUGCAGAAAUUUUUGAGGGUGUUUGAGCCUUUUUUCAAAACAUGUUUUUGUUAGAACUACUGAGUAACGCCCCCCCCCCCUGGCAUAAAAGGGGUUAAACGCCGUUUAGAGGAUAUUCCCCUUCCAGAUAUACAGGCAGCUACUGUAGACACCAAUCCACCGAACCGGAGAAGCAUAUGAAUGCCGGAAACAGCCGAACCAGAACCAUACAAAUGCUGUAAACAGCCGAAUAGGAAAAACCAAACAAAUAGGUUUACACUCCUAGCAGUCUAACUGGAACAGCAUACAAUAAAUCCCCCCAAGAAAGAGACAAGGCUCACUUUUGAGGGACAAGCAGGAACAGACAGAGCUGUGGUUUUAUUGUUCUUAUAUACACAUUCUUACAAAUUUGUACCACCCACAGGGUUUUGUAAAACAACCAAUAAACACGUACAAUACACUCAGACACUCCCACACAAAAUCCUCCCCUCUGCCUGUGAUACAAUUACCUUACACAAUGGGUAAUGUAAUUAUCACAGGCAGAGAAAUACAGUUUUUCCACAUUAUUCAUAACUUUAAAAGUAUGCAUCACAUUCACUUACAUUUUCAGAAUCAGCAUACUCCAAAUACAAACAUAUGUCAAAAUCAUCCAAAUUGGUUCAAAAGAUAGAUCAAAGUCCUUUAUGACCAAAUGAUGCAUGGCUUUUCUGCCCAAAACCAGUUCCACAGAGUCUUCUAUCCUGGAGAUAAUUGAGAAGUAAUCCGACUGUCUCUGCCCCCUGUAACUCAGCCUGCCGCUGGGGAAUGGAGACUGGGCUCCCAAUUCCCUGCAGGACCGGUGGAGAGUCCUCGGUCCCAUCUCCACCAGCCACCUGGGGUCCUUCCCAGUAAAUCUCCACAAUAUCUUCCCAGCUGAAUGGGUCUGGAUCUGGGGCUGUCACCUUGCUGUCCUGCUGAGCCUUCCCAAUGGAGUGGAAGAGAUCUCGGUAGUCCUGCUCCAGUUCCCACUCCAGGGUUGCUAGGUGAGCCAGGUCUUGCUCUACCUCAUGGGGGUCAUCCCAGUCAUGCCUAGCCUCCCUCUCGUAGAAAAUGUCCUGAAGUCUGGUCUGCGCAGGGCUCCCGAAGUCAGGCUCUGCAAAGGACUCCCAUAACAUGCCAGGACCAUCAAACUCCUCUCCCUCUGGCUUGUCAUGCUCGGCUGUCCAGGGUAUAUACUGUGCCAUAUACCACCAGAGCGCCUGGCAGGCAUCCUCCAGCAUUGCUCUUGCCAUACCCGGUGCUCUAGUUCCUUCACCCAUUCCUCCAGGGGCUGCUCUCCCUGGAAGGGCAUCCGCAGGGCCACUUGCUUCUGCAACCGCUGCUCUUCACUGGGGAGACUCUCACCCCGCUGGUAUUGUACAUUAUCCAGGGCCUGGUACCAGAUGCCUUUCCUUAAUGCAUCCCGGCCAUCCAGGUCCUCCUCCUCGUAUAACACUGCUGGUUCCAUUCUGUUGCUUUUAGGGUCGCUGUACUGGGACAUGCGUUGCCCCCAACUUGUAAAUCCACGGAAUGGUCUCUCCUGUAGCUGUCCUUCUGGCUGUGGGAACGAUCCCACCCCUGCCACCAAUUGUAACGGCACCCCGGGCAUAAAAGGGGUUAAACGCAGUUUAGAGGAUAUUCCUCUUCCAGAUAUAUAGGCAACUACUGUAGACACUAAUCCAUCGACCCGGAGAAGCAUAUGAAUGCCGUAAACAGCCGUACCGGAACCAUGCGAAUGCUGUAAACAGCCGAAUAGGAAAAAACAUACGAAUAGGUUUACACAACAGACAGAGCUGUGGGUUUAUUGUUCUUAUAUACACAUUCUUACACAUUAGUACCACCCACAGGGUUUUGAAAAACAACCACGUACAAUAUACUCAGACACUCCCACAUAAAAUUCUCCCCUCUGCCUGUGAUACAAUUACCUUACACAAUGGGUAAUGUAAUUAUCACAGGCGGAGAAAUACAGUUUUUCCACAUUAUUCAUAACUUUAAAAGUAUGCAUCACAUUCACAUAAAACUUACAUUUUCAUAAAACUUACAUACAAACAUAUGUCAAAAUCAUCCAAAUUGGUCCAUUGGCUCAAAAGAUAGAUCAAAGUCCUUUGUGACCAAAUGAAGCAUGGCUUUUCUGCCCAAAACCAGUUCCACAGAGUCUUCUAUCCUGGAGAUAAUUGAGAAGUAAUCCAAUUAUCUCCAAUGACAGAGGCAAAACUCCAUUAGCCACAUGGUAGCAAAAUACAGUAUAAUACAGUAAAAUACACAAGGUUACAUUUAUUACAUAAAAUACAGACAUGCAACAUAUCCCCAGAUAGCUUAGGUCUGAGCGCACAUUAUUACUGAAUGGCGCUCAGACCACACACAUACAGUUCAAUUGCCAUGGAGCCAAAAAGUCUUUUAUUACACGAAUAGGCCCAUGGCAUAGCUAUCUGGGUUAAAUGAGUUCAUUCAGUAAAUCCGAGAAUCUACCGAACACCAGGGCAGAAAUACAUGAAUAGACCUUUCUGCAUAGGAAAAUAAAGUAUUUAAAUGCCGGUCCAUAGUCAAAAGGCAGAAGGCAGGCAACCAGGCUCCUCCAAUGCACAGUGGCGAGAUUGGUCUCGUCACAUACUGUAUAUGAGAGAAAUUGUUUUUUUGUUGCUUCCCCACUCAUUUUUCAGACCCUGUGUGAAAUGUUGCAAGAAUAGGGAUAUGUGAUGGUGUCUAAAGAAUUAAAUUCCUCCAAUAUGUCUAUAACGGAUGAUCACAUAAAUGAAAAAUGAAUUUACAUAAUUACCUUUCUGAACAGUCUGUACACAAAACAAUUGCUGUUUUAUUGUGUUUUGUGCUAGCUGUGCAUCCUAUUUUUCAAAUACAUGCUGUGCUAAUAUAUUAUUAACAAAAAAUUCUUGGCAGUGAAGGAGUUAAGGUUAAGUGGCAUAUUUCGCUGGCAUCACCAUUUUUAACUUCAUGCUAGUGUGAUCUAUCCUGUAUAUUUAGCAUCAGCAUAUCCAUAUGGCCCUACUGUUAUUGACAGAGUAUUACAUAUUGUAGGAGGAAUCUUAAAGCAUUGAUGGUAAUGAUGUAAUGCAUUUCCAUUGUGUGUUUAGGACUUAAAUGCAGAGACAGAAUUUUGGGCAUUUAAAAUAAUAUAUAUAUUUUUUUUUACACAAACAAGAUACUAAUUGGGAAGCAAUACAAAAUGUGUGAUGAGGCACUGACCAGAUGCAAUGGAACAAUGAUCAAGAGCCCACAGUUGGCCAAUAGGUGGUGACCUUUGAAAUCCUGGAGGCCAAAACUUUAGUGAACUGUAGACCAAUAUAGACAUACAUGGAAAUUUGCCUCUCCUCCUGCCAGGUUCUAAAUAUGGCAACUCCUGUUUGGAAAGAAGAGAUUUGGAUUUUUUAUCCUGUGACUACCAGGGACCUUAAAAUGGGGAAGAAAAAGGCAGAGACAUUCAAGCAGAACUGCAACUGGUGUUGUUAGAACUUACUGAUUGUUUAAAAUAUAGGCAUAUAUUUACUGUAAUAGAGAGAAUCUCCAGUCUGUAGGUUGUUCAAUAACAUGUCCUUGUGUGACAUAUCAGAAGUUACAGAAGGAUCUGUAGUCUGGCUGAAGGAACUGGGUGAUAAAUAUGGACUCAUCCUUUAUACAGAAAUAACCGGUGGCUUGGAAACUUACAAAUGGUCCAUUUUCCGCACUAAGCCACUGUGCAUCAAGCGCAAUGUGACCUUACAUCCACCAAGCUCAAUGUGACCUUACAUCCACCAAGCUCAAUGUAACCUUACAUCCACCAAAUUCAAUGUACCUUACAUCUACCAAGCUCAAUAUAACCUUACAUCCGUGAAACUCAAUGUAACCUUACAUCUGUGAAACUCAAAGUAACCUUACAUCCGUAAACCUACAUCCGUCAAACUCAGUGUAACCUUACAUCUACCAAGCUCAAUGUAACCUUACAUCUACCAAGCUCAAUGUAACCUUACAUCCACCAUACUCAAUGUAACCCUACAUCCACCAAACUCAAUGUAACCUUACAUCCACCAUACUCAAUGUAACCUUACAUCCACCAAACUCAAUGUAACCUUACAUCCACCAAACUCAAUGUAACCUUACAUCCACCAAACUCAAUGUAACCUUACAUCCGCCAUACUCAAUGUAACCUUACAUCCACCAAACUCAAUGUAACCUUACAUCCACCAAACUCAAUGUAACCUUACAUCCACCAAACUCAAUGUAACCUUACAUCCACCAUACUCAAUGUAACCUUACAUCCACCAAACUCAAUGUAACCUUACAUCCGCCAAACUCAAUGUAACCUUACAUCCACCAUACUCAAUGUAACCUUACAUCCACCAUACUCAAUGUAACCUUACAUCCACCAAACUCAAUGUAACCUUACAUCCACCAAACUCAAUGUAACCUUACAUCCACCUAAUUUGACUUAAACAGAUUGCAAUGAACCUUAAAAAAUGAGCUGUACUUGUCGGCUUUGAAAUGUAUCCCAUAAGUGUUAACACAGCUAAUUGUGGUCUAUUGCAGUAACUAAACAAAUGAUUAACAACCUGUUGUCAGACAGGUACAUACCUAAAUCUUGACUUAACUGGAAAUUAGAUCCUCUGGUCUCAAGUAUCAUUAAUGUCUGUCUUAUUAGGUGCUCGUAAAUCAUACAUUCUCACACCUGUUCCUCCUUUGUGUUCUCUCGCACUUUUCAUUUUCAUUCUUUGCUCAUUCACAUCCAUGUCACUUACUAACACUAGUUGUGAUUGCUUUCAAGUAAUGUAUGUCUGUGGUAUGAAGAAAAUACAGUAUAUAAGUUUGAUUUAUCAUUUAUUACUUGAGUUCCUGACCAUUUUUCUUUGUUUUCCGAAAAGCAAAACUGUUGGAUGUUAAAAGUAAAACUUUGGGGCCUUUUUUUUUUUUUUUAAGAGGAAUUCUGGGCAUCAUUCUAGAGGCAAAGUUGUCACCAUGUAAAAAGAGGAAGGACUCUGCCAAUUUGCCCCAGUACUCUGCGGAUACAUUCACAAUUCUGGGAGCAUUUUGUAAAUCAUUAAAACAAAUGUUAAUUGCACACAUCGUGUUUGGAAUAUUUGCUCUUUCAGUUUUUGUAUACUUGUGUACUUAUAGAGUAUUUUUAAGCUGAAUUGGACAUGUUUUUCAUAUGUCCAAUAUGAUACGGUAUUAUUUUGGAGAUUUCAUUGUUUUUGUGAUUGGUAUUAUCUGAAAAUGUCUCUUUGAGUUUAAAAAGCUGUUCAUUAUUUUGGCGUUUGUGUUUUUGUUUUUUUUAUCUACAAGAAAGGCACUGUGACGGAGCUCAGCACUCAGCUUGAGUGUCUGCAUCAAGGGUCCCUCCCUUUCAGCACUCGAUACCUGGAGCGACAUUAUAAUAUACCCUAAAACAUACAACACUACACAAAUAACCCCUACAUGUCGUAUAUCCUUGGCUACCUUCUUUGCCUCCUUCACUCAAAAAAGCACUGUUGCCGCACUCACUGUUGAAUCUCCACCCGGUUAUAGUCUUGGCUAGAGUGAACGAAAGGCUCAGUCACCGGUGGGUUGGAGUGAGGCCGAUCUUCGGGGCUGUGUCUGUUGAAGGACAGGGGGAAAACCAACCAGAGAGUGUGACUUUAGCUCUUAAUUCAGAAAUUCGGGUAAAUGUUUCUGCAUAUUGGCAUAAUUGCUGUUCUGUCAUACGCACCUGUAGUGGUUAUGGUGUUAUGAGUACCUCUUUCAUUGUUUAAUAAAAACAUAGCUCUUAAAAUCUGAUCUCAAUAGCCACAGACAGACUAGAUCUGCUUCAGCACAGGUGUGUCAUUUUUGUUGAGAUAAGGAAUAGUACACAAGGUAGCGUGUUUUACUUUAGGAAAUUACACCAAUCCUAUCUUGCUCUCACUAGUGACCACUUCAACCCUGGCCCUCUUAAACCCUCUCCUUCCGUUCUAAUAUCUUUCCAUUCACCUGAACACUCUUGACCUGGGUGCAACCUUCUCCACUGAGCUGCAGUAUCUGCUUGAACACAUCUUAUUGGCUUUAUCUAUAAAGCUUUGAGUGCUUAUCAGCAAGGGCACUGCAAGGGAGGGCGGCAGUUAGAGCAGGUGCCUUUCUUAAAAAUCAGAACUGAUUUAUAAUUCUGUCCCAAGGCUAUAUAAACCGUAUCUGUUACACUAAUUAAACCGCUCUCUUUUAGGUGUGCCAGCAGAGCAUUCCAGUGUCAGAAGUAUCCGUUUUGUGCAGAUAACCGUGGGUAUAUUUCCUACUUGGAUCACAGUUUAUGAACUACCUGAUUAACUCACAAAAUGGAAAUAAAUAGACCAUGCUGUUUCUGUUCUCUUGUCUGUUGCAGCUGCUAUCUGAAAUGGUAUCUCCUCCUAGUUGUGUGCCAUCUUGGCAGUUCAAGGUAGCAUUCCACUUUGAGAAGCCUAUAGCUGCUUCUAUUGCCUUACCCCAUAUUGCUAUUUCACAUUCAGUCUAAUUUUCUAUUUCUGCCGGUUGUUGCAAUACCUUCUCAAGACACUACAUUAGCUGUUGCACUAUUUUGCAGUCCAAAUGGAGGCGCGUAUACUGUCUGCUCGGUUAUAUUUAGCGGCUAUAUCCCAUUAGAACACAGCCAUUCCUCUGUACAUUGCUAGGUCAUUGUCAGCUUAUGGGGUAAUGUACUCUGACUGCUCUCCCUAUUUCUAGCUCCCUGUAUUACCCCACACAGUAUUUUAGUUCUCUUGCUGUCAUACACUCAGGUCAAUGUCUGAUAAAUGGAGAAGCGAGACUAGAACUGGUGAAAGCAUGGUUGACCUCACCUAUGAUCUGAUUUGCCUGUGGUUACACGUUGCCAUCAGUGAAGACCCAUAGGCUGUAAGAUCCCAAGAACUCUACUGGGGUUCAACGGUGGUUGUUCCAGGUGAAGAACCAGCCAAUAUAGUCCUCGUGCCAAGCAUGUUCUUGGAGACCCUGUGUAUUCGUUGUGCCUCCAGCCCUGCUGUUUCCAUUUCCUCUUUUCACUCUUGUUUACCUUCAUUACCUAACUGCUUUCUUUCUGCUUUGCUUCAGGUGCCACCAGUUAUUUUGCACAUCUGAAUUCAUGAAGCAGCUAUAGUUUAAUAAGUGGUUUUUGUUCUGUUUACUCUCAGUGCACACAGUUCCUAUCUUCAUCACCAAAAUAUUUUCACAUUUGUCAUGUCCAACAAAGUUAAACAUCCAGGAACAUGGAAUAGGAACUAGCAGAAGGGAACAAGUUACUGAAUACGUCAGUUUUCAGUAAUAUAGACUCUUUGUUGUCUUCUUUCUCUUUCAGAAACAUACACAGUCUACAUGUUGCUCCAUGAGCAAUAUUUAAGUUCAUCGUUCCCUCCAAGCAAAGCUAUGUACUAUGCCUUCUUUCCCCUCCAUGCAGAGCCUUGUGCUGCCUCGUUUCAAAGCCUUAUACUCCCUUCUUUAACCCAUGCAUAACCGUGCAUUCCCUGCAGAGCCUUGUGUUCCCUUUCCCUGCAGAGCCUUGCACCAUGCCCUCUCUUUGCAGAGCCUUGCGCUACACCCUCUCUUUGCUGAGCCUUUCGCUACUCCCUCUUUGCGGAGCCUUGCGCUACACGCUCUCUUUGCGGAGCUCUUUGCACUAUGCCUCACCGUUGCGCAACCUAACGCGGAAGCCAUGCCCUCACUUUGCACAGUCUUGAUCUACGCUCUCACUUUGCGCAGCCUUGCACCACACCUUGGCUUUGCGGAGCCUUGAGCUACGCUCUCUCUUUGCGCAGCCUUGCACUAUGCCCUCUCUUUGCACAGCCUUGCCCUGUCUUCUCCUUUCUUUGAAGAGCCUUGCCCUGUCUUCUCCUUUCUUUACAGAGCCUUGUCCUGUCUUCUCCUCUCUUUGCAGAGCCUUGUCCUGUCUUCUCCUCUCUUUGCAGAGCCUUGUCCUGUCUUCUCCUCUCUUUGCAGAGCCUUGUCAUGUCUUCUCUCUUUGCAGAGCCUUGUCCUGUCUUCUCCUUUCUUUACAGAGCCUUGUCCUGUCUUCUCCUCUCUUUGCAGAGCCUUGUCCUGUCUUCUCCUCUCUUUGCAGAGCCUUGUCCUGUCUUCUCCUCUCUUUGCAGAGCCUUGUCCUGUCUUCUCCUCUCUUUGCAGAGCCUUGUCCUGUCUUCUCUCUUUGCAGAGCCUUGUCCUGUCUUCUCCUUUCUUUGCAGAGCCUUGUCCUGUCUUCUCCUCUCUUUGCAGAGCCUCGUCCUGUCUUCUCCUCUCUUUGCAGAUCCUUGUCCUGUCUUCUCCUCUCUUUGCAGAGCCUCGUCCUGUCUUCUCCUCUCUUUGCAGAGCCUUGUCCAGUCUUUUCCUCUUUGCAGAGCCUUGUCCUGUCUUCUCCUCUCUUUGCAGAGCCUUGUCCUGUCUUUUCCUCUUUGCAGAGAUUUGUCAUGUCUUCACUCUCUUUGCAGAGCCUUGUCCUGUCUUCUCAUCUCUUUGCAGAGCCUUGUCCUGUCUUCUCAUCUCUUUGCAGAGCCUUGUCCUGUCUUCUCCUUUCUUUGCAGAAUCCUGUGCUUCCUCAAUUUCUCCAUGUUGCACCUAGCAAUUCCCCACUUUCAUAAUAUACUGAAUGAUAUAUGAAUUUGUAAAAUGGCAUUUGAUUAGAAAUCUACUUUACAAUAGUUUAUUUAAAAAAUAAAAUACAAUAUUUAGUUUUCCUUACUUGAGUUGAUUCAAACAAAUACAUUGUUUGUUAAUUGCCCUGAUAUGUGUUGCUUAAUGAUGUCCCUUAAACAUGGAAUCACAACCUGAUAAGAAGCCGUGAGAUGGACUGUCCCUGCCAAACCCAUAGUCACAGUGCCCAGAGUGUCCCCCUCUCUAACCUACCCAUCCAUUCUUCUUCCUCCCCGAUCAUCUUGCUUCCUACUAGCGAGCAGCUCUUGUUUCCUCAUAAAGUGUUGCCCGGCAGGGAAAAGUGCCCAGUGCAUGACACAAUGGGAGGUUGAGUUACUGCACACCCUGCUGUGCCGCUCUGAUCAAAGAGACAGUCUCUUGUUUCCAAACUUCUUUUUUUUCUCCUUUUUAUAGCUUUGCCCUGCUAUUUGACAGCAGUCCCUGUAGGUAGAAGAGCAAAACACAGUGUUAACUUACUGACCUCCCCAAGCCAAAAAAACAAAAGCAAAACAAGGGAUUUGGAAAACAAAGAACGUAAUAAUUCCUUUGCUGCCAGAGGAGUUGGACGCACAUUGCAAAGCUCCACAGGCCGUGAUGGACAUAGAGCGGUUAAACUUUGUGAUGUCCAAACAUUGUUCUGAUCAGCCCAGGCAUUUCUAUAGCACCCUGAUGUGUGUAUUUGUGUGUCUCUCGGCAGACCCAGCAUUUAUUCACACACGUCAAUAGCGACCCUACCACUGAUUAACGGAGUCCGUCUUUUGUCCGUGGCCUGUGGAAAUUCACUUCCACAGUUCUAGAAAAUAUAAAAACUACGUAAACAAACAUGUCAGAUGAUACCAGCAGAGAUUUUCUUUGUUGUUUGUUAUUGCUACAUAUAAACAUUUCAGAUUAUACCAGCACAGAUUCUUUUUGUUGUUUACUAUAGCUAUAUACACACAAUUACAAUAAUUCUGCAAGGUAACUAGACCAAGGCAUGGAAACUUGUGUAGACUCGAGUGAAAAGAGGGAAUAAUCUGUUUCCCCUUUAAUUUAUAUAAUCUGUUUGAAGUCUUCACAUAUGUGACCGGAAUGAGAGGUAGCUCAGUUAGUUAGUGCACCAAUUGGAGAACUAGUUUGCAUUGCUGUGCUGCUAGUAUUCUGUGAUCGUGACUCUGAUCCAUUUAUUCCACAAUUCUAGUGCUCAUUAUCUAUACAUUUAUUAUUCUGAGGUGGAUAAACAGGUAUCAUUAAAGGAAUACUCCAGUGAAUAUAUAAACAAUUUAGUUAAUAUAUCCUUAAUAAAAACAUACAUAAGUUUUAUGUCUGUAUUAUUUAUUUAUUUUUUGUAUUAUGCCUAAAAUCAGCUUGCAAAAGCUGCAGAAAUCGUGUCUGCAGCCUUUAUAAGCCCUCGCCCCCUUUUUAAAUUGAGCGCUUUUAUAAAUGCCAUAAAUGUGACCGUCUCCCGCACAUAGAGCCCUUCAGCAAGUGUGAUUGAAGGACAUUUACUAAACAAGCAAAUCUUUCCAAUCGCACUUGCUAACCUCUCCAUUUUUUUGGUCUUUUUGGCCUCUUCUUGGCUGCACGUUUUAUUGUCCCAAACGCUAGUGCAUUUUAUGUUUGUAUUUUGCCCCAUUACUUUAUUUUGUGUGUAUUUUUUCCAAUCUUUCCUCUUACUGCUUCCCUUCUCUCUGCCCCUUGUGCUGUUUCUUUUUUUGUUAACACUGACAGACAGUGGGACAAAGGCUGAACUGGCGGUGUUAUAAGUGGAAAGGUGUACUGUUCUUGUGAGCAGUUCAUCAUCUCUGGCACUGAAAGAGUUAAGUGGGAGAGCAAAGUUUUAGCCUGUCUCCCCUAAACAUAGAAAGUUGCUUUAAUGGUGAUAUUAAGAAUAACGUGAUUGUGUUGAAUACUUUGCCUUGUUACAAAUAUCUUUUUUGUAAAUUCAGUUUUUAGAAAAAUGUUUCUCUUUCUUACUGGUUGGGCCAUAUAUAUAUAUAUAUAUUUAAACUGCCACUCCUUGUGAUUGCGCCCCAAACCCCUAACAAUAUUAUUAUUAUUUUGAUGCAAAUAAAAUGGUAGAAAACACUCCAAGAGACCCACAUUUUGGUGCAUGUGGAUCAAGUUUGAUGGCUUGAGAAAGACACAUCUUUGUGCCAAAAUGUUUCCUUUUUUAUAAUUAUUAUUAUUGUUUGUUUUUUAAACUACCCUCAGACAGCAUUACCCAUCUGCCAGUGUUUUGUGGUGUAAUCCCUGUUAAUUCUCUUUUUUUACCCUCCUGUCAGAAUGUUUUGACACACACGCCUAGGUUAAACACAGAGAGAAAAAGACAUACAGCCUCCAGAUGCAUAAUUACUAACAAACCAAAACAUAUAAAUAUGCAGAUCUUUACAUCUGCUCAAAGUCUUUCAUAUGAGCUUCAGAGCUACUUAUGGGAUCAUUAGGUGUGGGUUCUCCCAAGGUAGAUACCAAGCAGGAGGGUAGCCAGAUCGUUAAAGGAAGUGGUAAAAGUUCUGGAAAAAAGGAUACUGAAGGGUUACAAUGAGCGACAGCAGAUUGCUUCCACAGAGGACUCAUUUCGGUGAAAAUGUCAGGAUCUAUCUGGUCCCACACCAGAGAUAUUCAUGACAAAAGUUAGAGGAAAUGUGGGGGGAACAAGUGCCUAUGUAGGUAUCCCCUAAAUUAUCAUGACUGAGAUAUGAACACUUUCCAUUGUAUAUUGACUAUAAAAUGAACCUUGAUAAUUACGUUAGGACUUAAAGGGACACUAUAGGCACCCAAAGUACUUCAUCUCAGUGAAGUAGUCCGGGUGCACUGUCCCUGUCCCCCUUAGUCCUGCAACAGAGUCCUCACUCUCUGCAUGAGGACAACCAGCAUCAGAGAAAAACCCAUAGGAAAGCAUUGAAGCAUUGCUUUCCUACGGCCACUAUAAAUGUGAGGUUACUGCAGUUCCCAACAAUACAAAAAUCAGAGACGGUUCCUAUUGUGCUGCAUGCAGCUCCAAGCAGGAUAUAUCAAUGCAAAAAAUAGAGAAAAUAUGAGGGCAGUGCUUGUGCCCACCAAGUGCUACAAGAACAUGUCAUUGAAGAACAACAAAUACAAUAGCAAACGUUUCUGGUUAUCCCCUUUCUCAAAUCGGGUUUGGGAGAACGUUUGCUAUUGUCUUUGUUGUCUUUCAAAAAAAAUUUUGUUGUAGCGCUUGGUGCGCACACCUAAAAUUUGUAGCGCUGCCCUCAUCUUUAUUUUAAUUUUGCAUUGCUUUCCUAUGUGGAAGGCCUAAUGUGCGCAUUAAGUCCCCUCAUUAUAUGACAUCAGAGGAGGCUGACCACGACCAUGUGAACUUAGUACUGGAUUAAUUAACCCUUUACAACACUUGGGUGAUGGGACGCAGGGGUUGAGAAACAUAGUGUAAGGAAUAUAUCUUUGUAUUAUUAACUCUAAAGUAUUCUAAAGUUUAAAGAUCAAGAUUGUGCAAAAUUUUAUAUAUAUAUAUAUGUAUAGGUAUAACUUGGAGGAAAGACGAGAUGGGGGGAUAUGAUAGAAACAUUUAAAUACAUAAAGGGAAUCAACACAGUAAAGGAGGAGACUAUAUUUAAAAGAAGAAAAACUACCACAACAAGAGGACAUAGUCUUAAAUUAGAGGGACAAAGGUUUAAAAAUAAUAUCAGGAAGUAUUACUUUACUGAGAGGGUAGUGGAUGCAUGGAAUAGCCUUCCAGCUGAAGUGGUAGAGGUUAACACAGUAAAGGAGUUUAAGCAUGCGUGGGAUAGGCAUAAGGCUAUCCUAACUAUAAGAUAAGGCCAGGGACUAAUGAAAGUAUUUAGAAAAUUGGGCAGACUAGAUGGGCUGAAUGGUUCUUAUCUGCCGUCACAUUCUAUGUUUCUAUACAUGUACCUUGUAAUGCGCUCUACGGAUACGUUUUUCAUCCAAUGAACUAGAAUCAUUCUGAGCUGAAAAAAAAAAAAAGUGGCGAUGCAAUACCAAUGCAUAGAGAUAGCCACUAAAAGAAAAUAAAUAGUCAAGUAACCUAUGUUGAACCAAAUGAGAUUUUAACUUUAGUUUUACAUUUUGUAACUCCUGGUGCUAUAACUGAUUUCUUUUGAAAACCUCAAUACUUGUAAAUCGGUUUUAACCACGUGUUAAAUGAACAAUUUAGCGUUUGGAAUACAAACAUGUAUUCCUAACGGUAUAGUGUCCUAGCCUAGAUUUAGAUCCAACCCCUCCUCCUGUUAACCUGAAAAAGGCCACUGCACCCAGACCACUUUACUGAGACCAUCUUGAGCGGUCCUGUAAUCCAUAUUUCUAUUUCCCUGCCUGGUGGAAUUCACGUUAUUCUUUUCUGUAUGCUUUAUACCCAGCACAGCGGUUCUGUUCAUCCUAGAGGGGAAUUGAUGGCCAGGACAUUCCCAAUUUCUGUUACGAGAAUCGGUUAAGACUUGUUGUCUUGGCACAGAAGCAGAACUCAAAAAGGAGUUUGAGUAGGGGUGGAUCCUGGCUUUCUACAACCUUUUUGUGAUAUGUGUCUACAGGUUCCUGUGAUUGCUUAAAUGUUUCUUCUGCUUUGGCACAGCGCCUGUCGCUAAUUUCAAAACUACAGCAGACAAAGGACUUUAUUGAAAAGUGUACCUGUGCCACUAGGAUCAAGCAACUGCAAGGAGUAGUGGGAAAAAUAGUUGUUUUUUACAGUGUUCUGAUCACAGAUACUGACUUAAAGAGACACUAUAGGCACCCAGACCACUCCAUCUCAUUGAGGUGGUCUGGGUGUGGUGUCCCUGUCCCAUUAAUCCUGCAAUUUAAAACAUUGUGUUUAAAACAUUGCAAUUAAAGAGAAAUUUUCAUGUUUACAUUGCAGAGUUAAGACUGCCUCUUGUGGCUGUCUCUCAGACUUCCUGAUUUUUAACUCCGUGAAAUUAUGCUGGACUUCAUCAUUCUUUGCAUGAGGACAAACAGCGUCUUCAAAAUCCCCUUUCGAAAAGCAUCGUUCAGUGCUUUUCUAUGGGAAAGGCUUAAUGCACAUGCAACGUUUAUAUUAUCUUAUCCCCCAUUGAUGUUGGAGGAAGCAGAAAGAAGAAAGUGUAAAAUUGGGGAGGGGGCGGGGGGGUUGGUUUUUUUUUCCAACCCUUUCCACCUUUGGAGGAAGGGGGUAAACAAUAGUCUUAUGGCUGAGGGAUACUAUAGCGUUAGGAAUACACUUUCCUUUACUGCCCCCUGCAGUAGUAAAGAGUAUGUUCAUGAAUUCUUAUUCAACUAAUUCUAAUUGAUACCCUUCGGCUUUGGAGGUGGUCCAUUUUUUUUCUCGAACUCUUUUCUCUCCUACCCUCUUGUUGUCUACCCCUUCAAGUCAGUUUCCUUCCCUCUUCUUCAUGAUUUUUAACAUCUGUGUCAAAGUAUUCCCUCAUUCACUACUCUUAACGUGUGUUGAUUGUAAGCGAGACUGAUUGUACCUGUAUAUCUGUCUAUACAUUUCAUGGAUACCCUGUGUGACAGGAGAGAUGGGGUUGUAUUCUCACUUCCUCUCACAUGUAUGGUACAAACUAGACACAGCCAGAUCUCAUGUGCAGUCCUAUGUUGUCUAACUACCAGAGUGGUCAUCUGUGCCAUGAAGGGAGACUGCUGUUAAAUUGUGCCGAAUAUUUGAGUAGCACUAUAGCAUAAAUAAUUUGUUGGCCCACCUUGUGUCAAUUACGCUUCCCUCAACUCACCACCACAACAAUCAAAAAUAAAUAAAUAAAUUUAAAAAUAGUUUAAUGCUGAAUGGUAAGGCAGAGUCAGGGGACUCUAGACACUAUAACCACUAUAAUAAGAUGAAGCUGUUAUGUGCAUACAGUGUCUCUUUAAGUGGUUGCUCUAUGGAGAUCUGCUACAGAGCCUUAGGACCUCUUGGUGACUGCUAUCACUUGGACUCAAUUAGCUAAAAGAGUCUUUUUAAAGUUGGUGAAGGAGCUGGUAGAGCGGAUGAUAACUGCUUGGAAGAAGGAAUAGACAGAGAGAGUGAUACUUGCUUGGAAGAAAUAGCAAACAGAUUGGGUGAAACCAUUGGACAAAGAGAACAAUAUCUGCCAGUCAACUGGCUAGGAGGUAAGACCUUACCUUGAAGAAUUGCAAUGGUGGUCUCUGGUGAUAAGGAAUAAAGGACUAAGGAUAUAGCAGGACCUGUCUGGAUCCUGAGCUGGGUAACUGUUACUUCUAUUUCUGCUACAAUUACGUUAUUACAAUUAGUGUUUGCAAAAUCAUUUCUGAAAUGGAAAGUUUGCUGAUUUUGUGUUGCUAAGUAACCGUAAUUAUCAGGUGAUUAUAACUUCUGAAAGGGUGUUUUUCUGGACAAAAUACCCUGAACGUCUCACCUAAUUUAAAAUGGUUUCACUGGUGUAAUUUUUUCCCAUGGAAAUCGAAAUUAGUUUUGCAUUAAACAUGUUGUAAUGGGAUCUUUGGCAUGACUACACACACAACUUUCGGCACCAUGUAAUCCAUUGGUAACAUAACCGGAACAAAUAAGGAUGGUCAGACUGCAAUGUUCUGAACGGUGUAAAGAUCAGACUAACACACUUUUUUCGUCUUUUUCUCCUCCUGUAAGACAUAUAUACUUGUUGUAUACACAGCAACACUGAGUGAUUUUCUUGGGACAAAAGACCACAGAGUAGGAAUGUUUGAUGUCUGUUUAUAAAUGUGUUGUGUUUGUUGUGUGUGUACAAACGAAGAGUACUUGUUGGAGCUUUAUAAUUCAUCACUGCCUUAUUAAAGCAGCUCUGUCACCUAUCAGAAAUAAAUAUUUCUAAAAGAUCAAAUCUCUAUGAAAUACUCAGAUUGACUGUGUUGGAAACUCACUGAAAUUCUAACCCAGUCAAAAGAGAUAUACAGUAUCUCACAAAAGUAAGUACACCCCUCACAUGUUUGUAAAUAUUUUAUUAUAUCUUUCCAUGUGACAACACUGAAGAAGUGACACUCUGCUACAAUGUAAAAAUAAUGGUGGCCACACAAAUUAUUGACACUUUGGGCCCAAUUUGGACAUUUUCACUUAGGGGUGUACUCACUUUUGUUGCCAACGGUUUAGACAUUAAUGGCUGUGUGUUGAGUUAUUUUGAGGGGACAGCAAAUUUACACUGUUAUACACGCUGUACAUUUACUACUUUACAUUGUAACAGUGUCAUUUAUUCAGUGUUGUCACAUGAAAAGAUAUAAUAAACUAUUUACAAAAAUGUUAGGGGUGUACUCACUUUUGUGAGAUACUGUAUAUACUGCGGCAAUGUAGGGAUUACUUUGUCUAAGUGUUUUUCCUCUGCUUGACAAAAAGGUGGAGCUACUUCUGGCAAGCUUUUCAUAUCUCCCAGCCGUCACUAGUGACGUUUGUAGGGGGAAGAGAAAAAAAGCUUUUUCUAUGAAGGACUGCUAGACCCUUCAUAGACUUCAAUGCUUUACUCUUUCGUACGCACGCCUGACGUUGGCUCCUGGCAGCUGAAGGACAGGUUCAGGUAGGUAAAUUUCACCUUUCCAUGCAUCCCAUGGCCACUAGACCCGAGCGACAAUGUCAUCCCUGGGCGUGUUUGCAAAUUAUGCAAAGAACCCAGACGGUGACAAAGUUGUUCAAAGUUAAUUACUCAAGUCAAAUUUCAGAUGAUGAGUUUUUCAGUCACUUUAAUCACUUUUCAUUAUGUGUUUAUGUCCGGUUUUCUGAGGUCCACAUUACACUUUAUUGGAUAUAAGUUGUGCAGAGUGCAUUUAGUUUCAAAAGUUUGAGAUCGUUACGAGCCUUCUACCGUUUAAAAAGAAAGACUUAUACAACGCAAAAACUCUCAAAGCACGCUUGAUUGCAUUAAUUGUAAACGAGAAUGAAAUUUCUGCUGUUUGAGGCUUUUAUAACAAGUGCAUCAACAAGGUUUUCUCAUCUGCUUCUGGUGUCCUUUGAUACCAUAGCAAAAAGAAGACUUCAUGGUGGAAAAACUCAAAUUUGUGAGUAGUUUUGGAAGGGUGAAUUGCUACUGAUCGUCCUUCAAAAUGGUCACGCAAUCCACUUACAUGACACUUCCAGUGCUCUCAGGGGUGAUCCUGGUUUCAUCUCAUCAUUACCAUCUGAACAUCCUUAUUUCAUCUAUGUUAUGUCAUCCGUGGAGUUACAGUACAGAAUGUCUUCAUAGAUUGCAUUCCAUGACAAUGUAUCUAAUGCCAUCUGCAUUCCAAUUUAGUAAAAUGUCUGUAACUUUUGCAAGAGAGCGUAGCAUUCCCUUAGAGGUUGUAUUGGUGGAAGUUAAGUAAACAGGCCCCAGCAUUACAGUGGAUGUUUGUCCUUAUCAUAACAUCUUCUAUUUGUCUUCUUUAUUCUCUACAGUUUUACAAGUGUUUCCCGAGGGACUCAUGUCCUCUUCAGAGAGUUCGACUUUGUUCAGAUCACCCCACACAACAGAGUCUCUUUCCUGCGGCUUUUCUGGAAAUGCUUCAGGACCAUUGCUAGGAAUGGAGGUGAGAGCUGAGAGGGGACCUUCUCCUCCCCCAAAUGCCUAAACCAUGUGUCAAGCACACAGUUGAUGUGGGUAACGUAAAAUCUCUCAGGGACAAUCGUAAACUUGAGAUCAAAUGGGGCAAAAAAAAAUACUUUGAAAACACUUUUCAUAAUGUUAAUAAGGUGUUAAAUAGCCGUUAUUUUUGGGAACGUUAAUCGCGUUUGCUGUUUUCUUUACAAAUCCCCUUUAAUUUGAGCAUCAGUUAUUGCUUGUAAACAGGGAAAGUCUUUCAUGAGCCAUGUGUCUUCUUAACCGUCAAGUUAAUAUUUAUCAAGUUUAGCCCUAACUUGCCAUCUGUAUAUGUGUGUUUGUUCUUUUUUUUUUUUUUUUCGUUUGGCACCCUUCGUUUUGGUAUGCAUUUAGUUUUCAUACUCUUCUCCCCCCAACCCCCCCCCCCUUCAAAGAAAGAAAAAUAACCUUUCAGCUGACUCGUUUGAACAAACAGUUGAAUGCAGUUUAUAUUGCAAAAUUCCCCUAUAAUUGGGAUGUUCUAUCUGCCACGCUCUGACUUGUAGCUGAGAAAAUAAUGUUCCUAAUAGGUAUGCGAACAUGUUAGUGCAUUAGAUUUGUUGCAGUUGCAAUAUAGGAAGUGCAAACAUGAUUGUAGUAAAGUUGUUCAACACGUGUACAUUGUUUAAGGGAUGAAAGGCAUCACCAAAUCAAGAUGAAGUGCAUAAUCAAGCCAAAACAACACAAAGAAAUGCUAAUAGCUUACCAUUCAGUUAUUCUGCACUCGGUUCUCAAACUAAUGCUAGCUCAAAGAGAACCUUUAGAAAUCGCAUAUUGGGUUUGAUUCCACCCAGGACAGUCGGUUACUGAAAUGCCUGGCAGGUCCAUCCUCCUUUGCUGAUCUCACUCCACUUUGCCGUAGAUGGACGGAGGAUGGGCUGGAGGUAGGACAUUGACGGCAUGGACUGAGAACCGUUCUCGCUUUGGUUGUCUGGCACAAGCAUGCUUUGUGUGCUGGUGUCAGAUCCCAUAUUUGCACAGAAUUCACAUUAGCCAGCCCUGAGCUUUUGUUCUGAGCUGGUUAAUGACGCCCCAAUGACAUGGCUGGCGGUGAAAAUACACCUCCCGCAGCAGAGGGUUUAAACUCCGUUUGUGCAGCAUUUCUCUGAAACACUACACAUAAAUACUCCAGUACAUUCCAAAAUUUUGAAAGUGCAUUUGAGAAACAAAACAUUCAAACUAAUUUUUGCUAUUCUUUGUUUUUCUUGUUUACCCUUAUCUAUGACUUUCUAGUCUAUGUUGAAGUUGUAUAAUUACCAAUCUCUGCUUUUGGAGAUAUGAAUAUCCUGCUCAUCAGUACUGAGCUCCCAGAAUGCUUGUGACAUGACUGUUUCCUCUCACAAUUGUGACCAUUAUAGUUGAAGAAACACUGUAAACAUGUAUUCCUGACCCUAUAGUGUUAACAUCACUCUUUAGGCCUCCCUGACCCAUGCCUGCCACUUAAAUACAUCUAAUUUGUUUUGGGUGGGGGGGAAAGACUGCACUUUAAUUUGGGAAAAUCAGCCAUAUAAAAGUGUACUGAAUAUUUUGCAACAUUAAUAAAUAUAUUGCUACAUUAAAAAUGUUGAUACUUCUCAAAACAGAAAUUCCCGCCUCCUUGGCUGAGAUCAUAAGAAUUGACGAUCUCUGCAAAUCACAAUACUUUCCCAUAGGAAAGCAUUGGAUUGGCUGAGAUUGUCAGUUCUGAUGAUCUCAGCCAAGGAGACGGGAAUUUCUGUUUUGAGAAGUAUCAACAUUUUUAAUGUAGCAAUAUAUUUAUUAAUGUUGCAAAAUAUUCAGUACACUUUUAUAUGGCUGAUUUUCCCAAAUUAAAGUGCAGUCUUUCCCCCCCCCCCCCAAAAACAAAUUAGAUGUAUUUUAAGUAAAUAAUGGGGUUUCUCCUAUUACAGCAGUUACUGAUGAGCUGUAUUUUGGGAGAGAAAGCAUUUCCGAGCCUUCGACAGCUGCACUGGUUUAUUUGCUGGUGUGUUCAUAAUGUAUAGUCACUUGUGCUUUUUUUGUCAGGGAAAGUGUAAAAAUAACUGCUUUCCUGUCAAUGUGUUUUAUUACAUGUCUGCGUAUACCUCCAUUCCAGUCAUGUUUUCCGUUUUAAGCAGUAGUUUCCUGUCCAGGUAUAACCGUGCCCUUGGGGCCAUGGAGAGAGAUAAUGCGCCAUAUUUACUCCCUUCACAGUGGAAUGCUGGGAAUUAUUUGGCAAAUGUAAUAUUCUGAUUGGCUACUGUUGUCACUUGCGCUCUGCAGCCUUAUUUUUUUUAUCAGGAGCCAUCACUGAGGAUUUUAAAUGGUGAUGCGAUUCUUGCUGCGUCCGUGCUGAAAUGCAAACAUAUCCUCGAGGCGUUGUUACAUGUGACCUUACUAUAUCUUAGAUGGAAAUGACAAUUAUCUGUUUGAUUAAUUUCCCAGCAUCUGAGAAUGCCAAAAAGUUACUGACUGCUCUGUUUUGCUGGUUGGUUCCUUAAUGUCAUCAUGAAUAAAGUACCACUUGGGAUUAGUGUUGAAACCAACCAUCACUAGACUAGCAUCGCAAGUGUGUACACAAAUUAGCUUUACCUGUCUGGCAUCAUAAGGAUACUGGACUAUUUACGCCUGAGUAGUGUUUCUAUGUAAAAUUCACACUCUCUGGGCAGAAAGGUAUAUUAAAGAGUGCAAGCUGCAUACAUUUAUCAAGUGCUCUUCUUUCUGACCCAGAAAAAAUCCUAACCUAAAACUAUUUUCCCCACUUUAAAACGACAUAUUAUCCUUCUGUUGAAGUGACAGCCAUACUAAUAAAUACUUAAAGCCAAGUACCUUUCAACAUUUCAGAAGUGAAGAUAAAUAGAGAAAAAAUAAAAUUGUGGCUUUUUUUUUUUUUUUGUAAAUCAAACUUUAUUUUUUCUUCUUUCUUUUGGAAGUCUUGCGUUUCAAAGGUUUUGUUUCUUGUCACAUUAAGUCACAGACAUCCAUCAUUUGAUCGCUGCAUACCAGGCAGGUCUCUUAUGGCAGAAGCUUUUAUUAAAUCCUGCCUGCACAGGUAUUUUGUUACAAGGCUGAUUGCAAUCGUGCAAUGUGUAUCCUAGCUGUUUUCGGUGCAUGUCACGAAUAUUAGACUCGUUCUGCCCCCCUGUGCUCUGUCACGAACCUUCUUGUCUUAGGUACCAUUACAUUCUCCAUUGAUUGAUCAUGGCCUUUCACGUCCUCCCACAGAGGCCCUUUCAACAGUUCAACUGCUACUUACAUGUGUACAAAAUAAGGAAUUGGCAAGGUGCACGUGGCUGAUAAAAAUGCUCACCUGUCUCUGUUUACACUGAAAUGCAGACUACCAAGAUUAAGCCCUUAUGUAAAACACAUGUUAUCCCAGCAAAGGUGCUGAGAUCAUUUAUCAUGUUUGCAGGAUGACAGAACCGAAAUAGUUUCAGCGCUUGUUUUUGAAGUACAAACACAUCUGGUGGAAUUCAGAUAAUUUCAAUGUCAUUUUAAGAUAGCAGUCAAUCCGCCUGUAAGUUGUCUGUCACCUUUUGCUUCAUAUUUUUAAUUUUAGCUUCUGUCUUGUGCUAAGCAUUUUUUGCUAGAAGUGUUUAAUGUUAAGCUUGGGGCAAUGUCCUCAUUUCCUUUUACAUUAUUAUGUAAAAUGCUAACUAUAACUGUCACUACAGAUGUCACAUUUACAGUGCUGAGUGUUAUGUUUUCUCAGUCGAUUACAUCUUAAUGUAUUAAAUCCAUAAAGUCUAUGAGCGGUGUUACAUUUUAGUAAACAUACCAUAUGGACUAUGUUAAACCCUCUGCUCUAGUGGUGGGGAGGGUAUCCCUCUCUUCCAUCAAUUCUCAUUUACAUAAUACUUCCUGUGCUGUGAUAUGUCUCUCGGUUUUUCUAUCAUCUGAACUUUUUACAUCUCCCUCACUUAUUAUCAUGACGUGUUCCCUCAAAAUUAUUUAUUUAAAUCAGUCUGCUAACCCCUAGCGUCCUUUGCUUCCCUGUCUGGAAUUAAGCCAAUACAUUUUUUUUCUUCAACCACUGUCAAAUAAAAUGGAUUUUUGUGAACCAAUCAUAAAGGUGGCACUUGAAUAACAUUUGGCCUUUGGUACCCAAUCGGGCUUCCUAAAAUUGCUGACUUCUCUCCUACCUGCUCUCCUUAAAUAGCCUAUUCUAGUUUGGUGAAUGUCCACAAAAUCUUAAUACAGUCCUUUGAAUGUCUAUUAGUAAUAUGUCCAUAUAAGCAAAGAUGCAUACAAUACAUUAUAAAAACCAAAUCACAAUCAAAAUUGUAAUCAAGAUAUAAAACAAAAAUACAUACUAUCCUUAAACCUUUAUUUAUCUCAUACGUUUCACCUAACACAAUCCAGCAUUCAUAACAUAUUGUGGGAAACCCUACACACUAUAAAACUGGAAAGUUGUGAUAAAAUUGUAUAAAAUUAGGUUUAUUUAAAGGUACACUAUAGUCACUAAAACAACUUUAGUUUAAUGAAGCAGUUUUGGUGUAUAGAUCAUGCUUCUGCAGUCUGACUGCUGAAUUCUCUGCAAUUUAGGAGUUAAAUCACUUUGUUUAAGCAGCCCUGGCCACAUCUCCCUGCAUGUGACUUACACGGCCUUCCUAAACACUUCCUGUAAAGAGUCAUUUACUGUUUACACUUCCUUUAUUGCAAAUUCUGUUUAAUUUAUAAUUUCUUCUAUCCUGCUCUGUUAGUAGCUUGCUAGACCCUGCAGGGGCUCCCUGUAAGUAAUUGAAGUUUAAUUUACAGAGCAGGAGAUAAAGUUUAAAGUAAGUUACAUCUGGUUGGAAAUUAAACCAUUGUUUUUAUGCUGCCUGUGUCAGUUACAGCCAAGGGGAGGUGUGGCUAAGGCUGCAUAAACAGAAACAAACGUGAUUUAACUCCUAAAUGACAAUGAAUUGAGCAGUGAGACUGCAAGGGCAUGAUCUAUUCACCAAAACUGCUUCAUUCAGCUAAAGUUGUUUUGGUGACCAUAUUGUCCCUUUAAUUAUAAUUUUUAUAUUGGCACAUUUUAUCCUAAUUUUUUUUUUAUAAUCAGUUUUUAUUAAGGUGUGAACAAGAUAAUGCUUAGGCUUGCAGGCCAACAUAGUAUAGGUACAUAAUUUAAGUACAGUAUUUAUCAAAAUAGGAACUAUAGUCAGAUUCAUUUUACAUUGGAUAUCAUAUUUCAGUUAGAACAGUGGUCCUUUUCAUAAAUUGCAAUGCUGCACAUUUUAUCCUAAUAACUUAAAACCAAUUACAUAUAUUAGUUAAAAGAUUGUCUAGUUGAUAUUAAUUAAAAUGUACCAUAUUGGGCUUUCUAAAAAACACUUGAAAUUUUUUUAAACCAAUCUAAAAGUAAUCUUAAAAAGAAGAUUAUUUACUAAACCAAUUUAAGUGGAUGUUUAUGAAUUACCAUUCAUAUAUUGAAAAAGUCGAAAGGAUUUUUUUCGUUUAUCUUUUUCUCCCAAUUACAAACAUGUAUGACUUACUUAUCCCAUUGGACUGUUUUUUUGGAGUAUGUAUGUAUCGUGUAUAAAUAAUUAGUUUAUGGUAAUACAAUCCAGGCAUUGUGGUUAAUGGAAACAAACUCUGUCCAUUGUGCGGAAUGCUGUUCUGAUAGCACCCCAAAGGGUCCAUUACAUGUUGGGUGUCUGCACACAUGUUGUAGGGUUGGAUGCCGAUUGCUGUACAGGAACAGAGAACAGGGAGGUAAUGAGGAAGGAGCUAAACAGAUGGGCACAGCAGGCUGUUGUGGCUGGAACAGCUGUCUCCAGUUUAACUUUGUCAUUUUAUGCUUCCUUCUGGGUAGAUCAGAGCUCCUUAGGCAGUCUGUGCUCGGUUUUGUGUUGGGGAAUUAAAGGCUUGGCCUUCUCUUCUGUGAAGAUGACUGUCCCCUUUGGCCUCCCACUUGUUUAUUUUUCUUCUAUUUCUGCUGCUGGAAUGGCAAAUUAGCAAAGGAGUGAGUGUUGAGUUUAUUUAUCAUGGGAUAGAUCCUGGUCACGCAGUGACAGUCUUGCUCAGAUCUCCCAAAAACCUUUAUAAAUAACCCCUGAGCCACAGGGGAACUUAACUGACCAACAGUUUGCAAACAUGAAAGGAGAGGUUGUUUGGUCGGAUGUAACCAUGCUUUACUGUUAUGUUAUUCUGUAGCUCACUUGAGCAUUUCAUUCUGAAGACGCCAUGCACCCAUGGUUAUAUGUCAAUCUAGUCUGCUUUUGGGAGGUCUGGUAAAAAAUUAAGCAGGAUCCCAAAUCCAUGUCAUCACAUAAACAGGUUUAAGGAUGGACUACAAUCACUCAGUAAAGGACACCAGUCCACGUUUUAACAUCACGUGGUCUUCUUAUUAAGACUUCAUCACAUUACUGAAUUGGGAAGAGACGUAUGCAGAAUAAAUGGGUUCUUGGUAAUGGGGUGCAUUAAAUAUGAAUUCUAACAUUUCUAAUGUUAACCACUUCGAGAACAUUCUAAAACACAAUCCGCUCCUUUAAAAACGUGCUAAAUCCCUAUGAUAAACAAAGUCAUGUAAGUUGGAUUCCAAUACUGGUUUGUGUGCCGAUGCUUACUAUAUUAACCCCUUAAGGACACAUGACAUGUGUGACAUGUCAUGAUUCCCUUUUAUUCCAGAAGUUUGGUCCUCAAGGGGUUAAAUAAGAAAUAAUAAAAUAUAUAUAUUUUAUAUUAUGUCAAUCGUUAUUAUUAUUGGACUUCCUUUACAGUGAGGGCAAACACAAGUGCCAUCUGCAGAGGCUUAGUGAAUUGGACAUUUAAGCAGCAGCUAAACCCAACAAACUAGUAGUUCGGCUGAAAAGCUUGCAAUCUUUUCAAUCCUCGUAACUUUUAAAUUGUCAUGCACAGAACCUGCUUCAUGCAAUGGAUAGUGUGGAACUGACAUAGUAUUUGUUUCUUUUGUGUUAAUACGCCUAAUAACUUCUAUAAAGUUGUAUGUGGUUUUUUUUUUUUUUCUGUUGAUGGACUGACAAUUCUAUGAUCCCAAGCCAGGAUUCUUGUUUUCGAAGGCACGAGUUUGCCUCCAAUGGUUUUGAACUGAUUACCCUCUACCAGCUCUGCUAGGAAGAGACUCGACGAAUCCCACGGAGUCUACCAAAUGUUGUUAGAAGACGGCUAGUGGUUAGUCCUCUGUCCUGUUUUGAAAUGCCGUGGCCUGCUGCCAAGCUUUCCGUGGACCACUCCCAAGAGUGCUGUGGCAGAGAGAACCAAGUAGUAGAGUAAACCACUGAGCAAAUUAUAAUGUGCAAUAGAUAUUUAUAUACACAAAAAACAACACAAGUUCAGCUUUUUGGCUCCCCUUUCCCAUUCACCUUCAAAUAAGACAUUUUUAGUGGCCAGACCUCUUUUCCAUACUAAUCCUGAACUCCUUCUACACACACAAUGCAUAGGCAGUAAACCAGAAAAACGUAUCAAAAUAUAGAAUUCUUUGUAUGUGUAUGAACAAAUGUGCAUCUGCAGGCCUGACAGCAUAGCUGACUUAGAGAGUUUUUCCAAUUUGACUAUUUUGACCUUAAAUUAGAAAUUCACUUUGAAUCCUCUCUUUAGUAAAUAACACUGAAUAUGAUUAUUCACGAAAGUGAGAAUUCGGCCACUAUGAAGGUCAGAGUAGCUGAACUGCUAAAAAUCUAUCAGCUAUUUUUAUUUUAUUUUGGCUACUCUGGCAUUAAAUGCACUGGGAAUUCUCACUUUUGUAAAUAACCCUGCUAGAAUACAAAGAUCUCGCACAAAUGCCAAAAAUGUUGAAGAUGGUUGAUUUGUUAAGGUUAAUCACCAAAGUCUGAAUUGCCAGGAAUUCAAAGUAAAUUGCACAUUUAGAAAUGGAAAAAUUGUCAGCUGUGUCUGCAGUUCACCUAUGUUGGGUUGCACUUUGAAAUUUGAAUUGUUUAGUUCUCAAGAAUUCAAACUUUAAUGAAUAAUCUGGUUCAGGGGUAGGCAACCUUUGGCACUCCAGAUGUUGUGUACUACUUCUCCCAGAAUGCUCUUCUAGCCAUGUUGAUGCCAAAGCAUCAUGGGAGAUGUAGUCUACAACAUCUGGAGUGCCUAAAGUUGCCUAUCUCUGAUUCUGGUUUAUGUUUGAUACCAAGGACUUAUAAAGGUUUAUUCAGUAAUCUAGGUUUUGUGGAAAAAUAACAAGGGGGUUGUAGAACAAAGGGAUUGUACAUUUGAAGCCAAAAUAGUUAGAGCGUUAGAACAAUGGGAAUUUCCUUGUUAGGCACCCAGAUCAUUUCAGCUCAUCAAAGUGAUCUUGGUACAGUGUCUAUAUUGCACUUAGUGUUCCUAAUAAAUAUAUCAUUGGGGUUUCUUAAAAUGAUAUAACUGGUGUAGCUACUUUGAUUAUGCCAUACUGAUAUUGUUAGAUGUCAAAUAGCUUUAGUUAUUGUGUUCCAUAAUGAGCCUGGAAAUAACUAGUGAAAUCUCUGCCUGUUCACUCCCCAGACCUCCUGACGGUGAAGGAGUACCAUAGUUUGCUGCAGAUGCUGUGCCCAGACUUUCCCAUGGAUAUGACUCAGAAAGCUGCCAGGUGGGUGUUAUUCAAAACACUCUGCGCUAUGUUAGCUCUUACAUGAACACAGCAUAAUGUGCAUACCAAGGUGGGCAACAGGUAGCUCUCAAGAUGGUGUUGAGCUAAAAGUCCCACCAUUUUCUAUCAUCCUUGGUUAGCCUACUCCUGGCUAAGGAUCAUGGGGGCUGUAGUUCAGGAACAUCUUGAGAACCAUCUGUUGAUUUUCCUGGUUUUAGAAUGCACACCUUCCACGUUCUUCUCACAUACCAUGACAGAGAUCCUUUUUAUUUCUUUUUUUUGUUUUUUUUUUUUGUUAGAUUGUGUGAUGGGUGGAGCAGAGGGGGAUAACUGAAUUUGUUUUAUGCUUUGUACAGAACUUCAAACAGGUCUGAGAAGAGCUUUUGCAAAAAAUACAUGAAAGAGAUGGUAGGAUCAUGUUGUGAAGUGUGUGAGUGGCGUGUGUGUUUAAGAUGACAAAGAGUCUAACAUCUGUACCCUCGAGAACCCUUACCCAAUUAUCUUUUGGCUGGAAGCGAAACUAAUUUGGAUACCUAAUUUGAAGAAAAUCCUAUUGGAAAACCUGUUAAAUUAAAUUAUAAUCAUCAAUACUGUACUCCUUUGGAGUUAUUUUGCACAUUAGUCAUACCUAUUGCAUUAUGGGUAAACACUACAGAUUUCCAUUUUGUAGGCUAGCAGUUCUUUAUUUCACAUUCUAGUUACUUUGCCCUUUCUUGGCACUACCAAGGUUAUAGCUUUUAUAAUGAGAGUUCUCCCUACAAAAUUCACUUUUAAAAAAAUGACUAACCUGGAUAUAUUAUAAUUGUAUUGUUAAUAAUACGCACAAAAAUAGGUGUGACGAAGUUUUUAUUGAAGUAUUUUUGAGGUUUUAAAUGUGUUAUCCUUGUAUUAGUCUUUUUAGGGCCAUAAUGGAUCGUAUGAUGCUCCUUAUGUUACAUUAAAAAAAAGCUCCAUGAUGACAAAAUAAAUCAAGUGUGCAGUUGGUUAAGGAAAGGUUUUAAAAACAACAACUCCUUUACGUAGUUGCAAAUAAAAUUCAGGAGGUCGCAAAGUUCAGACAUAACUGUAUAAAUGGGCAAUACAUUAAAGAAACAUAUCAUUUAUAAUUUUUUCCGGACAUGCUUUAGCUUUUUCACGUUUGACUCUGAGUCUGCCCUCGUUGUUGUCUCUUGCCAGGAUUGUCCUGAUGGACGAUGCAAUGGACUGUCUGAUGUCAUUUUCCGACUUCAUCUAUGCAUGCCAGAUUCAGUUUUAUUACUCCGGUGAGUGACAUGCAAACCCACAUGGGACUCAUCUUUUACCUGUAUGUCUGUAAGUUAAUCCCCAUGCCAGUUCAGGACAGUCUGACACUCUGUCUAGAACAAUCAUUGUGAUAAAUAGAAUGAGCACAUUCGCUGCUAAUUUAUUUCAAGGGGCUUCAACUUUAUUCAUGGUUGUAUAAUUUUUAAAAAAAUUUUUUUUUUACAGAAUUCUUGGAAAGCGCCGCUGCUCUUUAUCAGGAUCUGCUCACCGGCAAAAAUGCAAACACAGUCAUAGUCCCAACAUCACGUUCUGCAGUCUCCCGACUGCGCCAGCCAUCCAAUGAAAGCAGCUCCCCUGAUGGUGUGGAGGCUGCUCAGUUUUACCAGUGCCUGGAAAGUCUGUGUGAGAAAUACAAGCACAAGUAAGCAUACCCCUCAUGAUCUCUGCUGUCUUAAAGGAAAUUACAUUUUGUUGAAGCAAUUUAGUAGAUACACCCCAAAGAAAACUUGUAUGUAUAUAAAAAAUAACUGACAAUGAAAACAAUGAUGGCUUUCCUAUGCUUCUCAAUAGGCUGUGAUACUCAGCGGGGCUAAGGGAAACUAAAAAAAACACCUAGUUAUAAAAAUGCUAAUUUCUACUGAAAUUGGCACUUUUAUAAACUGUCACAAAUGUGACAGACUAGCUACAGCACUGGAUGUCUGGAUGUACCUUUAUAUGCUCUAUGCUCAGGGAAUCUCAUUAAAAAACUUUUAGCAGUGCAGCAGUGGUAAACUAUACAUGUACAAUUUGUCUAAAUAAUUAUUAGUAGAGUUCCAGGAUUUCUGAAUUUCGCCAACGCUUCCUAGAAGAGACCAUAUGUAGUUCUUGGCGUUUAUUAUAUCCCUAUCGUACCGCAUAGCCCUUCACUGAGAGGUGGAUAACGAAGGAAAACUUACGUAUCUGUGCCUGCAGGCUUGAGAUGUGUAAAUCACCUCCAUUUAUAUCACCAUCUUCAAUGCUGGUGGUCCAUGUUAAGUCUGUAUCUAUGCUCUAGGGUCUUACGUAAAGAUCUCUUUAUCUCCCUCUGCCUUUGUAUGGACUGCAGGCUAUAGUCAUCCAGCUCACAAGGAUUCCUGCGGUCAGCGCUGUAUAAACUGGCAGCUUUACGUCAAGAACAAAAACAAUUACACCAUCUAUAAAACAUAUUACAAACAUCUGCUUAGCAGGAGACUGCAGCCUUCACAGUUCUAGGUCCAGGGUGAUGGGGGAGGACACAGAGGGGAUUUCAUCCACCACUGGUGUUCUUUUUGAAUUCUACCUCACUUGUCCCUCAAAAUAUGACUUUUUCUUCACCUCUUCCUUGUGGUCUAGGUUUAUUGAGAGAGGAUAAACGGAAAUGGUUAAUAAAUAUACAUUGUGUUAUUUUAUGUAUAUAUUUGUGUUCGGGGCAACAUUGACUAUGAUGUGAAGUAAGAUUGUUGUUAGCAAACCUGUGAUAGGAAAAAGUCGGUUGAGGUGUGCCAAAACCGACGUAUGCUUUAGGCCAGUAAAUAAAGUUGGCCUACGUUAGAAGAGUAUGAUGAAUAAAGGGAGUGGAGGGCGGGGCAGCAGCUCGUCAGACCAAUCACGGUAGGGUAGGGACAGGGGGAGUGCCUUUUAAAGCCCCUCCCACAUCUUCAGGCCAAGCCUUCCAAUAUACAGGAAUCUUUCAUUGCGUAAUCAAUUGUGUUUAUUUACUAACCAGUAUUUUGGAAAUAUUAUUAUUGUAUAUUUUAGUCCAUAACAUCUACGUGGAAAUUGUAGUUGGAGAAUUUUCUGUUAUUUUGGCCUAAAAGUUGCAGUUCUCCAUAUUUUCUGAGUCAGUGAAUCAAACACCAAUAUGCAGGUGUGUAAAUUUAUUUUAUUCAAUAGUAAAAAAAAUAAUAAUAAUAUUAAUAAUGUUCUCGCCCUUCUCAGAUUAUUCUUAUUGCAUUUUGUUUUAUGGGUAUGUAACACCUUUAUAAAAACUAAUUGUCUGGCAUUAAGUAGCCUACAUUAGUUUUAUUUUUGAAUGUAGAAAAUAAUUUGUGUAGGAAUCGGGGACGAUGAGCCAAGUAGACUGUGAAAAUAAUUACACUUAUUAUUAUUUACUGGUAUUUACAUAGCGCCAGCAUAUUCCAUAGCGCUUUACAAUAUUAUCAAAGGGGGAGAUUUAAAAAAAAUUAGACAAUUACAAAAACCUUACAGGAACAAUAGGUUGAAGAGGGCCCUGCUCAAACGAGCUUACAGUCUGUAGGGUCUAUAAACACUUAUGCUAGAGUUCAAGGGAAAGGUGAUAGAGAAAGGGACCCUCUUGUGAGCUCUAUACAAGAUUACAAAUUUUAUGAAUAUAAAAUCUGCCCAAAAACAAAAUAUAUAUUUAUAUAUCAUUCUGUUGCAAUACUGCCAUCAUAUGACAGAAUCUGUGAACUACAAUGUAAACAGUUUGUUCUGUAAUGUAUUUGAUCUUUUUUUAGUUAAAACCCUGUGAGCAUGGUACAUUCCUCAAAUAGGUGUGUUCACCCUUUGUUAAGUAAAUACCUGGUCACAUAACUGUGGCCUCCCUAAGGUGUUCUUUGUAAACCCUGCACCUGUGAGAGGUGGGGAGAGACCAGUGUGUGCAUGAGUAGUCUGGAGUGUAUAAAGGGGCCUCUUCACAGGGCAAAAAUCUAACAUGAAGCUUGUUGUUUGGAGAGGCAGAGGGCCCUCUUUAACCCUUUUAAGUACGUCAGCUUUUGUCAUUAUCAAAACAUGGUCCUUAAAGGAACAGUAUAGUGUCAGGAACACCAAUUUGUAUUCCUGACAGUAUAGUGGUAAAAUGUCUAUUUAGGUCCCUGGCUCCCUAUCUUUUCUUUAGAAAGGUGAUUCUACUCACAUUUUUUCCAGCGCCAGCUCUGUGCUGGGACCCGCCUUAGUCAUUGAGAUUGUCAAAGUUGCCGAUCUAAGCCAAUCCACAGCUUUCGCAUAGGAAAGCAUUGCUGAGGCUAUUGCACAUGCAUGUCAAAACUCUACACUGCACCCAUCCGCUUCUCUUCAUAGAGAUGCAUUGUAUAAGCGUGGAGAUUCUGAACGCCAAUACAGCACAUUGUGCAGUACUGAGAUAGGAAGCACCUUUAGUGGCCUUCUGAGUGACGUCCACUGGAGGUAAAACCUAGGUUUCUCUGGAAAGGCAGUGUUUAUAUUAAAAAGCCAGCAGGAACAGGCUAGACACCAGAACAAUUACAUUAAGCUAUAGUUGUUCUGGUGACUAUAGUGUCCCUCUAAAGACUUUAUGCCAUAAUGGCAUGUCCUGCUUCGGCAGAUCCAUGCAGUCCUACAGUUGUUAAAUAAAUGGUUAAUUUUAGAAAAGAAUCCUUAAACAACAGAUUGAUGUGACUGUCAUUAAGUCCCACACAACUCCAACCCCUGCUCCUGACCUGUGUGCUACCAGAGACAUGAAGUUCUAACUGUAAAGAGAAUGGAUGGUUGGUGCAGAGUUAAAUUUGACCUUUUAUAUUUAAACUUUAAAUUUAAACUAUCAAUUGUGUUUAUUCCCUAGAUUACAAAGAAGUGGGGUAGAUUUACCACACUUUUUAGUGUUUCAUAGAAAUAAGUAAUUUGUAUUCAUUCUUAUUUGCAGUUAGGCUUUUAAGAUCUUUAAUUUGCAGUCCCCCCCAAGACUUGUUGCUUCUGCUUCAUCAACUGCAAUGACAGCAGACAAGAUCUCGAGCUAAACCUCCAGCUUCGUUAAACGUGAUGCCAUUAACAUGGUAUAGAUUUUAAGCACCGUUUGAAGCGGUUAUGUAAUUUUACUCAGAGUAUCUUUGCGUUUCUAAUGUCAGCUCUAGGGGGAAGUUGGGGAUAUGGCUCUCUUCAUGUUGAUUUUAGGGUUACUACUACACAGCAUACUCUGUCCUGUAACUCAUUAGGAGCCAUGCAUAUCCCUAAUGUGCGUUACAGUCCAUAGAUCUCCUGUGUCUACAAGGGUAAGGGGUAAACCACUAUAUUCAGCAGAGCUCUAAGGAUGCUAUACCUUGCAUACAAUGACAUGUUCAGUUUACUAUAGUGAUAAUAUACUGUAUACUUUGCUAUUCUCCUAAAACCCACCAAUUUUAAAAGGCCGUUGUUUUGGAGGGCAGGGGUGUUGAAGAAUUUAUUUUAAUAUUCUAUUAACAAUCUGACCUGAUCACAAAUCUGAUGUAAGUUUAGGUUACUGACUUGGCUACAACCUUUAAUCUUUAUUGAAAAACUGUUAAGGCAACACAUUGUUUCUAGAUUGUACAAUACUAAUUUCUAGCAGAUUUGUAAUUUUGCCACGAUUGUCACAGUUUAUAUUAUAUUACAUUAAGUUACACUUACAGCAUCACAGCCACUGGAGCUUUUCCUGCAUCCUGUUGUAGUGGAUAUAGUAUUAGAUUAUUGGUGCUGUCCAACUGUUUUCAAGGGAUAUCAGAACAAUCUAAAGAGUUUCCAGUAUGCUAAGGAUUCAUAAAGAGGAAGUUGUACCUCCUCAAUAUCUGUAAGUAUUUGUACAGACACAGGCAAAUCUUAAUGUCUCUUGGCUACAUAGCACCAUGCACACUACAGUACAAUGCUUGGACUCUGAGUGUCCUUUCAUGGGACAAUAUGUGAAAACUGUCACAAGUUGGAGAACUUUUCCUAACCCCUGUCCUGAAGGAGUUAAUUAAAAAUCAAGCAGAGUGGACCAUAGGGAUUAGGGUCUGCUACAAAAUAUCACAUGUUGCCCUACCAGGCUGUGCUGCAGGUCAACAGAUAAAGAAGACUUUAAUGCAAGAGAAACUAAGAGAAUAAUCUAUUCUUCAAUUCUACACUGCACUAUUGUGUGACACACUUAUUUAACGGUUAAGGAAUUUUCGAUGGGCAGGUUCCCUCUGACAGGACCUUCCGUUUAUGGAUGAUUCUAUACAGUCUGUCUAUUGUUCACAUGUUUACGUCUUUAACUCAUUUGUUACUCAACAAUAUUUCUGGUUUGAAUCGGAACAUAAAUAACACUGUUCGCUUCUAGAUUGGAAACUAUACAGCAGUAAAUCCUGUUUUACAAUGAAUGGUAAUACAGUGUCAUAGAGCAGAAAACCAACAUGGGAACACUGACAGCAAGUUAGAAUGUUACUGUAUAUCGGGAAUCUUAAACUUUGCCACCCCCUCUGAGUUGUUCAUGGUGCACAACUCCUAGAAUUCUCUGGACGUAGUAGAUAGACUUGCGCACAAAUCACUUUCAGCUGCGCUGAACGACUCAAAUGCCUGUUAAUCUAUUAAUUUGGGAUUUGCCAACGGAUUGUUUUCUUUAUAGAUUAACAAGUAUUUGAUUCAUUCAGUACACACGUUUAGUAGAUGUCCAAAGAUUCAAUGGACUUGUAGUUCAGCAGCAUCGGGAUGAAUGGGGGGGGAGGGGAUAGAAGGGGGUGCCCACUGUAAAGGAAGCUUUGGCAAAAAUAAUUACUUCUAAUCUAAAACAUUUCAUACGGAAAAAAGUUUAUAAAAUGUUUAGAAGUUCAAAUUGCUCAUCGUGGUGAUAAUAGUAUUGUUUGUGUUUAUCAGUCUAACCAAUAGUGCACAAUGCAUAAAACACUUAAUACAUAAAACUGUCUGUAGCGGAGCUGCAAUAUUAAAUUCCACUGUCUUCGCUGGUAUAGAAGGUAAUCCAAAUAAAGCGCUGGAAAUGAAGGCAAUAUCCCAAAUCCCCCAAUAACCGGACGAAACACAGUUCUGGGAGUCAACUGAUAAUUUUAACAUAAAAAUUUAUAACUAUAACCUUAUUCGUGGGAUUAUAAUAAACGACCGUUCGGUAGAUAGCUGGGGUCUGAGCGCACACUUUGUGAAAGUACCGCUCAGAUCCCAGCUUAAAUAGGCGAACGUUGCACGAAAUACACUUUUAUAUCAGAUUCUCCUAAAAGUAUCGAAUACCUAUUGGGGAGCAAAAUACCGAAAGACCGGUGUUCCCGAACGGCCUGGAAGUCCAGCUGUGUUCGCGCCGUCGAGUAGCCGAUUUUAGUUCCAGGCGCUCGACGACCAAACACCGCUGGGCUAACAAAGGAUCCAAGAUGGCAGACCACCGCAUGGUCGGUAGCCGAACGACAGCCACCCAGGAACGCAAUUAACCACCGAUUGCUACACUGUUGCAAUCGGUUAAUGGGAGCCACAUUUAUAUACAGAAUUACAGCGGCUUUUACAGACAACCUUCCCAUGUACAGCCGUAUGACCUAAAGUGGCUAGGUUUGCCACACUGUCAAAGUUAGCACUUCAUAUUUUUACCCAGCAGUCACAGUGUAAAAUUUUUUUGCAAAUGUGAACUAUGUAUUUUACACACACACAGUCUUAUUUUUGUUUUGUUUUUCUCUCCAUCCUGUAGCUAUCCUCCGCUUACAUUAAUUGCCGAGGUCCUGAGCAGUGCUCCAAGACUUACUUUCUAUGGCUUCCUGAUGGCCCUGGCAAAGCAUCCUGGGAUUAACCAAACCAUUGGUGAGCGGCAAUAUUUCCAACAGUGCGAAACCUCUUGUUAUAUGUCACUUAAUCACAUCAUUGUAACUCCAACGCCUUUAUUUCCACAGCAGAAAAUGACAAAAUCCCGGCUCUCACAAACCUUAAACAUUUGUUAUAUUUUCUUUUGAUAGUGUAUCUGGCACUUUUGUUAUCAGUAUUGUGCCACUAGGUGGUGACACUGAGCCAUUACUUUCACAUUAUGUUCAUUAAUACCUGUACUUAGCUUUUACUCUGUCCUACAUUUCAAAGCAUGGUCAUAUUAAUGAGCAAUUAAACUAAUUGCUUCAAAAAUGAGAGUUAAAACCAGCAUGUUUGUAUGCAAGUUUACAGAUCAAGGUAAAUCUGGUUUUAUUUCUCCUUGGGAUUUUGCUUUGUGCCGUGGAACAUAAAUUAAUCUCUGUUGCAGAAACUCAUUUGCAUGUAAGGUAUCAAUGACAUAUUGCAGAAAAUGUCCUACAAAAUUUAAAGAAAAACUGUCCUUUUAUUAGUUGUCAGGAUACUAGUUGAUCCAGCACUCAGAACUGUAUCACACCUAGGACUAGAGGUAACGUCUUAACGGGCCUUAGAAUGGCCGGACUUAACGUACCAGAGAAUAGUCGGGGACACAGAAUGAGACACAAUGAUGAGGGAAAGCUAAAAGUCAAGGAUACCAGAAUACAGGGAAGUCAAACAAAGUCAAUAACCAGAAAUAAACGAUCUCUGAUAACCUACUAAAGGAAACCACGACAGGGCAAUGAGAAAAAGGAGUUUAAAUAAGCCUCCUUUAGAUCCAAUUGGCCAUACCCGGUCUUUGACCCCAGAACGUGCGUGGGCGUCAAUACCAUGGGCGAAUGUAGGGUUAGAAAUUGGAAUGUAUCCCUGGCGGCCUUGCAUGUAACAGAGAUAGAGCACAUUUCAGAUAUUCAAACAGUGGAUUUUUAGGGAAGACUAGUGGGGCUUUUGGCCCAAAAAUACUUUAUUAACAUAGCCGUUUCAAGCUAUACAAGAGUAAGCCAGGAGAGUUUAUGCAGACUUUUGCCACCUCUCUGACAGAAAAUAUGGCGGGAAAAAUCCUACAUUAGUUGUCUCUCCUCAAAAAUGGCCGGGAACAGAUGGGGGGGAAAAAAAAUCUCCCUCAUUAUGGACAACAGUUUGUAAAUAAUCUGUGGUGUUUACACUUCAAGUUGCUUUUUAUAGAAGUUCCCGCAUAUAUAUAGGCCUUGUUUAAAUAAAGUUAUUUCGUACUUUCUGUGUAAUGCAGAACAUAGGACCGAUUCCAGAUUAAUAUCUAACAGCAUUUCUGCAAAAAUAUUAAAGUUUACUGUGCAAAAGGCAGGAAUGAACAGAACAUAUAAAAUUGUAGGCACAGCGGCCAUACAAGGACCUGUAAGCAAGCGAGAGCAAUCACUUAUAGAAGUGGACAUACACGUUCAAACAGGCACACAUGUAAAGUGGGAUUUAUACACUGAUCAGCCACAACAUUAAAACUACCUGCCUAAUAUCUUGAAGGUCCCCCACGUGCUGCCAAAACAGCUCUGAUCAAACAAGAAGCUGCCCCUAAAAAAUACCCCAUCUCACAACAUAUAAAAGAACCUGACUGCUUUAAACGUGGAUCUCAGAUCACUACUUUCCAUUAAUGCCCAUAGAGCUGUACUAAGUACUCACUAGGAGUACUUUUUAUUCCCAUGGUAAUAAGAGCGACAAACUAUUAGCCAAAGCCCUCAAAUUUCAAAAAUCCUACAUUGCCAAAUUACCAAGAGCAGGAGGCACACACUGCAACACCAUAGAAAAGGAGUUUAGUACCUUUUACCACGGCCUCUACAAUCUCCCCCACCCCGGUGGCUCAGAAUCUGAGAUUAGACAUUAUCUUUCCAAAUAUCUGACGAUUACACGGUCAGACAGCUAAAUCCCCGGAGGCCCCCUUUUCUAUUGUAGAACUAGAGGAGGUGCUUAAGUCAUUACCUUCUGGGAAAAGCCCCAACGUCACUUGUCCUCCCGUCUGUCCAGGAAGGAGAAGGGUGCUAUGCCGCCAUUGGCUAUCUGGCACGCUGUGAAUGCUGGCAUGUCGGUUUUGAACAGAAUCGAUGUUAGCCAGCCCAGAACAAAGUUAUACUUCCGGCAGCGAAGGCAUCAGUUUCUUUAUGUGCGGUGUAUCAAAGCGAAAUGCUGCACAUAAUCAUUAUAGGCUCCACGUCACUUCAAAUCAAUGAAGUGGUUAUGGUGUUUGGAGUAACACUUUAAUUUCACAGUUCUGUUCCCUGUCCUUUUAGCUGUGAGGGGAAGAGCUAUCACACUCUUUAAAGGGGCACUCCAGACAGCAAUACAAGUUUAAUGCAUGUGAUAGGUUUUGAUCCCAUUCAUUUGCUGAAUUUUUUACAUGUUUAAAUCUUUAUAGUUUUUGCACAAAAUUGUUUUUGCAGAAUGCUGUACCAGAAGCCUUUUCAUCUGGACCAUGCAGCUUUCUACCCAAAAAAACUCUUUAUCAGUGUAUGUACACAGCACAGCCCCUGGCUGCAGACAGUCAGACAAUUUACAAACGGGGGGUAGUGAUAUCCUUACUAUAUGUCUCCCUGGUGCUCUCCUAAUGCAGGUUGAUUUUUAGUUCAAAUUACUCAGUGCUGCCAGUGUUUGAGCUGUGUACAUACAUCUGAUAAGGAAGUAUUUUCUGUCAUGAGGGUGUGUGGCUAAGGAGGCGGGCUUUUUGUGCAGCAUUUUAUGAAUGAGAGAAAAAAAAAACCAUAAACUAUAUUGGUUGUGGUUGUAGUGUCCCUUUAAUGCUGCCAUGGUGUGAUCAGGAAAGUUUGUUUUUCACACACUAAUCACUGUUAAGAUACCUGUGACCCUGUAAGAUUAUACUUUCCUCUUGCUCAGAAUUUUUAAAUUCCUUUUCACAGUUUAACCUGAGGUUUUUAUGAUGUAACCCUGCCACUUAAGCAGAGUAAUCAUGCGUCUUUCAGCAAUUGUCAGCUAAAGAGGCGUUUCAUGUUCCUACACAAAUUAAGCUAUUAACGGGGAUAAAGGAAAAACACUUUGAUCUUGGCCUGAUAUUAAAGCUGCAAUAACAAGCAUUACAGUGUAUGAAGGAAUAUUUUUUUUCAAAUCUAAGUUUUAAUCCCUUUUCCAUACCAGUAAAAUUUGGCUUGAUGCUCUGCAGCCUGAAUCUGUUUUUAUCUGCCUGGAGAUGUAACUGUCAUCUCGUCAUGUUCCACACGUUAACUUAAGAGAGUCCAAACAUUUUGGCGAUGAUGUGUUAAGCACUUAAUAUAUUGUCACCUGUGUUCUGAAAGCAGGAUUUCAUAGCCUUGAUCAAGCAAGAUUUGCUCUUCCUGCAUUUAACUGAUACUAAAAUCAUACCUGUACUCUUGUCUCUCUGCUUCUUCACACUAUGGGACCUUUAAAGACUUCAUUUCAGCAAUCACAUUGAGAUGUUAAGUGCAAGAAUCGCUGCUUUGUUACCUGUCAAAAAUGGUCCUAAUUAUUAGCAUUCUUGGGGCCAUACAGAUCAUGACCAUCGAUACCAAAUAUUCUUGUUUGACUGCAUCCUUAUUGUUUGCCUUGUUUAUUAGAGGAAAUCAUUAAGACCCCUUUCCAUUAACAAGACACUGCUAAUACUAAAAUCGGAGGCUGUUAGAUUUGGUCAGUGCAGAAUGUCCUGUCUUUAUGCAUUUAGUCCCCAAUAAGCAACAAUCUGAAAGCAGACAGAAGGAAAAAGUGACGUUUGUAAAGCUGCUUUUACAAGGGAAACCUUCUGCUAAGAAUUGACAAAUACUUUAACAAAAAAAGAGAAAGACAGAGAAUCACCUAUUAAUUACUUGAGCAUCUGAGAAGAACAGUGCAGUCUGUAGUAAUUUAGGGUCUGUUUUCCAACAAAAAGUGUGAUUAAAAAAAAUACAAGGUUAAGGGGAUACUAUGUUUCCAGGAAUACAAAGCUGUAUUCCUUGCACUCUUUCCCCCAGCCUCCCUUUAUUUACUUCUCUUACUUUAUCCCAACGCCGAUGUCCCUUGGCGCUGGGUAGACGCUUCACCCCCUUCAACGAGCAUGCAUGGCAAGUGCCGCAUGCGCAUUAGAUCUCCCCAUAGGAAAGCAUUGUAUCAAUGCUUGAAUCAAUGCUUUCCUAUGGGGAAAAAUUUGAUGCUGGUCAUGCAGAGCGUGAGAACGUCCAGCGUCAGAUACCUGACCAAAGGUCCGUUUCAAAUCAGGAAGCCCUCUAGUUUCUCUGGAGCUGCAAUGCUAACAUUGCAGCACUAUGUGCAAAAAGGACACUGCACCCAGACCACUUCAAUGAGCUAAAGUAGUCUGGGUGCCUACAGUGUCUCCUCAGACAUGAGGUAUUUGUGAUAAUAAACUGAUUUUUGCAGGAAAUAGAGCCCUUAGCAAACACUAUAGUAGGUUGUUUAUAGUAGGCUGUGUCUGUGAUGUGGCAACAGAGUUGGUUACUCCAAACACCAAGGCCACUAUAAGGAGUCUAUGUCUGCUCUGUUUCAGUAUGAAAUGCUGCCUAUCCAGAAUAAUGUAGGCAUAUACAUGGGGCUCCCAUCACAAUGUUUACACGAGUACAGAGCUUCCAUUCGGUAUGGACCAGUUUCUAACAACCUUUAGACACAGAAAUCUCCCAAUUCUCCUUGACCAUCUCCUGGCUCUCUGAACUUAUUUUCUGGAACUGUAACGCUUCUGCAAAAUGCAGCAUCUUAUUAAAAAAAAAAAAAAAGGAAAUUGUGUAAAAUGUUUUAAAUUACUGAUGAUAUUUAGUGGUAGAUCAAUAGUAGGGGUCUUUCAGUAUACCCGUUAUCAAUUAACCAAUUUUUCUUAUAGGUGCUUUACCCAAUAAAUUGGAUUUGCUAGUUGAUGAGAUGAUGGAUAAAGAGCUAGACAAAAUGUGAGUAUAAUCAAGGAAUUCAAUGGCUUCUGAGUACUUAACGAGAGGAUAAUUAAGAGAUUGUUUUCAAACUUUUUUUUUUUUUUUUACCACAGAGUCGCCCAACUCUCUGCCAGCUCCAUCACCCAACCCCCAAAUACCUGCACCAUCCCAUCCCGAGAUUUAGCUCGUGUUGCCUCCCCACGGAAGACCUUGCCAGCCCGCAGGCGACCAGAUCUGGAGAGCGAUGGCUCCACCGAAGAGACUGAUUCAUCUGAGAACUAAACACAUGCAGUGGUGAUCAACAAAAUUAAAAUUUACGUCUGUACUUAAUCUAGAGAUAAUAGGGUCUUUUCACUAAACUUCUGCAGUAUUCCUCUAAUUAAAUGUUUUACCUGCAAUUCUAGCAUAGGCAGAUUAUUUCCUAGUGAGUGGUGAUCCACAGCCUGAUGUGUCUAGUGUACACCAGGAAACUCAGACUCUGACUCCAUUUAAAUAUUGCUGAAAUACAACUCAUGAGUUGCUGCCCAUCUACUGUGACCAAAGGAUUCUGGGGUUUGUAGGCCAUCAAUAUUUAGGGUGCAGAGUUGGAGAUAUGGUCUACAGAUUGGUGCACGACUGCUCUGCCACAUCACUGGUUGGAAUACUGGAGAGCAGGACUUGGCAGUUAAGAAUUUGUAGAACUAAGUGUUAUUAGUUCAUCUCUAGAGUAGCUCAGCUGCACCAAGUAUGUAUUGAUCACAAUAUGGCAGGAUAUGCAAUUGGCUGUGGUUAGGAAUAAGUUCAUGUAAGUUUCCUUUGCUUAUAUUUGUUUAUAGACUUUUACAGAUGUAAUUUAUAGAUUUAUUUUUAUUUAGUAAAGUGAAUGCAAUGUUUUUGUAAAUUCCCUAAUUUAUUGCCACAUUAAAUAAUUUAUUGCCAG